UUUUUUCUGUGGGGUUCCUUCGAGGCUCAGCUGUUCUCUUGGAUUUUCUGACUGAAAUUUCUGGAUAAAGAGUUUUUGAUCUUCUGCAGUCAGCCCUCCUUUGGGCAUCCCAGGCAUCCUUGUGCAGACAAGGUGCCAACCAACAUGACAACACAGGCGCCAACGUUCACACAGCCGCUGCAGAGCGUCGUAGCACUUGAGGGUAGUGCUGCGAUGUUCGAGGCUCAAGUUAGUGGUUCUCCAGUUCCUGAGGUGAGCUGGUUCCGUGAUGGCCAGGUUCUUUCCGCCGCCGCUCUGCCCGGCGUUCAGAUCUCGUUCAGCGACGGCCGCGCUGUUCUGAGGAUCCCCGCUGUGACCGCCGCACACAGCGGAAGAUUUUCUGUCAGAGCCACCAACGGCGCUGGACAAGCCACAAGCACCGCCGAACUCCUCGUUACAGCGGAGACGGCGCCUCCAAACUUCCUACAGAGACUGCAGAGCUCCACAGUGAGACAGGGCAGCCAGGUGAGGCUGGAUGUCCGAGUCACAGGUAUCCCCGAACCUGUGGUCAAGUUCUACAGAGAGGGAGCCGAGAUCCAGAGCUCGGCCGACUUCAGGAUCCUCCAGGAGGGAGACCUGUAUAGUCUGCUGAUCGCUGAGGCCUUCCCAGAGGAUUCUGGGACGUAUUCUGUGACCGCUACCAACAGCAGUGGACGGGCCACCUCCACCGCAGAACUGCUGGUUCAGGGUGAGGAAGCUGUGCCCGCUAAGAAAACCAAGACUAUUGUGUCCACAUCCCAGAUGGCGACUUCCCAGACCAGAGUGCAGAGGAAAAUGGAGGCAAGUUUCCAGGCCUCCGCCAUGAUGGAGAUGCAUGUAGAAGGAGGAAUGAUGACUCAGCAUUUGGCUCACAAAACCCCCCCGCGGGUUCCCCCAAAGCCGACCUCCAAGUCCCCGCCCUCCUUUGUUUCCAAGAUGUCCGGAGGGCGCCAGCAGUCACCUUCACCUGUCAGACACGUGAAGGGGCCGACACCCACACCUAUCAGACCCGUUUCUCCCUCCACCAGACUGUCCGUCUCCCCCAUCAGACCGGUCAAGUCUCCUGUGAUGACCAGGAAACAGGUAUCAGCUGCAGCUGAAGUCCUGCCGCCAUGGAAACAGGGAGACUACGUGGCUGAAGCCGGCUACACCAGUAUGACCAGUAUGACCAGCAUGACCAGUGUCAGCAGCGCUGCCCAGAUGCAUAUGGAGAAACACUGGGAGCAGCAGGUCACCGCCACCAGAGAGGAUGAGCAUGUUUCCGUGGACGAUAAGAGCGUGGCGGUGGCUACUGUGGUUGCAGCCGUGGAUCAGGCUCGUAGCCGGGGGCCGUCUGAGGCCGCAGUGUCUGGAGAGCAGGCUGAGGGAGGGAAAAGAGCCGGGGCGGUGGCCACAGUGGUGGCCGCCGUCGACCUGGCUCGCGUCCGCCAGCCCGUGCAUGCAGAGGGCGGUGGAGCUGAAGAGGAGGAGGCUGUGGAGGUGGCGAUAAGGCAGCAGGCGGCAGAGAAACAAACUGUCGCAGCUACAACAGCGGCUGCCGUCGCCGUGACCUCAGAGCAGCACAGAGUCCAGGUCUCCCAGAUUCAGAGAACAACAGAAAUCUCCUCCUACGUGGACUCUGGUGUCUCCGCGUCCUCAGUCCCACAUUUCACAGUCUCUAAAGUUUCUGUCCCUAAACAUGAAGCGAGCCACGAGGUGUCCAUCGCCGGCUCUGCCAUCGCCACUCUGCACAAAGAGCUGUCCUCCCCCGCCGCCCGCAGAAAGGUCAUCAAACCCGUCAAGUCUCCCAGUCCAUCUCGCAGGGCGGCGGUGGAGGUGCGGGUGACGCCGGAGCCCCUCCCCCCACCAUUCAAAGACGUCAGAUAUCAGAGUCAGGUUGAGUUACAGCAGGGUGGGGCUUACGCAGUGAGUGAAGAGGAGUUUGAGGACUGGGAGCCUCAGGCGGCUGCUGUGCCCACGAGAGCCCAGGAGCCGGUGGUCCCUCCCACUCUGAUCGCUGGCCUGAAGAACGUGACGGUGACGGAGGGCGAGUCCAUGACCCUGGAGUGUCAGAUCAGCGGCCACCCAGCUCCCGUCAUCAUGUGGUUCAGAGAGGACUACAAGAUCGAGAGCUCCAUUGAUUUCCAGAUCAGCUACGAGAACGGAUUUGCCAGGCUGGUGAUCCGCGAGGCGUUCGCUGAAGACAGCGGACGCUUCACCUGCACCGCCACCAGCGAGGCGGGAACCGUCAGCACCUCCUGCUACCUGCUCGUCAAAGUGUCAGAAGAAAUUGAGAGCAGAGAGGAGACGACUGUCACUAAAAUUGGAAUCACACAAGAGAAAACUGUUGCUGUAGAGACAAAGGAACAGAUGGUGACAGAGGUGACUACAGGAGAGUCCGCUGCUCCCUUCUUCAUCAAGAAACCCACUGUUCAGAAGCUGGUGGAGGGAGGAAGCGUCGUCUUCGAAUGCCAGGUCGGAGGAAACCCAAAACCUCACAUCAUCUGGAAGAAGAGCGGUGUGCCGCUCACUACUGGAUACAGAUACAAAGUCGCCUACAAGAAGGAGACUGGAGAAUGCAAACUGGAGAUCUCCAUGACGUUUGCUGAUGAUGCUGGAGAAUACUCCAUCUUCGUCAAGAAUCCUCAUGGGGAAGCCUCGGCCUCCGCUGGCCUGCUGGAGGAAGAGGAAUACGAAGCUUAUAUGAAGCAACAUGACGUGACGUAUAAAACUGAAGUAACGACGACAGUGGUCCAGGAGCCCUCUGUGGUUGUGAGCCAAUACGAGCUGGAACAGAAGAGGGUGACGACCCCCAUGAGCUUUGUCUCAGAAACGGAAUUCCUCAUUUCAGCCUUUGAGGAGAGGAUCAUUCAGGAGAUUGAGCUCCGUAUCAUGAGGAUUACCUACAGAGAGCUGGUGACAGAGGAUGGAGAGCUGAUGGUGACUGCAGCAGAAGAGGAGGCAGUGCAGCCGGCCUUUGACACACCCGUCAAAAACUACCGCAUUAUGGACGGAAUGGGCGUUACUUUCCACUGCAAGAUGGGUGGAAAUCCACUGCCUAAGAUUGUUUGGUACAAAGACGGCCAGCGCAUCAGAGCUGGUGGCCGUUACCAGAUGGAGGUUCUUCAGGAUGGACGAGCCAGCCUUCGUGUACCUGUGGUGCUGCCAGAGGAUGAGGGCGUGUACACCGCCUUCGCCAGUAACAUGAAAGGAAAUGCUGUCAGCUCUGGGAAGCUGUACGUGGAGCCGUCCGGAGCUGUAACACCUCAGAGAUACACACCACAGCCGGCAAUGCAGAGAAUCAGGUCCACAUCUCCUCGUUCUCUGAGCCGCUCACCUGGUCGUUCUUCCAGCCGUUCUCCUGGACGUUCUCCUGCCCGUAGGCUCGAAGAGACAGAUGAGGCUCAGCUGGAAAGACUCUACAAACCUGUGUUUGUCAUGAAGCCUUCCUCAAUAAAAUGCUCCGAGGGGCAAACUGCCAGAUUUGACUUGAAGGUUGUCGGCAGACCCAUGCCCGACACAUACUGGUUCCACAAUGGACAACAAGUGGUCAAUGACUACACCCACAAGAUAGUGAUUAAAGAGGACGGUAUUCAGUCCCUGAUCAUUGUCCCGGCUAUGCCGCAAGACUCUGGAGAAUGGACAGUCGUGGCUCAGAACAGAGCUGGACGAACCUCUAUUUCUGUAAAUCUUACUGUUGACGCUCGGGAGAGCGUAGCACGCCCUCAGUUCACUGACAAGCUGAGGAACAUCACUGUGAAGCAGGGAACUCUGGUUGAACUGGCUGUUAAAGCCAUUGGAAACCCCCUGCCUGAUAUUGUCUGGCUGAAGAACAGUGACAUUAUCACACCACAGAAGCACCCACACAUCAAGAUCGAUGGUACUAAAGGAGAGGCCAAAUUCCAGAUUCCCUCAGCAGCUGGCUCAGACAGUGCCUGGUACACAGCUACAGCCAUUAACAAGGCUGGUAGAGACACGACUCGCUGCAGAGUCAACGUUGAGGUGGACUUUACUGCCCCUCAAGCUGAGAGGAAGCUCAUUAUUCCCAAAGGAACCUACAAGGCUAAAGAGAUUGCAGCUCCGGAGCUGGAGCCCCUUCACAUGCGAUACGGUCAAGAGCAGUGGGAGGAGGGCGACCUUUACGACAAAGAGAAGCAGCAGAAACCGCUGUUCAAGAAGAAGCUGACCUCUGUUCGCAUGAAGCGUUUCGGUCCAGCUCAUUUUGAGUGCAGACUGACCCCUAUUGGUGACCCCACCAUGGUGGUGGAGUGGCUGCAUGAUGGCAAACCCCUGGCAGCUGCUAACAGGUUGCGCAUGGUCAAUGAAUUUGGCUACUGCAGCCUUGACUAUGAAGUUGCUUACGCUAGAGACAGUGGCGUUAUCACCUGCAGAGCCUCAAACAAGUUUGGAGUCGACCAGACCUCGGCCACCCUGAUCGUCAAGGAUGAGAAGGGUCUUGUUGAGGAAUCACAGCUUCCUGAAGGCAGGAAGGGAGCACACAGAAUUGAUGAGAUUGAGCGCAUGGCUCAUGAGGGAGGACCUGCAGGAGUCAGUACUGACGAUGAAUCUGAAAAGACCAAACCUGAUAUUGUCCUGCUUCCUGAGCCAGCCAGAGUGCUGGAGGGCGACAUUGCACGAUUCCGCUGCAGAGUGACCGGUUAUCCAGCACCCAAGGUUAACUGGUACCUUAACGGACAACUUAUCCGCAAAAGCAAGAGAUACAGACUUCGUUAUGACGGUAUUUACUACUUAGAGAUUGUCGACAUCAAGUCCUAUGAUGCAGGAGAGGUCAGGGUGGUUGCAGACAAUCCCUUGGGCACAACUGAGCACACUGUGAAGCUGGAGAUCCAACAGAAAGAGGACUUCAGAUCUGUCCUGCGUCGUGCUCCGGAAGCGAAGGCCGCAGAGGCUGCACAUGAGACUGGCAGAGUUGGAUUUGAUGUUGUGAAGGUCGACCGAUCUGCCGAGGCCGCACAGGACAGGGAAGUUGUUACGCUUCGUAAGACACAAAGAAUUGUUCGCGAGAAAACCUCAGAGGAGUCUGCUGAGCUGAAGAGCAAGUUCAAGCGUAGGACAGAGGAAGGUUUCUAUGAGUCCAUCUCUGCUGUGGAGUUCAAGUCUCGCAAGAGGGAUGACUCUUAUGAAGAUCUACUGAAGAAGACUAAGGAGGAGCUGCUUCAUCGCAUGAAAGAGAAAGAAGAGGCUGAGAGGAAGAGGUUGGAGGAACAGGGCAAAGUCACCAUCCCCACAAUCAAACCAGAGAGAGUCCAGCUCUCCCCCAGCAUGGAAGCACCCAGGAUCCUGGAACGCAUCGCUAGCAAGACCGUUGCUCCAAUGGAUGAAGUCCGUUUCCGACUCAGAGUCGUGGGCAGACCAGAACCUGAGUGCCAGUGGUUCAAGAAUGGCAUUCAGUUGGAAAAGUCAGACCGUAUCUACUGGUACUGGCCUGAGGACCAUGUGUGUGAACUGGUGAUCAGAGAUGUCACAGUAGAGGAUUCUGCCAGCAUCAUGGUUAAAGCCAUCAAUGUUGCUGGAGAGGCCUCGAGCCACGCCUUCCUGCUUGUGCAAGCCAAGGCGACAGUUAGCUUUACCCAGAACCUGGAGGAUGCCAGUGCCAGUGAGAAGGACACAAUGGUGACCUUUGAAUGUGAAACGAAUGAACCUUUUGUCAAAGUCAAGUGGCUCAAGAACAACACGGAGGUCUUUUCCGGAGACAAAUACAGAAUGCACUCAGACAGAAAGGUCCACUUCCUGUCUGUGUUGGUUAUUGAAAUGCGGGAUGACGCCGAAUACACUUGUGCGGUCAUAGAUGACGAGAGCAUCAGGACAAGCGCAAGGCUUCACGUAGAAGGCGCUGCCCUGGACCUCAUCAAACACUUGGAGAACAUUGAGGUACCAGAGACCUACGCUGGAGAGUUUGAGGUUGAGCUGUCUCGUGAGGACGCUGAAGGCAGCUGGUUCUUUGGAGACAAGGCGCUCUCUCCCAGCAGUAAAUAUAUCAUGUCCUCCCGCCGAGGAAGACACACCCUAUCUGUCAAAGAUGUCAGGAAAGAGGACCAGGGGAAAUACACCUUUGUAUGUGGAGACCUGAAGACCAGUGCCUCACUGAAGAUGAAAUUGCGCCCGGUCACCCUGAUGCACCCCCUGACCGACCUCACGGUCUGUGAGGGUGACAUUGCUCAGCUGGAGGUGAGGUUCUCCCAGGAGAACGUUGAGGGAACCUGGAUGAAGAACGGCCAGGCCAUCUCCGCCUCGGACCGCAUCCACAUUGUAAUCGACAAACUGGUUCACAAGCUGCUGUUGGAGAAUGUCAGCAGAGAAGAUGCUGCUUCCUACUCUUUCGUGGUUCCCGCCCAAGACAUUUCCACCUCAGGCAAACUCAAUGUUCAAACUAUUGACAUUGUGGUGCCACUGAAGGACGUGUCCUCCAUCGAGGGCACCAAAGCUGUUCUGGAGGCCAAGAUCUCCGCUCAGGACAUCAGCUCGGUCAAAUGGUACCACAACGACAAACUGCUGUUGCCCAGUGACCGAAUCCAGAUGGUGGCAAAGGGAGCCAAGCAGCGUCUGGUCUUCACCCGGACCCACGCCUCCGACGGAGGACACUACAAACUGGUGGUCGGCAAGGUCGACACCAGCUGCAACCUGACUGUCGAAGAGGUGCACAUUGUGAAGCAUAUGGAGGACAGAGUGUGCUCCGAGUCCCAGAACGUCACCUUUAAUGUGGAAGUUUCUCACCCUGGUAUCGACCCGGUCUGGACCUUCAGGAACCAGCAGCUCAAACCUGGACCCAAACACAAGAUGGAGUCUAAGGACAAGGCCCACUCCCUGACUGUCAUUGACACCAUGAAGGAUGAGGAGGGCCAGUACAUGUUCCAUGCUGGUGAAAAGACAUCCAGCGCCACGCUCACCGUCUCCGGUGGAGCCAUCACACGGCCCCUGCAGGACGUGACGGUGGCAGAGUCUCAGACAGCCGAGCUUGAGUGUCAAGUUGCCAACGCCGACGCCGAGGGGAAGUGGCUUAAGGAAGGUCGGCCCGUGGACUUCAAUGAGAACGUGAUCAGCGAGGUUAAGGGAGCCGUCAGGCGCCUCAUCAUUGUCAUCACCAGACCGCAGGACGUCGGAGAGUACACCUACCAGGUGGCCAACUCCAAAACCACCGCCAACCUCAGAGUGGAGGCGGUGAAGAUCAAGAAAACUCUCAGAAACCAGACUGUGACGGAAACCCAGGAGGCGGUGUUCACGCUGGAGCUCACCCACCCUGACGUGAAAGGAUCCCAGUGGAUCAAGAACGGAGUGGAGCUGCAGAACAGCGACAAGUACGAGAUCACCUCCGAGGGCAUGGUCCACACCCUGAAGGUGAAGGACUGCAACACACAGGACGAGUCAGUUUAUUCCUUCAAGCUGGGAAAACUGUCCGCCAAUGCCAGACUCAACGUAGAGACGAUCAAGAUUGUGAAGAAGAUAAAGGACGUGACAUCACUGUUGGACAGCACCGCCUCCUUUGAGAUGAGCCUGUCACAUGACAAUAUCCCCGUCAAGUGGAUGUUUAAAGGUGUGGAGCUGAAGUCGAGCGAAAAGUGUAAAAUUCUGUCGGAGAGGAAAGCUCACAAGCUGAUCCUGCAAAACGUCGACAGCAGCAACGCGGGAGAGUACACGGCUGUGGUGGGACACCUGCAGUGCAGCGCCACGCUCACUGUGGAGGCUCUGCGAGUCACCAAACCCAUGAAGAGCGUGGAGAUCCCAGAGACUCAGGUGGCCACGUUUGAGUGUGAAGUCUCUCACUUCAACGUGCCGUCCACCUGGCUGAAGGACGGCGUGGAGAUUGAAAUGAGCGAGAGGUUCAGGAUUGUGGUUCAAGGAAAACUCCACCAGCUGAAGAUCAUGAACACCAGCAGGGACGACUCUGCAGAGUACACCUUCAUCUGCGGGAACGACAAAGUCUCCGCGACGCUAACCGUUAACCCCAUCCUGAUCACCUCCAUGCUGAAGGACCUGAACGCUCAGGAGAGAGACACCAUCACCUUUGAGGUGACCGUCAACUACGAGGGCAUCACCUACAAGUGGCUGAAGAACGGCGUGGAGGUGAAGUCGUCUGACAGAUGUCAGGUCCGCAGCCGGCAGCUCACGCACUCGCUCACCAUCCGAAACGUUCACUUCGGAGACGGAGGAGAGUAUCAGUUCGUGGCCGGCUCUGCCGCCACCACCGCCAACCUGUUCGUCGAAGCUCGUCUGAUUGAAUUCACCAAGAAAAUCAAAGACAUAAAGAUCACAGAGAAGAAGAAGGCCAUUUUUGAAUGUGAGGUUUCUGAGCCAAAUAUCCAAGUGAUGUGGAUGAAGGACGGCCAGGAGCUGGACAUGUCCGAGGAACGGUACACCGUGACCGCAGAGAAGUACGUUCACCGUCUGAUGAUCCAGACGGUUCGCAUGUCCGACGCCGGAGAGUAUUCGGUGGUGGCCGGAUCGAGCGUCUCCAAAGCUCAGCUGAACGUGGAGGGACGCGACAUCCGGAUCUCCGAACCGGCGGAGCGGGAAAUCACGGUUCUGGAGAAGCACAGAGCGACCUUUGAGUUCGAGGUGAACGAGGACGACGUGGAGGGUCGCUGGCUGAGGAAUGGCGUGGAGAUCCAGAUCUCAGCGGAGGAGAGGUUCAACUACGUGGCCAUCAGGAAGCUGCACCGCCUCACCAUCGCCGAGACCUACAGGAGCGACGCCGGCGAGUACACCUUCAUCGCCGGCAAGAACAGAAGCACCAUGAACCUGAGAGUCAACAUCCCAGAACCUCCUCAGAUCCUCCGUCACAUGGAGCCCCAGUCGGUGGAGGCUGGUAAACCGGCUCGCUUCUCGGUGCAGGUGAGCGGCGUCCCUCAGCCUCAGGUCUUCUGGUACAAAGACUCCCAGGCUCUUUCUCCAGGCUUCAAGUGCAAGUUCCUCCAUGACGGCAACGAGCACACGCUGCUGCUGAUCGAGGUCUUCCCCGAGGACGCCGCCGUCUACAACUGCGAGGCCAAGAACGAGUGCGGCACCGCCACGAGCACCGCUUCGCUCAACGUGGAAGUCUCAGAGGUGGUUUCUCCGGACUCAGCUGCUCCUGUUGCUCCUCCGGUCUGCAUCCUGCCCAUCGCCAGCACCUCCACCGGCGAGGGAGAACCGGCUCGCUUCCAGUGCAGAGUCCGCGGAGACGAUGUGAAGAUCAGCUGGUUCCACAAGGAGAAGGAGAUCAAGCAGUCAGACUUCUUCAAGAUGUCUCAGUUUGACGACAGCUGCCAGCUGGAGAUCUCCAGGGUUUACCCGGAGGACGAGGGCGAGUACACCUGCGUGGCCACAAACAACGCUGGGACCGCCUCCUGCUCCGCCACUCUCACACUCGACGGGCAAAAACAAACAGUGGACAGUCCUGCUGAGACUCAGUGGCACGUCUCCACCAGCCUCACCAGUAUAAAGAAACCUUCCAUUGGCCAAAAGCCUGUUUUCAUCCAUCCUAUCACAAGCUGCAUGGUCCCACACGGGGAGGUGGCCCGCUUUCAUGCAUGCGUAUCCGGCAUGCCGAAGCCAGAGAUUAGCUGGUUCCAUAACCGACAGCCGGUUCGGCCCACCAAGAACGUGGUGUUUCACUUCGACGAGGUGACCAACACCGCCACGCUCAUCAUAGUCGAUGCUUUCUCUGAGCAUGCGGGGCAGUACACCUGCAGGGCGGCCAAUAACGCUGGAGAGGCCACGUGCUCAGCCACCCUCACCAUUACCAGAGGAGAAGAAGAAGUGGCUCAUGUGAGAGAGCAGAUCGAAGCCAAGAUUGAGGAAGAAGUCAAAGAGCAUUGUAGCACCACCAUCACCACUGUCGAAGAACAAGAGGAAACCUACUACACUGGUGUCCAGUUACCACAGAAAACAAAAACACUUGAAUUCAAGCCAGAGUCCAAACAUUACUCUUCCACUUUAGAGAAGAAGAAAGAAAAACCAGUAUUCCUUAGCCAGCUCUCCCCAGCAGCUGUAACCAGUGGGGAAACAGCCAGGUUUACCGUCAAAGUGUCCGGCUUUCCAAAGCCAACUGUUCAAUGGUCUCACAAUGGAACAAUACUUAAGACCUCCUCUAUGUAUAAGCUAAUAGAGGAGAGGGAGGAAUACACUUUAGUAAUCACCAAGGUCACAUCUGAGGUUGAGGGUGAGUACUCUUGCAUUGCCACCAACAGAUUUGGCAAGACAACAUGCACCACGUACCUUGAAGUAAAAAAGCCUGAUGUUAGCCAGGCAGAGAAAUGGGUUGAGAAGAUGUUUAAGGUCACAGGUCAGCCUCCUACUUUCACAGUUCAGAUCCAGCCUGUGAGGUGCUCAGAAGGAGGAGAGGUUUAUUUUAAUUACAAAGCCAACGGUGAUCCAAUCCCUGAUGUAAAGUGGUUCAAAGGUGCUUUCCAGAUCCAACCCAGUAGAAACUGUAUCAUUAUAGCUAACCCAGAUGGAUCUGGCUUCAUCAAUAUGAAGAGUGUCAAACAGGAAGACAGUGGUUUGUAUACAUGUAAGGCCUCCAACCCAUUUGGGGAGGCGUCUUGUGGUGCUGAGCUUGUUGUGUUUAGGGAAUCAGUCUCUGUUUCCCACAAACAGGAGCAGAUGACAGUGGUUCAGAAGAAAGGCUACAAGGUUUCAAUGACAGAACAGGCAACCGAGUCUCGCUUGUACCAGGUCAGCCUCCCAGGCCAGGACAGGGCUAGGUCAGAUCAGAUGGUUUAUACCAUCGGCACUGAGGACCGGCAGAUAAUUCCCAGUGAGCAAGUGGGCUCCCUUAGAGACCUUGAUAUCUCUGCUGCAACUGUUCAUCGUGAGCAUUUGACCCACCAGGCAGCAGUGCUUCAGUCUCAUGAGAUAGAGGAGAGAGUGUCAGUGGUUCCUACCCAUCCACCUCAGGUUUCAGCUGUUCCUGCAAAACAGCUCCAUAUGGCAGCGUUUACAUCGUCUGUCGAAGAGAGUCAAGACCUCACAGAACAGCACUGUGAUCGCAUUCAAAGCCCUGAGGUCAUUGAGCUUCAGGUGGCUAGAGAAAAGAGGUCAAAGGUGAUGUCAGCUGUUGCUGAGGAGUUCACACCACUCUCUAGUGUUAGCACAGAGGCUCUGGCUGACAGAAAGUCUGCUACGGUCAGACCCACUUCAGAAUCUAAACAUCUCGUCAGUGGGCAUCAGGUCGAGUCACAACUGUCCAUCCUGAAAGAGCAGUCUCAGGACAUCCCCAAACCACAGGAGGAGAAGGGUUACAAGGUUAAGGAAGGUGUUAAGAUUUUAUACUCAGCCCAGUCUGCAGAAAAACGUGUGCUUGCAGAGGACCACACAACUGAACUAGCAACAGCAGAUUCUGCUGUGAAGUCUUCCAUUGGAAAAGAACAGCACAAACCCAUCUUGGCCUCAGUCAGUGAGUCCAAACAGACUCUUUCCAAGGAGACUAAGUUCUCCAUGCAAAGGCCUGCUGAGGAAAUAGCCCAUCUCUCUAAGGAUAAAAUGAUGAAGGCAGCGCUAAUGGCUGAAGAGAAGCAAAUGCUGCAGGCUGAGCCUACUCAGCAGCUGCCAAGUCUGGACAGUGCCAUGUCCAUUCAGUCACAAGUAGAAGGGGAGCAGGUGUUGCACCUGCAGGUUAUCACAGACCAGGAUUUACUUCCAUCUGAGAGUAGCUUCACCUGUGAGAAACCAGCACCAGAGCAGGCAGGAACUCGGAAGAGUCCCACUCUGCUUCACACUGUUAGCCAGGAUGAGCAGAGGACAGUAGUUUGUGAGGACACAUCAGAGUUUGAGUCCAAGGCUAGCACCGUGGCCAUUCAGCCCCAGAAAGAGGCCCUUACUCUUCUGCAUCUCCAGUCAACCCAACCUGUGGAGACGCUACCCAAAGAGGGUAUUCUCUUAAUUGAGAAGCCCGACCAGCAGGUGGCAACACUGAAACAAGAAAAGACAAGGAGCCAUGCAGCCAUCUCCGAGGAGAGAAGGGAGCUCACAGCAGAUUACCACACAGAGUUGGAUUUGUCUGUGACUGGAGUUCAGUCUCACCCUCGAACUGAGCCCAGGCCUCAAAACAUCCUCCAGCUCUCCUACCAGCCUAUGCAGCUGCCAAAAGAGACGCCAGUUACAACUGAUGUCAAGCAGCAGCGGGCCUUGGUGCAAAAGGAGGAUCGCUGGAAUGUGAUGCAUGUCACCAGUGUGGCAGAAAGUCAGGCCUUAGAGGAAGGUCACACACAGAGUCUUACAGCCGUGGAUAAAUUCACUUGUCAAAUGGCUGUAGAACCAAAAGUUCCCACUGAGCCAAUCCAGAUUGAGGAGAAGGAGAUCUCCACUGAGAGUAGUGUCGUUCUAGAGGCAGCAGAACAGGACUUUGCUGUUCAGAUCCAGGAAGGCCAGUCAGUCAGGCAGUCGAUAGUGAUGGAUGAGAAGCGAGUGCUCAUGGGUGAAAUCUCUCAGGAGAUCACCAAGUCUGAGUCUACUAAAGUCGUCGUCACCACGCAGCCAAAACUGUCUCUUAUGGCAUCAGAAUCAAAAGACAGCACAGCUCUUCCCAAAGAGAUGACGUUUUUGAUUCAGAUCCCUAAACCAUCCAGUCUGAAUAUACGCCGUCAGCUCAGAGAUGCCUUACAGUCUGCUGUGGCCAGUGACCAGCCAGUGUUACUGGCUGAUGUCGUAGGCAGGUUACAGGCUGUAGAAGUACAAGAGGUCAAGGUUCAAAGAGAGCCCAAACGGGCCAUGUUCACAUACCUCAUCACAACAACAGGUGCUCCCAUGGAGAUCACUCUGGCUUUUGAGGGGAAAUACCCUCGGACAGCUGACCUCAGAACUGAACUGCAGGCAGCUUUCCACUCCAUAGUGUACCAAGAGGCCCAUGUUCUUACUUCAGAACAGCCGGGCACUAUGCAGCUGGACAAACCUCAAAGGGCGCAGGUCACUUCGGCCUCCUCUAAGCAAAUGUUGUCAUCCAUGGUAGAGACAGUUAAUGUGGCAGAGAGUACAGUGGAUUUCACUGCCAUUAAAUCUCAUGCUGCUGCACUCAAGACAGAGUCUAAAAUGGAAGUUGAACAUGCUGCAGCUGGGCAACAGGUUGUGGUGCAGGAAUCCAAAGCAGCAAAGAUGGAACAAUCCAUCUCUUCCCAGAUCAAAAUUUCCACUGAGGCUCACAUGGCUUUUGAGCAGUCAGUCCAGGUGUCAAGGCAGGAGGUGAGGUCAGUGACACUGAAAAGCCAAGAAAAAGAUCUAGGAGCGGCUAUUGUUACCACUUCCCUGCCUCCUACCAUAGUCCCCACCGAACAGGCAGUGGAUGUCAGCAUCCAGAAGGAGCACAGGGAGGAGAUCUUCAAGGAGGAGAUCACAGUAUCUAGGCCAGAACAGAAAGAAUACCCUGUAAUAGUCACCUCCCUUGAAGACUUAUCUAUCGAAGAAGGUAGUAAAGUAACCUUUAGCACCACCAUUAAGUAUGUUACAAAAGUAAACUGGUUUUUCAAUGGACAAUUGUUGAAAUCUGGCAAAGAGUUCAAGUGUUCCAAAGACCACGACACAUACAUAUUGGUUAUCAACAAAAUUGUCAAGGAGAGGCAUCAAGGAGAAUAUGUUUGUGAAGCUGAGAAUGAAGCUGGCAGGACUACAACAUCUUCAAGGCUCACUGUGGUCUCAAGAGUGCCACCUGUCUUUAGGCAGAAAAUCACACCUCUGGAGAUAAACAUUGGCGGCCACGCCAAGUUCGAAUGUGAGAUUGAGGAUGCUCCAAGUGUGACCUUCAAGUGGUACAAGUCUGGCAUUGAGAUCAGACAGGGCGAGAAGUAUCGGAUCCUCAGUCGCCACACCAGUUCCUCUCUGGAGCUUCUGAACCCUGUCAAAGCUGACAGUGGUGAAUACACCUGCAAGGCUUCAAACCAGCAUGGCACCGACAGCUGCACUGCCUCGCUCAUUGUUACUGAAAUGUACCCACCGGUAUUUGUAUCAAAACCAGACCCAAUGACUUUAUAUGUGGGCAAACAAGCUGUGUUCCAGUGCACACUCACUGGAUCCUCACCAAUGGAAGUUGUUUGGCACAAGGACAACAUAGCCAUCUCUUCUGAAGGGAACUAUGUCAUGAAAUGUGAAAAGAACAAAUAUUCUCUUCACAUUAAAAGUCUUGAGUUGACUGAUCAGGGAGUGUUCCUAUGCAAGGCCUCCAACAGUGUCGGCACUGCUACAUUCACCACAGAACUCAAGGUUAUCAACAAGCCCAGCUUUGUUAAGAUCAUUGAGCCAGCGUCAGCUGCUAUUAAUGACCCGCUGAGGCUGGAGUGCCAAGUGGAUGAGGACACUGGUGUGACCGUCACCUGGACCAGGGAUGGCAAAAAAGUCCACCAGAGCAUGGAGUGUAAACUGUCCUUUGAGGACAAGGUGGCUGUUCUUGAGAUACCCAAGUCCAAACUGAAGGACUCUGGGAAAUAUGUGUGCACAGCCGCUAAUGAGGCUGGGAGCUCAUCCUGUGAGGCUGUGGUUACAGUUCAAGAGCCCCCUACCUUUGUCAAGAAAAUGGAACCUAAAAUUACAUGGAAACAGGGAAUAGCUGCUCGCUUACAGUGCUCCAUUAAAGGCUCACCCGAACUUCACAUCCACUGGUUCUGGAAUGAGAGAGAGCUCAGUGAUGGAGAAAAAUAUAAAAUCUCUUUCAAGAAUGGAGUUGCUACUUUGGAGAUAAUGAAUCUUAUGGUCACAGACAGUGGGAGUUACACCUGUGAGGUGUCAAAUAAUGCUGGCAGCGAGAGCUGCAACACCCUUAUAGCUGUUAAAGAGCCACCAUCUAUUAGAAAAGAGCUACGGACACUAGAGGCAGUGAAGGGAACAGCAGCUCAGCUGGAGUGUGAGAUCACAGGAACAGCUCCUUUUGAAAUAAGCUGGUUAAAGAAUAAAAAAGCAAUCACCAGUGAUCAGAAAUAUAAAAUAAUCUCCCAAGAGUCCUUGUCAAGGCUGGAGAUCCAGACCUUUGAAAGUGCAGAUGUUGGAGAUUAUCAGUGUGUCAUAACCAAUGAUGUGGGGAAAGUCACCACUAAGGCUUUAGCAAAACUUAAAGAGCCCCCAACUUUUUCAAAGAGGGUUGAGAGUGCUACAGCAGUGCUGGGAAGUAUAGUAAAACUACAAGGAACCAUUAAGGGCUCAGCUCCCAUCACUGUUAAAUGGAUGAAAGACUCUGAAAUACUGAGAGAUGAUGAUCCAAAUAUCAAGGUGGUAUUUGAGAACAAUGUUGCUAGCUUGUCGAUAACAACAGUGGCCAUCAGCCAUGGCGGCAAGUAUUUGUGCCAAGCUGAGAACGAGGCUGGGCAACAAAAAUGUGAAGCCACCUUGACUGUGCAAGAACCUGCCAGAAUCGUAGAACCUGCAGAAUCCAUUAGUGUGACUGCAGGAGAUUCAGCCACAUUGGAGUGCACACUUUCUGGAAGCCCAGAACUCAAAGUGAAAUGGUUUAAAGAUGGGAAGGAAAUGAUCAGUGGCCGUAAAUAUAAGAUGACUCUGAAGGACAAUAUUGCCACCAUGAAGAUUCUUACGGCAGAAAAAGGAGACACUUCAGAGUACAAGAUAGAGGUGUCGAAUAAAGUUGGAAAAGACCAGUGCACAUGCUCAGUCACUGUCUUAGAGCCCCCAGUGUUCACCGUGAAACCAGACAACCAGGAUGUUAUACCAGGAACCACUGUUUCCUUCAAAGCAGCCUUCACUGGAACAGCUCCUUUGGCUGUUAAGUGGUUCAGAGAGGAAAAAGAGAUUCUAACUGGAGGCACAUAUUUCAUAAAGAAAGAUGCCUCCUCAAGCUCUUUGGAGAUUCACUCUGUGAAACCCAGUGAUUCCGCUAAAUACACUUGCCAAGUAUCCAACGAUGCUGGGAAGGUGGAUUGCACCACAGUGCUCUUUGUGAAAGAACCUCCUGUGUUUGUGAGGAAGCUUGAGGCGGCCAAGCUCGUCACCAGUGGUGACACUGCCAGACUGGAGUGCAAAGUGACAGGCAGCCCUGUCAUCAGUUUCAAGUGGUUCAAAGAUGAGAUGGAGAUCAGCUCCAGUCCUAAAUACACAAUGGCCGUAACUGACUUAAUGGCAUCCCUGGAAAUGGUUAAUUGUACAGUAGGAGAUAGUGGAGAUUAUGUCUGUGUGGCAUCCAGCGAGGCUGGUAGUGACCGCUGCAGCAGCACAGUUACAGUCAAAGAACCACCAUUGUUUGUGCGUAGCUUGGAGCCCAAAGAUGUGGUGAAAGGUUCUGAGAUGAUGCUGGAAGGCCAAGUCACUGGUUCUGCCCCUUUCACUGUUUCGUUUUAUAAAAACACAAAGCUAAUUAGGAAUGACAAGAGACACAGGAUUACGGUGAAAGAUGACCUGGUAGCCCUGCAGGUGCUGGCAGUAGAGGCAGGGGAUGUUGGCUUGUACCAGUGUACUGUUGAGAAUGAAGUAGGGAAGGCCUCCUGUGAUUGUCAAGUAACACUAAAAGAACCACCAUCAUUUGUGCAAAAGCUGGAGAAACUCAGUUCGUUGGUGGGUAGCGAGGUUUCUCUGAAGUGCACACUGAAGGGCUCAGAGCCCAUGACUGUGUCCUGGCUUAAAGACAACCAUGAGCUCAAAGAGGCCGAAAACAUUCAGAUUACACAUGAGAACAGGACUGCUCUGCUGCACAUCACCAACUUACAGAGCAAACAUGGCGGCAAAUACUCUUGCCAGGUGCAGAAUCAGGCUGGGAGCCAAAUGUGCUCUGCUGUGUUGACAGUCAAAGAGCCAGCUAAGGUCACAGAGGAGGCCAAGUCUAUCAGUGUGACUCAGGGGGAUCCAGCCACGCUGGAGGCCAGGUUCUCAGGCACAAAACCCCUGAAGGCCAAAUGGCUAAAGGCUGGCAAGGAGCUGACCUCAGGCCAGAGAUAUAAAGUACAGAGCACAGACACCAGCUCUGUGCUUAAGAUUAUUAAAACUGAGAAAAGUGACGGUGGUGAAUACACCUUUAAUGUUUCAAAUGAUGUCGGCCAAAGUUCUUGUGAGGCCACACUCACCAUUCUUGAUCAAAUAAUUCCACCGUCUUUUACAAGAAAACUGAAGCAAACAGAAGGUAUCAAAGGAUCGUUUGCUCACCUGGAAUGUCUUGUAUCUGGCUCCCUGCCAAUAACCAUACAGUGGUACAAAGAUAAAAAAGAGAUCCACACCGAUGAGAAACACAAGUGCACAUUCUUUGAGAAUGUUGCUUUUCUGGAAAUCUCUAAUCUUGGCAGUAAAGAUAGCGGCAACUAUACCUGCAUUGCUACCAACAAAGCAGGAACGGUCCAGUGCUCUGGGAUCUUGUUUGUGAAAGAACCACCAUGUAUUCUUGAAAAGCCUGAAUCCAUGAAUGUUCUGCCUGGCUCAAAGGUUCUGUUUAACGUGUUGCUCUCUGGCACGCCGCCACUGACCAUCAAAUGGUUUAAAAACAAGAAAGAGAUUUUAUCCAGUGCUGACUGCUCUGUGAUCAAAGAUAACACCUCAAGCUCACUGGAGCUCUUCUUUGCCAAAACCUCAGAUUCUGGAGACUAUGUGUGUGAAAUACAGAAUGAUGUCGGCUCCACUUCAUGCCAAGCAACACUCUUUGUCAAAGAGCCGCCUAAGUUCACACGUACUCCGGCCCGUGUGUCUGUGGUCCGUCCCAGUCAGAGUAAAGCCUUUGAGUGCCAGGUGACUGGCACACCUGAGAUAGACAUCUACUGGUUCAAAGAAGGCUCUGAGAUCAGCCCCAGUGAUCGCUACAAGAUGGCUUUUGUUAACUCUGUGGCCACUCUGGAAGUCUGUGGGGCUGAUACCAAAGACAGUGGGAUUUACUACUGUGAGGCUCGCAAUGAGGCUGGCAGUGAGAGCUGCAGCAUGGAGCUCAAGGUCAAAGAACCACCAUCAUUUAUUAGAGAUCUGGCUCCAUCUGAUGUUGUGAAGGGCUCCAGUGCCUGUUUCGAGUGUCAUGUUUCUGGGACAGGUCCAUUUGAGAUAACAUGGCACAAAGAUGCAAAAGCGAUCAAACCCAGUGCUAAACAUGGCUUCUCCCAGAUGAACGGCACUCUGGGUCUAGAGGUGCACAGAUGUGAUACUGUAGAUGUUGGUGAAUAUCAGUGUACUGUUGCUAAUGAGGUGGGAAGCUGUACUUGUAAGACUACACUAAACCUCAAAGAACCACCAACAUUUACAAAGACAAUUGAGAACACUGCCACUGUUCUGGGUAAAAAGGCAGAGUUUCAGUGUAUUGUGGCAGGCUCGCCCAAUCUCUCUGUGCAAUGGCAAAAAGAUGAGAACUGGAUUUUGGAGGAUGCAAAGAUUGAAAGAACAUUUGAGAACAAUGUGGCCACUCUCAGGAUUCCUGUCUGUGAGGCGACACACAGCGGGAGGUAUUCCUGCCAGGUGGUAAAUGAGGCUGGGCAGGAUAAGUGCUUUGCUACCCUCACAGUGCAAGAGCCUCCUCAGAUCACUGAGAAACCUGAGGUGAUAAGGGUUACAGUUGGAGAUCCAGUCAGUCUGGACUGUAGAGUAACAGGCUCCCGUGAGCUCAGAGUGAAGUGGAUGAAAGAUGGCAGGGAGCUUCAGUCCAUCAGGCAGCAUAAGCUGAGCUUUGAGAACAACGUCAGCAGCCUAAAGAUUCAGUCCGCUCAGCGAGAGGACGAAGGAGAGUAUGUCUUCGAGGUGGCAAAUCACAUCAGUAGCUGCACCUGCAAAGUCAAAGUGAUCGUACUAGAGCAAGUAAUUCCUCCGAGCUUCAUCAAACCCCUGGUAGACAUGCAAGAGAUAUUGGGGUCCUUUGUUCAGAUAUGUUGCAAAAUAUCUGGUUCCCUCCCCAUCAGUGUGGAAUGGCAGAAAGACAAGAGCAAAAUCUCUAGUGGUGUAAAACACAAACUCAUUCAGCAGGACAAUGCUGUGUCCAUUGAAAUUGAGCAGCUAGAGAGAUCUGACGCCGGCUCCUACUCUUGCAAACUAACCAAUGCAGCGGGAAGUUGUGAAUGCAGUGGAUCCCUAAUGGUCAAAGAACCUCCAAGCUUUGUGACAAUGCCUGAAUCCCAGGUGGCUCUACCCAAUGCCACUGUCCGCUUCAAAGGAUCAUUUAAGGGAACUCCUCCAUUCACAGUCAAAUGGUUCAAGGACGACACCGAGCUCAUGACUGGGCCGACUUGUUUUACGGGGCUGGAGGGACUAUCUUGCUUCUUAGAACUCUACUCAGUGGGCGUCAACCAGAGUGGAGUUUUCUCUUGCCAAGUCAGCAAUGAUGCUGAACCACCAGAGUUUGUGCUGAAACUCCCCGCCACUAAGUGUGUUAAGCUGGGUGAGUCACUCCGCCUGGAGUGCAAAGUCAAUGGCACAGCUCCUCUGAAAAUUACCUGGUACAAACAGGAUGCUAAGGUCACAGAUGGGGACAACUACAGGACAUCAUUUGUUGACUCAGUGGCAGUCCUGGAAUUGCUCUCCACCAGCUUUGAUGAUGAUGGAGUUUACACCUGUGAAGCUCAGAAUGAUGCUGGCAGUGUCAGUUGCAGCAGCACAAUUGCCGUUAAAGACGCCCCAUCUUUUGUCAAAGUACCUCAGCCUGUUGAGGGGCUUAAGGGUAAGGACGUGAGUUUGUACUGCGAGAUGAGCGGUACAGCUCCGUUCCAGGUCACCUGGUUCAAAGACAGGAAACCUCUGAUGGAGAGCAGGAAGUAUAAGAUGGUGAGCGAGGGCAGCUCAGCGACGCUGCAUGUCAUUGGGAUAGAGCCCUCAGAUGCCGGCGAAUAUGAGUGCAAAGUGUCAAACAGUGUAGGAAGUGACACCUGCCAGACAACAGUUAAACUCAGAGAGCCGCCAUCAUUUGUGAAGAAACUGUCAAACAUGACAGUGAUACUGGGAGAGGAGGUGACCCUUGUGGCCACUGUUAAAGGCUCUGAACCCAUUACUGUGUCCUGGGUUCAAGACAAGGAUCACAUUCUCAGGGACGGUGACAACAGGAAAAUCACCUUUGAGAACAACCAGGUCGCACUUAAAGUCUUUAAGGCAGAUGCAACCACGGCAGGCAAAUACACCUGCCAACUCAGAAACGAUGCUGGGAGUGUGGAGUGUUUCGCUAAGUUGACUGUUCUAGAACCUGCUAAAAUAGUGGAUAAGCCCGAUACUCUGAGCGUGACGGCAGGUGAUAUCGCCGCCCUUGAGGUCAAAGUGUGUGGAACCCCAGAGCUCAAACCUAAGUGGUUCAAGGACGGUGUGGAGCUGGCCUCUGGGAGGAAAUACAAAAUCUCAUUUUCUCGGAUGAUUUCCAGCCUAAACGUGCUCUCUGCUGAGAAAAUGGACUCUGGAGAAUAUACAUUUGAGGUUAUGAACGAGGUUGGGAAGGACCUGAGUAAAAUUAAUCUCACCGUUUUAGAUAAGAUCAUACCUCCAACAUUCUCAAGGAAGUUAAGGGAUUGUAACACAAUUGUUGGAAACCCUGGAGAGAUGGAGUGCAAAGUGUCAGGCUCCCCACCUUUUACCAUCUCAUGGUACCAUGAUGGGGAGGAGAUACAGAGUGGGCCAAAUUAUGAAAUUUCAUUCAGUGACAACAGCUGCAUGCUCAAAGUGCCCACACUGAAGCUGUCCGACUCCGGAGUGUACAAAUGCAAAGCUGUCAACAAGGCAGGAUCCAGUGAAACCAUGGCCUCAUUGGUUGUCAAAGAACCUCCAUCUUUCGUGGUGCCACCACAGCCAGUGGAGGCAAUGCCAGGCUCUACCGUGACUUUCUCAGCCAUGGUGAAAGGCAGCGCCCCGCUCAAGCUGAAGUGGUUCAGAGGAACGAAGGAGAUCCUGUCAGGACAGGGUUGUGAUUUCUCGCUGAAGGACAACCAAGUCCUUUUGGAGCUCUUCAACGUGGACAGAUCAUACACUGGAGAGUACACCUGUCAGAUCAUUAAUGAUGCAGGAAAGGAAAACUGCCCCGUUAAUCUCACUGUCAAAGAGCCUGCAGCCUUCUCCAAGAAGCUGAAGGACGUGUCAGUUGAGAAGGGAAAACCAUUAACGCUGGAGUGCACGUACACUGGAACUCCAAAGAUCACAGUGAACUGGUACAAAGACAGACAGCAGAUCUUUGCUUCUUACAAAUAUAACAUCACCACGACUGAGAGCUCCUGCAUCUUGGAGUGUCUCAGCACGGACGACAAGGAAGCCGCAGGAAGAUACAGCUGCGAAGUGUCCAACGAUGCUGGAAAGGACACUUGUGAGGCAGCUGUGUCCAUCCUCGAGCCGCCAUACUUUGUUGAGUCUCUGGAGCCCAUGGAUGUGACCGCUGGAGACGCCGUGUGUCUGAAGUGUCAGGUGGCAGGCACACCGGAGAUUAAAGUGUCCUGGUUCAAGGCCGACGGCAAAGUCCGGUCCAGCCCCACCUGUAAAUUGGAGUACUCAAAGGGUGUCGCCUGUCUGAAGCUCAGCAAAGCCACCAAGGCCGACAUCGGAGAGUACACCUGCAAGGCAGAGAACCGGAUCGGCUCUGCCUCCUCCACCUGUAAACUCAAUGUGCAAGAGGCCAAAACGCCUCCGACCUUCCCCAAGAAAAUCACCAGCCUGCAGCAGACGGAGGGUCAGGCUGUCAGGUUCGAGUGCCGUGUCGCCGGCUCGUCACCCAUCGAGGUGUCGUGGCUAAAGGACGGCGAGCCUCUGAGGCAGGGAGAUGAGUUCUCCAUGCUGUACGACGACAACACAGCCGUGCUGGAGAUCAACCACAGCGAGAUGAGGCACUCUGGGGAAUACACCUGCGUGGCCACCAACAGCGUGGGCUCGGCCUCCUGCAGAGCCAAGCUCACCCUGCAAGAACCCAGAUACCCUCCGGUCUUUGACAGGAAGUUGUCACCACAGGAGGUGACGGUGGGUGACAGCAUUGAGCUGGAGUGUCACAUGACCGGCUCAGGCCCCAUUAAAGUCACAUGGUCUAAAGACCAUAAAGACAUUCGCUCUGGGGGGAAUUAUAAGAUCAGCUGUGUGGAGAACACGCCCCACCUGACCAUUCUGAAGGCAGAUAAAGGCGACACAGGGAGAUACUUCUGCCAUGCCUCUAAUGACAUGGGGAAGGACUCUUGUUCCUCAAAUAUCACUGUCAAAGAGCGUAAAAACCCUCCGGUGUUCACCAAAAAGCCCUCGGAGCAGAUCGAGGACAUGGAGGGCAAACUGGUGAAGAUCGAGGGCCGAGUCUCUGGCUCGCAGCCCAUGUCUGUCAGCUGGUUCAAAGACAGCACAGAGAUCCACAGCUCAGACAAAUAUGACAUCAGCUUUAAGAGUAAUGUGGCCGUGCUGUGCAUUAAGAGCAGCCAGAUGAGUGACAGCGGCAGGUACUCCUGCCAGGCCUCCAACGAAGCUGGAAGAGCCUCAUGCGACGUCACUGUGGGCAUCACAGAGGCCAAGAAGCCUCCAGUCUUUGACGUCCCUCUCAAACCGGUGACUGUGAACGAGGGCGAUAAGCUCAGCCUCAGGUGUCACGUCUGCGGGUCUCCUCCUCUGAAGAUCCAGUGGAUGAAGGACAGGAAGGACCUGACUUCGGCCGGCAGCACCAGGAUCAGCUUCUCUGAUGGGACGGCCUGCCUGGAGAUCAGCCCGGCCUCUAGACACGACGCCGGCGAUUACCUCUGCAAGGCCACCAAUGACGCCGGCAAGAAACCAGGAGCAGCUACGCCUCCUGCUGAAGCUCCAGCUGCGGCUCCGACUAAAAAACUUGACAACCUGUUCUUCAUCGAGGAGCCUAAAACUGCACACAUCACUGAGAAGGGCACCGCUACCUUCAUCGCCAAGGUGGGUGGCGACCCCAUCCCCAGUGUGAAGUGGAUGAAGGGCAAAUGGAGGCAGAUCAAUCACGGCGGCCGCAUCUCCAUCGAACAGAAGGGUCAGGAGGCCAAACUGGAGAUCAGGGAAGUGACCAAGUCGGACUCCGGUCAGUACAGGUGCGUCGCCUCCAACAAGCACGGAGAGAUCGAGUGCAGCACCGACAUGCACGUGGACGAAAAGAAAGAGGUGGUGCAGCUCGAGGGAGACCUCCGAGCCAAACUGAAGAAGACGCCAUCAAAGCAGAAGAGUCCACAGGAGGAGAAGGACAUUGACAUUGUGGAGCUGUUGAGGAACGUGGACCCUAAAGAGUAUGAGAAGUACGCCCGAAUGUACGGCAUCACCGACUACCGCGGCCUGCUGCAGGCCAUCGAGCAGCUGAAGAAGGAGAAAGCUGAAGAAAGUGGAAGACCGGAACUGGAACGUGGAGACAGAGAGUCUGAUGAGGACAUGGCCCGACUAGUGGCUGAUCUGCAGAAGAGGAUGGAGCGGACAGAGCCUGUCACCGUGGUGAAGGAUAUCUCCGAUCGGUCCGUCUUCACCAACAAGGAGGUGGUGUUUGAGUGCGAGGUCAAGAUCAAUUACCCGGAGAUCACCCUAUCCUGGUACAAGGGCACGCAGAAACUGGACACCAGUGACAAGUACGACAUCAGCAUUAGUGGCGACCGCCACCUGCUCAAGAUCAAGAAAUGCCAGUCGUCCGACCAGGGCAACUACCGGGUGGUCUGCGGGCCACACAUCUCCAGCGCCAAGCUCACUGUCAUGGAGGCGGAGGUUGAGAAGCAUCUGCAGGACACAUCGGGUAAGGAAGGGCACUCAUGUACUCUUUCUUGUCAGUUGUCCAUCCCUAACGUAGAGGCUCAGUGGUUUAAAAACGGCACGCAGUUAGAGAUGAAGGGCAGGUACACCUCCGAGGUGAAACACAAGGUUCAGAAGCUUCUGAUCAGGGACCUGAAGCCUGAAGACCAGGGUCGAUACAGCUGCAGGUACCAGCACCUGGAGUCCUCGGCAGACCUCUGGGUGGAAGCUGAACAAAUUCAUUUCACCAAACGCAUCCACAACGUUGAAGUCAACGAGCGCCAGUCGGCCACCUUUGAGUGCGAGGUGUCCUUCGACAACGCGAUCGUUUCGUGGUACAAAGACACCUGGGAACUGAAAGAGAGCCCUAAGUACAACUUCACAAGCGAGGGCCGAAGACAUUUCAUGGUCAUCCGAAACGUGACCAUCGAAGACGAAGGCGUGUACUCAGUGAUUGUGAGGUUGGAGCCCAGAGGAGAGGCUAAGAGCACAGCUGAGCUUUAUUUGUCUGGCAAAGCUGCCAGAGUUCCCAUUGAGGAGACAGUGGAGACCAAGAAAGUUGAAAUGAGAGAGGAAAUCCCAACAAAAGUUCCCAAAGCUGAGAAAAAGCCUGAAGAGAAGCCGACACCAGCUGUGAAGGAGCCGGCGCCACCUAAAGUAGUGGAGGCCAAAAAGCUGGUGGAGGAAAAGGUUCCUGUAGUUACAGCCCCAGAGAAGAAGGAAGUUCCUGCUCCCAAAGAACCUGAGGAGGUCAAGAAGCCUGCUGUUGCUCCCUCGCUGCCUGCUGAGAAGCCUGGAGUGCCAAAGAAAGAUGAACCCAAGCCUCAGGUACCGGCAGAGCCCAAAAAAGUGGUACCUGCAGCUAAGCCUGAACCUGAACCCAAGCCCAAACCAAAAGCAGAACCUGAACCAAAGCCUAAGCCCGCACCGGCUCCCAAAGCAGAACCAGAAGCCAAACCUGCAAAGAUUGAGCUGGAGCCUGAGGCUAAACCGGCGGCAGUAAAGAAGCCAACGACGCCACCGUCCAAAGUCCCUGAAGAAACUGCAAAGCCAGAGCUGGCAAAGGUCAAACCUGAACCGGCAGUCACAAAGCCAGAACCAGAAGCCCGAAAACCAAAGCAAGAACCAGAAAAACUAAAGCCAGAGGUCCGUAAACCUGAACCUCCUGUACCAAAGCCAGAACCAGCCAUCGCCAAGCCAGAACCUCCAGCUCCAAAAGCAGAACCUGCGGUGGUUCUCAAACCUGAACCGGCAGUGAAAAAAGCUGAGCCUGAAGUGAAAGUCCCAAAACCAGAACCUCCAAAGGCCAAACCAGAACCGACACCUGCUCCAAAGGAACCUCCAAAGGCCAAACCAGAACCGACACCUGCUCCAAAGGAACCUCCAAAGAAAGUACCUGAAACACCAACCAAGAAGGAGGUGGUUGCACCUCCACCACCACCUACAGUCCCACAAAAGGUGGAGAGAGAGGAAGAAGCACCACAGAAGAAGCCUGUGGCAGCUAAAGCCUUGAAGCCCAAACCUAAACUCGUACCAGAAGAGGUACCUGAAAAAGUACUUCAGAAGGUGUUUGAAGAGGUUGUUGUGUCGAAGACUGAAGUUGAGAGCCUGCCUGAUGAAAUACCUGAGAUAGUACCAGAAAGACGGCCUCCAGGGAAAACUGAGGUGAGGGAAAAGUCCCAUGAGAGGGUUCCAGAGAAAGUACUGGCACCUGAGAGAAAAGUGGAGGAAAUUCCAAAGAUGGUGCCAGAAAAGGUUCAAGAGAAACCACCAGAGGAAAAAGUUCCAGAGAUGGUUCGUCCUGUGAGGAAGCCUGAAACACUUCCUCGAAAGGCGGCUGAAGAAGAGAGGAUACCUGAGAAGAAGCCAGCUGAGCAGCUUCCUGUUGAAGUUGAGGAAGUAAAAGUUAAAAAGGUGUUGAAGAAACAAACAGAGAGGAUCUCUGUAGCGAAAACAAUGCCUACAAAGACCCCUGAUAAAACACCUGAGAAGAUACCUGAAGCUAAACCCAAACGACAGGCUGAAGAAACUCUUCCUAAAGGUAAAAUUCAGUUGGAAGAGGAUGGAACGUUUGAGAUUCCCACCUUGAGGAAAACAACCAGAGUCAUGAGGGAAGUGGAAGAAGAACUGGAGAUUAUUAAACUGAAGAAGAUUCCAUCAGUUCCAAUUAAAGAGGCUGAAGAAGAGGAAAAACCUCAGAAGGUCACCAAGACCACUGUGUUCAGUGUUGAGGAGAUGGUGCAUAAGGAAGAGAUGAUUGAGAUGUCAGUCGCCACCAGGAGACCUGUGGAGGAGAGGAAGCCUCGAGAGAAAGCAGAUGUGGUGAAAAAGCCAGAUAUUAUUAAACCUAAAGAAAAGACAGAAGCAGAGGCUCCUAAAGAUGCGUGGACCCGCCAGAAACCCACCCCAAAAGACGAGAAACCAGAAGAUAAGAUCACUCUUAAGAAAACUCCCAAAGCACUAAAGGAAGAGGAACCUGCACCACCUAGUGCAGCCUUGAAGAAAGUUAAAAAAUUGCCUUCAGAUGAAGUGGAACCAGAAGUAGUCAAAUUAAAACCAUUUGAAAAGCCUGUUAAAACAGCAGAGGAGCCAGAGAAAGACAAAAAGGAGAGGGCAGACAGGGACACUGUGCCUUUCCAGAAAGGAGAGAGGAUCCCCAGAGAGGUGGAAACCAAAGAACCUCCCAAAAAACCUGAGAAAACACCUCCAGAGAUAAAGGAGCCACCGGCCAAGGUGUCAAAGCCAGUAGAUAAAAAGAAAACUCCAGAGAAAGAGCCAGAGGAGAUUAAAGCCCCCACCAAGGUGAAGCAAAUCCCAACACAGGAACAAGAGAUAGAAAGUGUCAAGCUGAAGCCCUUUUCCAGGCCCUCCAAAGAGGCUGCAGAGCCUGAGAAGAAGCCAUCAGAGGAGAAAGAGAAGAAGCCAACCGACGACCUGCACCGUCGUCGCAUAAGUCCAGAUGAAAAACCAAAAGAACGAGAGCCAGAGGCAAGACUGAAGAAACCUGAGAUCCUGGAGGCUCCGGAGAAGAAGCCGGAGAAGCCAAAGGAAGUAGAGGCAGUUCCAGUGGAGAAGACAGCGUCUCCGGUGCCAGCUUCUGUUAAGAGACCGGAGAAGGCUCCUGAGGAACCCAAACCUAUGCAGCUGAAGAAGGGAUUCACACCUAAGGCAAAAGAGGAGAAGGAAGAAAUUUCUCUGAAGCCUGUGGAGAGGCUUAAGAAGGUUGAGCUGAAAAAGACACCAUCUCCUAAAGUUGAAAAGCUUAAAGAAUCAGAGUCGGUCCCUGUUGAGAGGAUUCCAAGUGUUGAUAAACUCAAAAAGGUUCCUAAAACAGUUUCACCAAAAGACACUAUUGAACCUGUGACUCUUAAAAAGGUCCCAAAGAAGCCAUCACCAGAAGAGGAGAAGAGUGCAGAACCAGCAAAACCUGGCAAAGGGAAGGUCCCACUGGUGAAGGAGAUCUCUCCUGGAGCUGUGCAGAUGAAGAAGGUUGACACCCAGCCAGAGGAGGAGGUCUUUGAAGAAGAGUUUGAAGCCGAGGGAGAGGCAACACAGGAGGAAGAGGAGGCCUGGGGCUGGGAGAUGGUUCCCAGAGAGAGUUACGGCUCAGAGGACUGGGAAGGUGAAGGAGAAGAAGGUGCUCUGGAGGUUCCAGGGGUAACCAGGAGAGCCAAGCAGACCCCGUCCCCUGGAGAAGGCAGGGGCCGGGGCCUGAGGCCUGGUGGAAAGGGCCCAUCGCCUCCAGAGGAUCCCUUCGGAGGAUUCAAGCUCAAAGCCGUCCCUCUGAAGUUCAUCAAGAAGCUUCAGGACAUCGUGCUGAAGGAAGCCGAGUCUAUUGGCUCGGCUGCUGUGUUUGACUGUGAGGUCUCACCUUCCACCGCCAUCACUUCAUGGAUGAAAGAUGGCAGCAACCUGCGUGAGAGCCCCAAGCACAAGUUUACUUCUGAUGGCAAGGAUCGCAAGUUGAACAUUAUUGAUGUCCAGCUGUCUGACACUGGUGAAUACACCUGUGUGGCCAAGAACGCUGGCAAGGAAAUAUCAUGCACAGCCAAGCUCAUUGUUGAAGAGCUCCCUGUGAAAUGGAUCAAAGAGCUAGAGGAGGAGACUUCGGCUCUGAAGGGUCAGCCUUUGUACAUGACCUGUGAGUUGAACAAAGAGAGAGAUGUGGUGUGGAAGAAGAAUGGCGAGGUCCUGAAGAAAAAGGCCAACAAGGUCCAGAUCAAUGUCAUUGGUAUGCAGCACGCUGUGACCAUCCAGAACUCCACUGAUGAAGAUUCUGGUUCCUACUCAUGUGAAGUGGCCAACCAGGAGGAUGUCAAGACUACAACAAGUGUCAAAGUGAUUGAAAUUAUCAAAGACUGGAUUGUGAAACCACUGAGAGACCAGCAUGUGAAACCGAAGGCAGCCGCUAUAUUUAAAUGCGAGUUGUUCAAGGAGACUCCCAACUGGAAGUGGCUCAAAGGAGAGAAUGAGAUCACUCCUUCUGACAAGGUUGAAAUCAAGAAGGAAGGAAAGCAGCUGACUCUCACUAUCAAGAAUUGUCAGCCUGAGGACGUGGCAGAAUAUGCCAUGGAGGUGGAAGGACGUGUCUACACUGCGAAGCUGACACUAGGAGAGCGCGAGGCUGAGAUCCUGAGGCCCUUGGCCAGCAUUGAGGUGACUGAGAAGGAAGAUGCUGUAUUUGAGACAGAGAUCUCUGAGGAUGAUGUUCCAGGGGAAUGGAAGCUCAAAGGAGAGGUUUUGACCAGAUCCCCGAUGUGCGACAUCCAGAUGGAGGGUACAGUGCGUAGGCUCAUCUUGAAAAAUUGCCAACUGGACCAGGCUGGAGAAGUGUCCUACCAGGCUCUGAAUGCUGUAACCAAUGCAAUGCUCAAUGUCAAAGAAAUCGAAAUGGACUUUGUUGUCCCACUGAAGGAUGUUUCUGUGCCUGAAAAGAAACAGGCUAAGUUUGAAUGCACCAUCACGAAGGAUGUCUCUAAGGUCAUGUGGUAUAGAGGGGCUGACAUCAUCACCCCAGACCAAAAGUAUGACAUCAUCGAUGAUGGAAAGAAGCAUAUGCUGAUCAUAAACUGCUGUGAGUUUGAUGAUGAGGACGAAUAUACGAUUGAGGUUUUGGGCAAAACUUCAACAGCUAGACUCACAGUGGAGGGUAUCAGGCUCAAAUUUAUCUCACCAAUAAAGGACCAAACUCUAAAAGAAGGCAAAACGGCUUGGUUCGAGCUGGAACUCUCUCAUGAGAACAUCCCCGUCACCUGGUACAAGAACGACAUUAAAAUUCAUCCGAGCAGAACAGUGCUCACUCAAGUGGACGGAAAGAAACACGUGCUAGAAAUAAGGGAAGUGACUCUAGAUGAUACGUGCCAGAUUAAGGCUGAGGCCAAAGGAAUUCCUUCCAUGGCCAACCUGACAGUCAUAGAGGGAGACGCGUACUUCACGGUUAAGCUGCAGGACUAUACUGCAGUGGAGAAAGACGAGGUGGUUCUAGAUUGUGAGCUCAGCAAAGACGUCAAUGUCAUGUGGUACCACAAUGAGGCCGAGAUCAAGGCCUCUAAGACGGUGACUAUUAAGGCUGAGGACAAACGCAGAAGCCUUGUGAUCAAGAGAGUUGGGGACAAAGACAAAGGACAGUACGUAUGUGACUGUGGAACAGACAAGACGACUGCAACACUGCACAUUGAAGCUCGCCACAUCAAGGUGGUUCGACCGCUGUAUGGCGUUGAAGUUUUUGACGGAGAGACGGCUCGAUUUGAGGUCGAGCUCAGUGAGGACGACGUCCACGGCCAGUGGAAAUUGAAUGGAGAGAUCCUCAGUCCAUCCGCCGAUGUUGAGAUUGUGGAGGACGGAGCCAAACACACUCUGGUCUUGUACAACUGCAAAGUGCCGCAGACAGGCGAGGUGGCGUUUGCUGCUGCCAACGCCAAGUGUUCUGCUAACCUGAAAGUGAAGGAACUCCCAGUGUCAUUCAUUACACCACUGGCUGAUGUGCAUGUGUACGAAAAGGAUGAGGCAAAGUUUGAACUGGAAAUUUCUAGAGAGCCCAAAAGCUUCCGUUGGCUAAAGGGAUCUCAGGAGUUAUCAAGUGAUGACAAGUUUGAACUCCUGAUGGAUGGAAAGAGGCACACGCUUAUUGUCAAAUCUGCCAAAUAUGAGGACGAAGCCAAAUACAUGUUUGAGGCUGAAGAUAAGAGGACGUCUGGAAAGUUGAUUAUCAAAGGUAUUCGCCUCGAAUUUAUCAAGCCGAUUAAAGAUGUGACUGUGAAGGAACGAGAAACUGCAGAGUUCAGCGUUGAACUCUCGCAUGAAAAAAUCCCAGUGGUCUGGUACAAAAACGACGUCCGUCUGCACCCGAGCAAGGUGGUGCACAUGUCGGAGGAUGGGAAAGUCCACACGCUGGCCUUCAAGGAGGUCACCACCGACGACACCUCCAUGAUCAGAGUGGAGGCCAUGGCCAAGACGUCAGAGGCCAUGCUCACGGUGCUCGAGGGCGACCUGUACUUCACAGCCAAGCUCCAGAACUACACUGCCGUCGAGAAGGACGAGGUGAUUUUGUCCUGCGAGCUGAGCAAAGCGUCCGGUGAGGUCCGAUGGUUCAAGGACGGGAACGAAAUCUUUCCCUCCAAGAAAAUUCUCCUCCAGUCGGACGGCAAGAAGCGCAUGUUGGUCAUCAAGAAGGCGGCGAAGAGCGACAUGGGAGUGUUCACCUGUGACUGUGGCACCGACAAAACCACAGCCGAGCUGAACAUCGAAGAGCGCGACAUCAAGUUCGUUCGCCCGCUGUACAGCGUGGAGGUCACGGAGACGGAGAUGGCCACGUUUGAGACGGAGAUCUCUGAGGAGGACCUCCACGCCACCUGGAAACUGAAGGGAGAGGCGCUCCACCCGUCUGCUGUAAGAUUCAUCACCGAACCUUUAUUUAUUUAAACCAUGUCUCAGGAGGUGGAGAUCAAGGAGGAGGGAGCCCGACACGUGUUGAUCCUCCUCAACUGCAAAAUGGACAUGGCUGGAAGUAUCGACUUCUCGGCAGCGAAUGCAAAAUCCACAGCUCAGCUCAGGGUCAAAGCCCGAGUGAUCGGCCUGAUGAGGCCUCUGAAGGAUGCCACCGUGACCGCCGGGGAGACUGCCACCUUCGAGUGCGAGCUGUCAUACGAAGGCAUUGCUGUCGAGUGGUUCCUGGAGGGAACAAAGCUGGAACCAAGCGACAGAGUGGUGCUGAAGUCGGAUGGUAAAGUCCACAGCCUGACUCUGAGAGACGUGCAGCUGAAUGAAGCCGGACAGGUCAAACUCACCGCCAAAGACUUCCAGACCGAGGCCAACCUCACUGUCAACGAGCCGCCGGUGGAGUUCACGAAGCCGCUGGAGGACCAGACGGUGGAGGAAGAGGCCACCGCCACGCUGGAGUGUGAAGUCUCCAGAGAGAACGCAGAGGUACAAUGGUUCAGGGACGGACAGGAGAUCAGGAAGACCAAGAAGUAUGAGAUGAUCGUCGACGGACGCAAGAGAGCGCUGCUCAUCCACGACUGCGCUCUGGACGACUCCAGGACGUACACCUGCGACGCCAAAGACUUCAAAACCUCCUGCUUCCUCAAUGUGGAACCGCCACACAUCGAGUUCUCGAAGCCGCUGCAUGACGUCGAGGUGAAGGAGAAGGAAUCCGCCAGGUUUGAAUGUGAAGUCUCCAGAGAGAACGUCAAAGUCCACUGGUUUAAGGAUGGAAGUGAAAUCAGAAAGGGGAAGAAGUACGAAAUUAUCGCUCAAGGUCGCCAACACGCCCUCGUCAUCCACAAGUCCGUGUUCGACGAUGAGGCUGAAUACGAAUGUGACGCAAAGACCUCCAAGUCCUCCGGCAUGCUCACUGUCAUCGAGGAGGAGGCCAGGUUCACCAAGAACCUCUCCAACGUGGAGGGAACAGAGACGGACAGCGUGAAACUGAUCUGCGAGGUGUCCAAACCCAGCGCCGACGUCACCUGGUACAAAGGAGACGAGGAGCUGCCGGAGGGCGGCCGCUACGACCACAUCGUGGACGGGAAGAGGAGGAUCCUCCUCAUCCAGGACCUAAAGAUGGACGACGCCGGAGAGUACAACUGCAGGCUGAGUCCCAGCAACAAAACCUCUGCAAACCUCAAGAUUAAUGAACUUGCUGCUGAGUUCAUCUCCAGGCCGAGCAGCCAGGAGGUGGUGGAGGGCCAUAAGGCGGAGUUCACCUGCUCCGUCUCCAAGGAAACCUUCGAGGUCAAAUGGAUGAAGGGCGAUCAGGAGCUGGAGGCCGGAGACAAAUACCAGAUGGUCAGCGACGGCAAGAGACGGACUCUGGUCAUCAUGAACAGCGAGCUGAAAGACGAGGGCGGGUACACGGUGGUGAUCGGAGCGACCAGAGCGAGCGCCGACCUCACCGUGCUCGAGAAACUGAAGAUCAUCACGCCGCUGAAGGACACGGAGGGUAAAGAAGGUCAGGAGGUCGUCCUGAACUGCGAGGUGAACACGGAGGGAGCAAAGGCCAAGUGGCUGAAGAACGACGACACGGUGUUCGAGAGCAGCAAGUUCGUCGUGGUCCAGAGAGACAACGUCUUCUCCCUGAGGAUCAGAGACGCCCAGAAGGGAGACGAAGCCAACUACAGCAUCAACCUGACCAAUCACAGAGGAGAGCAUGCCAAGAGCGCCUGCAACCUCACCGUCAAAGAGGAGAGUCUGAGGAUCGUGGUUCCUCUGGAGGACAUCGACACUCAGGAGAAGAAGACCGUCAGCUUCACCUGCAAGGUCAACAGGCCCAACGCCACCCUGAAGUGGAUGAAGGGGGGCGAGGAGAUCGUCUUCAGCAAACGCAUCGUCUACAGAGUGGACAAAGACAAGCACACGCUAACCAUCAAAGACUGCACCUUGGCCGACGAGGGCGAGUACACCGCCGUGGCUGGAGACAACAAGUCCACCGCCGAGCUGAUCAUCAGCGAGGCGCCGACGGACUUCAGCAUGCACCUGAAGGACCAGACCAUCACCGAGUUUGAGGACGCCGAGUUCUCAUGCAAGCUGACCAAAGAGAAAGCAGAAGUCAAGUGGUACAGGAACGGACGCGAGAUCAGAGAAGGACCCAGAUACACAUUUGAGAAAGUUGGAAAGAUCUGCACCCUUCGUAUCAAGGAGUGCAGACCUGAUGAUGAGUGUGAAUACGCCUGUGGUGUGGACGACAAGAGAUCCAGAGCCAGGCUCUUUGUUGAAGAGACCCCCGUGGAGAUCAUCAGACCACCACAGGACGCGUUUGAACCUCCAGGCUCGGACGUGGUGUUCGAGGUGGAGCUCAACAAGGACAGAGUGGAGGUGAAGUGGUUGAGGAACAAUAUGACGGUUGUCCAGGGAGACAAAUACCAGAUGAUGAGCGAGGGGAAAGUCCACAGACUGCAGGUCUGCGAGAUCAGACCCCGAGACCAGGGAGAGUACAGAGUCAUCGUCAAGGACAAAGACGCCAAGGCCAAGCUGGAGCUGGCAGCUGUGCCUCAGAUAAAGACCACAGACCAGAACUACGUCACAGACACCGGGAAGCCCAUCGUCAUGGCCGUCCCCUACAGCGCCUACCCGAAGGCCGAGGCCGACUGGCUGUACGACAACACCAGUCUGCCCAAAGACAACAUCCACACCUCGGCCGACCGGACAGAGUACCGGCUGAAGGACCCCAAGAAGUCCGACGAGGGCCGCUACAAGAUCCAUAUCAAGAACAAACACGGAGAGGGGGAGGCCUUCAUCAAGCUGGACGUCAUCGACGUCCCGGGACCCGUGAAGAACCUGCAGGUGGUGGACACCGCCGACGGCGAGGUCAGCCUGGCAUGGGAGGAGCCCGAGAGCGACGGCGGUAGCAAGGUCAUCGGCUACGUGGUGGAGAGACGCGAUGUGAAGCGUAAGACCUGGACGCUGGCCACCGACCACAUCGACAGUCCCGAGUACACGGUGACCGGCCUCCAGAGGGACUCUAUGUACCUGUUCAGGGUCUGCGCCCGAAACCGGGUCGGCAGCGGACCCAACGUAGAUACCGACAAACCCGUACAGGCCAAGAACAAGUUUGACGUCCCUGAGGCUCCUCUCAACGUCAUCGUGGGGAACGUCACCAAGUUCGGCUGCACCGUCUCCUGGGAGCCUCCCGAGUCGGACGGAGGUUCUCCCAUCACCUCCUACAUUGUGGAGCUGCGUGACCGCACGUCGGUGAAGUGGUCGCCCGUCCAGGUGACCAAGGCCGACGAACUCAGCGCCAUCAUCAACGAUGUCAUCGAGAACAAAGAGUACAUCUUCAGAGUCAAGGCCGAGAACAAAGCCGGCGUCGGCAAGCCCAGCGCCGCCUCCCAGCCCGUCAAGAUCAUGGACCCCAUCGAGCGUCCCAGUCCCCCUCUGAACCUGUCCUGGCAGGACCAGAACAAGAACUCGGUGCAGCUCACCUGGGAGACUCCUCUGAGGAACGGAGGCAGCAUGAUCACCGGGUACAUCAUCGAGCGCUGCGAGGACGGCAGCGACAAGUGGCUCCGCUGCAACGCCCGCCUCUGCCCCGACCUCUUCUACAAGGUGUCUGGUCUGAAAUACGGAACCAAGUACAACUACAGAGCGUUCGCUGAAAACGCCGCCGGAGUCUCCGACCCGUCCAACCUCCUCGGACCUCUGCUGGCUGACGACCUGCACGUUGGCCCGACCUUUGACCUCAGUGCUUUCAAAGACGGCCUGGAGGUGAUCGUCCCUCAGCCUCUGACCAUCAGAGUCCCCAUCACUGGAUACCCGACCCCCGUCGCCAAGUGGACGUUUGGUGAGAAGGAGCUGACGACCGCCGACGAGCGCGUCUCCCUGAUGACCAAGUCCACGUUCACAGAGCUGAUGGUCACGCCAAGCGUCCGCCCGGACAAAGGCAUCUACACCCUGCACCUGGAGAACGAUGUCACAUCCGUGUCUGGAGAGAUCGAAGUCAAUGUCAUCGCUGCGCCCAGCGCUCCAAAGGACUUCAAGGUCCUGGAGGUGACACGACAGCACGUCCACCUGAGCUGGGAGGCUCCCGAGCACGACGGAGGAAGUCCUCUGACUGGAUACCAGGUGGAGAAACGGGACAUGUCCCGCAAGACCUGGGUCAAGGUGGCCUCAGGAGUCCAGGAUCUGGAGUUCACCGUCACCGACGUGGUUGAAGGGAAGGAGUAUCUGUUCAGAGUCACCGCCUGCAACAAGUGUGGACCAGGAGAGCCGGCAUACAUUGACGAGCCCGUCAACGUCUCCUCUCCCGCCACCGUCCCCGACCCUCCAGAGAACCUGAGGUGGAGAGACAAGUCCGCCAGUGGCAUCUUCCUGACCUGGGAGCCACCGAAGUACGACGGCGGCAGCAGCAUCCGCGGCUACAACGUGGACCGUUGCCAGAGAGGAACCGAUAAGUGGGAGCCCUGUGGCGACAUGGUGCCCGAGCUGAAGUGCCAGGUGACCGGUCUGAUCGAGGGCCAGUGGUACGCCUACAGAGUCCGAGCCCUGAACCGACUCGGAGCCGGACGGCCCUGCAAGGCCACCGACGAGAUCCAGGCCGUGGAUCCCAAAGAACCUCCAGAGAUCCAGCUGGACGCCAAACUGCUGGCUGGUCUGACCGCCAAGGCCGGCAGCAAGAUCGAACUCCCCGCCGAGGUGACGGGUAAACCUGAGCCCCGGGUGAAGUGGACCAAGGCCGACCUGGUCCUGAAACCGGACGACAGGGUGACCAUUGACACCAAGCCGGGACACUCCACCGUCACCAUCGCCAAGACCAAGAGAGACGAUAGCUCCACCUACAUCAUCGAAGCCACCAACAGCAGCGGCCGCGCCACCGCCACCGUCGACGUCAACAUCCUCGAUAAGCCUGGUCCUCCCGCCGCCUUCGACAUCUCCGAGAUCACUAACGAGACCUGCUUCCUGGCCUGGAACCCUCCGCGCGACGACGGCGGCUCCAGAGUCACCAACUACAUUGUCGAGCGCCGAGCCACCGACAGCGAGAUCUGGCACCGGCUGUCGUCCACCAUCAAACAUACCACAUACAAAGCUGUGGAUCUGGUCAAGUUCAAGGAGUACAUCUUCAGAGUCUUCGCUGAGAACCAGUUUGGUGUCGGCCCACCAGCUGAGCACCUGCCCAUCAUCGCCAGAUACCCCUUCGAUACUCCCGGAGCUCCUUAUAAGUUGGAGGGUUCGGACAUCGCCAAGGACUCGCUGACCCUGACCUGGUACGAGCCUGAUGAGGAUGGAGGAAGCCCCAUCACAGGAUACUGGGUGGAGAGAUACGAACCUGACCACGACAAGUGGAUCAGGUGCAACAAGCUGCCCAUCAAAGACACCAACUACAGAGUCAAAGGUCUUCCCACCAGGAAGAAGUACAAGUUCAGAGUCCUGGCUGAGAAUCUGGCCGGAACUGGAAAACCCAGCAAAGAGACAGACCCGAUCCUCGUCAAGGAUCCAAUCGAUCCUCCAUGGCCUCCCGGUAAACCCACGGUGAAGGACGUGGCCAAGACUUCCUGCUUCCUGAUGUGGACCAAGCCAGAGCACGAUGGCGGAGCCAAGAUUGACGGCUACGUCAUUGAGAUGCUGAAGAGCGGCACCAUGGACUGGAUCCGCGUGGCGGAGAACGUCAACGUCCUGGAGCACUUCCUGAAGGGCCUGAUGGAGAAGCAGGAGUAUUCGUUCAGGGUGCGGGCCGUGAACGUGGCCGGAGAGAGCGAGCCCAGCGAACCCAGCGAUCCGGUGCUCUGCAAGGAGAGACUCAACCCUCCUUCAGCUCCUCGCUGGUUGGACGUCGUCAGCAUCAGCAGGAACAACGCCGAGUUGAAGUGGACGGCGCCCGAGCGCGACGGCGGCUCCCCCAUCACCAACUACGUGGUGGAGAAGCGUGACGUCAGGCGUAAAGGCUGGCAGACCGUGGACACCACAGUCAAGGAGCUGAAGUACACCGUGACUCCACUCAACGAAGGGUCGCUGUACGUGUUCCGCGUCGCUGCUGAGAACGCCGUGGGCCUCGGACCGUUCUGCGAGCUGGAGGACUCCGUGCUGGCCAAAGACACUUUCACCACUCCUGGGCCACCGUACGCCCUCGCCGUCAUCGCUGUGUCCAAGAGAUACGUGGACCUUCAGUGGGAGGCACCUAAAAAUGAUGGUGGCCGACCCAUCCUCAGGUAUUCCAUUGAGAAGAAGGAGAAGCUCGGAACUCGCUGGGUUAAAUGCGGGAAGACUUCAGGUCCGGACUGUAAGUACCGAGUGACAGACGUCAUCGAGGGAACUGAGGUCCAGUUCCUGGUCCGAGCCGAGAACGAGGCCGGCAUCGGACAUCCGAGCGAACCCACCGAGAUCCUCACCAUCGAAGACCCAACAGGUGUCCCGUCACCGCCCAUCGAGCUGCACGUCACCGGAGCCAGCCGGGACUUCCUGUCCAUCGCCUGGAAACCUCCGCAGAGAGAUGGCGGCUGCCCCAUCACCGGCUACCACAUCGAGAUGUGCGAGGCUGGAACAGAGAAGUGGAUGAGGGUCAACUCCCGUCCAGUGAAGGAGCUGAAGUUCCGCGUGGAGGAGGGCGUGGUCCCCGAGAAGGAGUACAUCCUGAGAGUGAGGGCCAUCAACGCCAUCGGAGUGAGCGAGCCCUCCGACAUCUCCGAGAACGUCUUCGCCAAAGAGUCCGACUGUAACCCUAUGCUGGAGUUCCAGACUCUGGACCUGGUCGUCGUGGAAACAGAGAAGAUGCACAUCCCAGUUCCCUUCAGAGCCGUCCCCUCCCCCAGAAUCACCUGGCACAAAGACGGCAAGGAGCUGAAGGCCGACGAGCGCCUCGGCUUCAGGUCAGAGUAUACUUCCUGUCACCUAGAGGUUGAGAGCAGCCUUCACGCUGACGCCGGAGUCUACAAAGUGACUCUGGAGAACAAACUGGGAGCCGCCAGCGCCACCAUCAACGUCAAAGUCAUCGGACUUCCUGGUCCCUGUAAGGAGAUUGUGGCCUCUGAGAUCACAAAGAGCUCCUGUAAAGUGUCCUGGGAUCCUCCAGACUAUGACGGCGGCAGCCCGAUCAUUCACUACGUCCUGCAGCGGCGUGAGGCCGGCAGGAGGACGUACGUCAACAUGAUGUCCGGAGAGAACAAGGUGAGCUGGAACAUCAAAGACCUCAUCCCCAACGGAGAGUACUACUUCAGAGUCCAGGCCGUCAACAAGAUCGGAGGAGGAGAGUUCAUCGAGCUCCGCAACCCAGUCAUCGCAGAGGACCAGAAACACGCUCCCGACGCCCCCGUGGACGUGGAGACCCACAAUCCCACAUCCAGCACCGUCACCCUGACCUGGAAGCCUCCCAUGUACGACGGCGGCGCCAAGAUCAUGGGCUACAUCCUGGAGAAGCAGCAGAAGGGUGAGGACAAGUGGGAGAGGUGCAACGACUUCCUGGUGCCCGUCCUGUCCUACACCGUCAGGGGACUGACCGAGGGCAAGAACUACACCUUCAGAGUCAAGGCCGAGAACGCAGCCGGGGUCAGCGAGCCAUCGCGCAACACGCCGUUCGUCAAGGCCUCAAACGCUGUUGACGCGCCGAAGGUUUUCCUCAGUGGCAGUCUGCAGUCCGGUCUCAGCGUGAAGCGAGGCUGCGAGAUCCUCCUGGACGCCAACAUCUCCGGCUCACCCUACCCUCAGAUCACCUGGUACUGGAACAACCAGGUGAUCCGCCCAGAGCCGCUCCGCAAGAGGCCCGAGAGGCCCCUGAAGAAGAAGGUGGAGAAGAAGGAAGAGGAGAAGAAGGAGGAGGAGAAGAAGGAAGGAGAAGCCGAGAAGAAAGAGGAGAAGAAGGAGGGUGAAGUGAAGGAAGGAGAAGAGAAGAAAGAAGGAAAAGAGAAGGAGGAGAAGAAGGAGGAGGAGGCUGCAGAGCCGGAGCUGGAGGAGUUCGACUACCCGACGAUUAACGAGCGUCUCGCCAUCGACAACAGCCACAGGGGCACGUCCUCCGUCGUCAUCACGGACUCGUUCCGCGCCGACCACGGCGUCUACAUGGUGAAGGUGGAGAACGACCACGGCAUCGCCUCAGCAACCUGCGAGGUCAACGUGCUUGAUACUCCCGGUCCUCCUGUGAACUUCAGAUUCGAGGAGGUGAGGAAGAACUCUGUGAUCUGCAAGUGGGAUCCACCUCUGGACGAUGGCGGCAGCGAGAUCCUCAACUACACUCUGGAGAAGAAGGACAACUCCAAGCUGGAGUUCGGCUGGAGCAGCGUCACCUCCACGCUGAGAGGAUGCCGCUACCUGGUGCCCAAACUCAUCGAGAAGAAGGAAUACAUCUUCAGGGUCGUGGCCGAGAACAAGUUCGGCGCCGGUCCUCCCUGCAUCUCCAAACCACUCAUCGCCAAGAAUCCCUUCGAACCUCCUGAGGCGCCUGAUAAGCCACAGAUUGAAGACAUCACAGCCAACAGCAUGCUGGUCACCUGGAAUGAGCCAAAUGACAACGGCAGCCCCAUCCUGGGAUACUGGGUGGAGCGUCGUGAGAUCAACAGCUCCCACUGGGCACGUGUGAACAGGAACCUUGUCCCCGACACUGAGCUGGACGUUGUGGGUCUGCUGGAGGGGCUGACGUACAUCUUCAGGGUCGCCGCUGAAAACCAGGCUGGCCCAGGAAAGUUCAGCAUCCCCUCCGAACCCAAGACAGCCCAUGCUCCGAUCCUACCUCCUGGACCUCCAGUCGCCCGAGUGGUGGCGACCACCGACCACUCCAUCGACGUGGAGUGGGACCCUCCUGCUGACAACGGUGGAGGGGAGAUCCUGGGAUACCACGUGGAUAAGGCCAUGGCUGGUACCAAGGACUGGGGUAGGUCUACAGAGCGCCCCUGGAAGACCCGCGCAUUCACUGUCUAUGGAGUCCGAGAGGGAGCCAAGUACCUGGUCAGAGUCAUCGCCUGCAACGCUGCUGGAGAGGGAACACCAGGAUUCACAGAGUCAGUGUUCGUCAGGAAUCCAGCAGAGAUACCUGUGAUUGAACUGGACCUGUCCGUCAAGAACGGCGUGGUCAUCAGAGCUGGAGAGACUCUCCGUGUACCUGCUACAGUCACAGGUAAACCCUACCCGUCCAUCACCUGGACCAAGGAUGACGCUAAACCUGACAAAGACAGCGUGGAGAUCCUCACUGAGGGCAACGACAGCAUCGUUUCAAUCAAGAACGUCCAGAGGAAGGACUGUGGCAAAUACCAGAUCUCCGCUUGCAACCCCAGCGGUACCAAGUCUGCUUGGACCAGAGUGGAGGUCAUGGACGUCCCGGGACCCGUCACAGACCUGAAACCCGUCGUCGUCACUCGUAAGAUGAUCUUCCUGAACUGGGACGAUCCCGUGGACGAUGGAGGCAGCGACCUGACCGGCUUCAUUGUGGAGCGAAAAGACGCUAAGAUGCACACAUGGAGGCAACCCGUUGAAACCGCCUCAUCCAAGUGCGAGUGUGUGGGCAUCAUGGAGGGACAGGAGUACAUGUUCCGUGUCAUUGCCAAGAACAAGUAUGGCCUGGGACCGCCUGUUGAGCUGGGGCCCAUCAAGGCUGUGGACCCACAGGGUCCUCCAUCGUACCCUGAGAAGUUCCAUUACACUGAACGCACCAAGAACUCCAUCACACUGGCCUGGAAGCCUCCUCGUAAUGACGGCGGCAGCCCGGUCAUUGGCUACUUUGUUGAGAAGAAGAGACAGGACCAGCAGGCCUUCGAGCCCUGCAACACCGAGAUCUGUCCCAACAUGACCAUGACUGUGGAGGGCCUGGAUGAGGCCUGGUUGUAUGAGUUCAGGAUCAAGUGUGCCAACCUCAUCGGAGAGAGUGAGCCAUCCAUCCCACUCACUGUGGUCAUCCAGGAUGAUGAAGUGGCUCCUGAGGUCCACAUGCUGAAGCACUUCAAGGGUGACUGCAUCACCGUGAAGAAGGGUGAACCCAUCGAGAUCCCCGCCGACAUCCUGGGACUUCCCAUCCCCAAGGUUGAGUGGUCCAAGGACGACUUGGUGAUAGAGAAGCCCACCGAGACUCUGCUGAUGGAGACGGAGGUGACCGGCAGGAUGAACUGCAAGACUGUACUGUCCAUCCCAGCAGCCAACAGGAAAGACCGCGGCAGCUACACUGUGACCGCCAACAACAACAUGGGCUCAGCCAAGCACACCAUCACUGUCAUGGUGCUGGACCGACCACUUCCACCCAGGAAUGUGACGGUGUCCAACAUCAAGGCAGAGUCCUGCUACCUGACGUGGGAUCCACCACUUGAUGACGGUGGCAGCGAACUCACCAACUACAUUGUUGAAAGGAAGGAUGUGGUGACAGAGGAACCAGAGCUGGAGGAGGGAGAGGAAGCCACACCUGAACCGCAGUGGGUGGAGGUCACCAACAGCAUCAUUGAGAAGAAAUACGGGAUGUGGAAUCUGGAGACCAACAAGACCUACAUGUUCCGAGUCCGAGCUGAGAACCGCUACGGUAAAUCUGACCCAUGUACCACAGAGGAGGUCCAGAUCACAGACCCCUUCGGCCUCCCUGGCCCACCAGAGAAACCAACCAUCGCAGAGUACUCCAAAACCUCCAUGACCCUGACCUGGGAGCCUCCCAGGGAUAACGGUGGCUCCAUGAUCAUCGGCUACUGGCUGGAGAAGAGGGAGAAAGGCACAGGCUACUGGGCCAGAGUCAACAAGAUGCCAGUCACCAAGAGGGGCAUGAAAGGCUGGGAGUACCAGGUGACUCGUCUGUUCGAAGGAACAGAGUAUGAGUUCAGAGUUGCUGCCAGCAAUUCUGCAGGAAUUGGACCAUUCAGCUCACCGUCCGACUCCGCCUUUGCUGUUGAUCCACUGACUCCUCCGGGCAUGCCUGCUGCUCCUGAGGUGGCUGACAAGACAAAGCACAACGUCACGUUGUCCUGGAAACCACCAGAGAAGGACGGAGGAAGCCCCAUCAAGGGCUACAUCAUCCAGAUCCAGGAUGAGGGCACAUCUGAGUGGGUGAGGGUGAACGACCCCGAAACCCUUCACCCCACCACUGAGUUCACCGUGCCCAGCCUCCGUGAGCUGAAACGCUACCGCUUCAGGAUCAUUGCUGUCAACGACAUCGGCGAGUCCGACCCCAGUCCCCGCACCAGCGAGGUCCUGAUUGAGGAUAUCCAGCUUCCUCCUUCCAUCACCCUCGACGUCAUGGCCGAUGACCUGCUGGUCAUCCGUGCUGGAGAUCCAAUCAAGAUUCCCGCCACCAUCAAGGGUCGCCCUGUUCCCAAGGUGACCUGGGACUUUGAUGGCAAGGCUAAGUCACACAAGAAGAAUAAAUUGCACACACUGCCCGUGGACUCCGAGGUUGAGUCCACAGACACCAAGUCCAUUGUGACCAUCCCUGUAAGUCUGAGGAGCCACUCCGGACGCUAUACCAUCACGGCCAAGAACAAGUCCGGACAGAAACACAUCAACGUCAGAGUCAACGUCCUCGACGUCCCUGGACCUCCAAAGGAUCUGAGGGUUACUGACAUAACUCGGGCUACUAUGAGGCUGAUCUGGAAACUUCCAGACAACGAUGGAGGAGAGAGAAUUAAGAGCUACUUCAUCGAGAAGAAGAAUGUCACUGAUAAGGCCUGGACCAAGGUGAAUGCGGCCUGUGCCAGCCAGGCUUUUGUGGUCCCCGGUCUGCUGGAGGGUCAGGACUACCUGUUCAGGGUCAGGGCCGAGAACAGACUUGGAUUUGGUCCGUUCACCGUCACUACCGAGCCUGCCCGGGCCAGAGACCCCAUCUACCCCCCCGACCCCCCUACCAAGCUGAAGGUCAACCUGGUGACGAAGACCACCGUCACCCUGAGCUGGGAGCCUCCCAAAAACAACGGCGGCUCUCCGGUGAAGCAUUACAUCAUCGAGCGUUUGAGCUGGGACACCAGCGGCAAGGAGAAGGAGACCUGGAAACAGUGCAACAAGAGAGACGUGGAGGAUCUCACCUUCGUGGUGGAGGACCUGAAGGAGGGAGGAGAAUACGAGUUCAGAGUAAAAGCCGUGAACGCAGCUGGACCCAGCCGACCCUCCGCCACCGUUGGACCCAUGGUCAUCAAAGAUCAGACAUGUGCUCCCACCAUCGUGCUGCGUGAGGCCAUGGAGGGCGAGGAGGGCUGCGACGUCAGCAUCGUGGCAAAGGUGAGCGGCUGUCCGUUCCCCACACUCACCUGGCACAAGGCCAGUGUGGCCAAACCCGAAGAGAAGGCCGCCGUCCAGUACGACCAGCACAUGAACAAACUGGUGACCCACGACAAGUGUACACUGCUGAUCCAGCAGGCCAGCAGGCACGACAGCGCCCUCUACAGCCUGACAGCCAGCAACAGCCUGGGCACCGUCACCAAGGACAUCAAGCUCUCAGUGCUGGGUGAGACACGCAGACGUCUCGGACCACUCAAGUUCACCGAGGUGUUUGCGGAGAGGAUCGGCCUGGCCUGGAGCCCUCCCACGGACGACGGUGGAUCCAAGAUCACCAACUAUGUGGUGGAGAAGCGCGAGGAGAACAGGAAGUCCUGGGUCCACGUCUCCACCGACCCCAAGGAGUGCGCGUACGUGGUGACCCGUCUGACGGAGAACCACGAGUACGAGUUCAGAGUCAUGGCCCAGAACAAGUUUGGAGUCGGGCCUCCGCUGGUCAGCGAGCCGGAGAAAGCCAGAAACCUCUUCAAGCCCCCUGGCCCGCCCACUCCCAAGGUGACAGACUGGACCAGGUCGACGGUGGAGCUGGAGUGGAUCCCUCCCACACUGGAUGGAGGGUCAAAGGUCACCGGCUACAUCGUGGAGUUCAAGGAGCCUGAGGGUGACGAAGGAUGGGAGAAGGCAAAGGACACAGAGAUCAGAGGAACCAAGUUCGUGGUGGAUGGUCUGAAGGAAGGCGGUCUUUACCGCUUCAGAGUCCGAGCUGUGAACGCCGCCGGAGUGGGAGACCCGGGACUGGUGUCGGAGCUGAUUGAGGUCAAAGACAGAACAAUUCCUCCUGAGAUGGACCUGGACGCCUCCGUGAAGGAGAAGAUCGUGGUCCACGCUGGCGGCACCAUCCGCAUCAUUGCCUACGUGUCUGGUAAACCUGCCCCGCAGAUCACCUGGUGCAGAGACGACGGCGAGGUGCCCAAAGAGGCCGUGGUGGAGACGACGGGCAUCUCCAACUCGCUGGUUAUCAAGAACUGCAGACGCCAGCACCAGGGCAUCUACACACUGAGCGCCAAGAACGAGGGCGGAGAGAGGAAGAAGGCCGUCAUCGUCGAGGUCCUGGACGUCCCUGGACCAGUAGGUCUUCCCUUCGCCGGCGAGAAUCUGACAACCGACUCCUGCAAGCUGACCUGGUACUCCCCCGAGGACGACGGUGGCUCGACGAUCACCAACUACAUCAUUGAGAAGAGGGAGUCGGACCGCAUGGGCUGGACCUCGGUGUCCUACACUGUGACGAGGAACAACGCUGUGGUUCAGGGGCUCAUCGAUGGCAAGGGUUACUUCUUUAGGAUCGCAGCCGAGAACAUCAUCGGCAUGGGACCGUUCAUCGAGACCGACAGGAUGGUUCUUAUCAAAGACCCCAUCUCCGUUCCAGAGCGUCCAGAGGAUCUGAUCAUUACCGCAGUUACCAAAGACUCCAUCUCUGUUGCCUGGAGACCGCCCAAGUACGACGGAGGCGCCGAGGUGACCGCGUACGUCCUGGAGUCCCGUAUGGUCGGCCGUGACAACUUCACACGCGUAGGCGGCGAGGACAAGCUGAUGGAAAGGAAGUUCACACUGACCGGGCUGAAGGACGGCUCGAGCCACGAGUUCAGAGUCUCCGCUGUCAACCAGGUGGGACAGGGCAAACCGUCCUUCGCCACCAAACCUGUGCAGUGCAAGGACGAGCUUGAACCACCCAACCUGGACCUGGACUUCAGGGACAAGAUGAUGGUGAAGGUGGGAGACAGCUGCACGCUGUCGGGACGCUACAGCGGCAAACCAACCCCGGCCAUCACCUGGAAGAAGAACGACGAGGAGCUGAAGGCGGAUGAGGAGAUCGGCCUCCACAGCACCACCCGCCACCUCAGCCUCAACAUCGGCAAGGCCAAGAGAGAGCACAGCGGGUGCUACUGCGUCAGCGUGGAGAACGCCGCCGGAGCUCGCACAGGAAUCUGCACCAUCACUGUGGUCGACCGCCCUCAGCCACCAGAGGGCCCUGUGGUGUUCAAUGAGGUCUACAGGAACUACAUGGUGAUCUCCUGGAACCCUCCUCUGGACGACGGAGGCUGCGCCAUCUCCAACUACAUCAUUGAGAAGAGAGACACCAACAGAGACCUGUGGAUGCCCGUCACCUCGUCCUGCACCAGGACGACUUGCAAGGUACCGAAGCUGAUCGAGGGUCGUGAGUACAUCAUCAGGAUCAUGGCUCAGAACAUCUACGGCAUCAGCGACCCCCUCCUGUCUGCAGAGACCAAGGCCAGAGACGUCUUCAAGGUGCCUGAUGCCCCCAAACAGCCCACAGUGAAGGAGGUUUACCACGACUCCGCCCUCAUCAGCUGGGAGCCUCCUGCCGACGGAGGAAAACCAAUCACAGGCUACAUCGUGGAGAGGAAGGAGACCAUGGCCAACAGGUGGGUUCGCUGCAACACAGAGAGGAUCUAUCCCAAGGUGGAGUACUGGGUGACCGAGCUGUUGCAAGGUUGUGAGUACGAGUUCAGAGUCAGCGCUGAGAACGUGGUGGGAGCCGGAGACCCGAGCCCACCCUCCAAACCCGUCUUCGCCAAAGACCCCAUUGUGAAACCCGGUCCACCAGUGAAGUUCCGGGCCAUCGAUCACACCAAGGAAUCAGUGACUCUGUCCUGGGAGCCGCCCACCGACACCGGCAGAGGAAAGAUCUUCGGAUACCUGCUGGAGUUCCAGAAGGCUGGAGAGGAGGAGUGGCAGAAGGUGAACCAGACUCCAGACUCCUGCCAGGAGACCAAGUUUAAGGUGAUAGGCCUGGAUGAAGGUUCUCUUUACCGCUUCAGAGUCAUGGCCGUCAACGCUGCCGGAGAGUCUGAUCCGGCUAACGCGAGGGAGCCAGUCAGAGCCCAGGACAGACUUGAGCCCCCAGAGUUGAUUCUGGAUGCUGGAAUGACCCGGGAGGUGAAGGCCAUGGCCGGCACUCACAUUACUCUGAUGGCCGCCAUCAAAGGCAUCCCGUUCCCCACGGUUACCUGGAAGAAGAAUGAUGCUGAGGUUCCCACCAGGGCCGACAUCGAGACCAACCAGGCUGGCACUAAGCUGGAGAUGAGGUUCUGUAACCGUGGUGACUGUGGAGACUACACCCUAACUGUGGAGAAUCCAGCUGGAUCCAAGACCGUCACGUGCACCGUGCUGGUCUUCGACAAACCUGGUCCCAUCCAGCACCUCCGGGUGUCUGACAUCAGGAGCGACUCCGCCUACCUGUCCUGGAAGGACCCGGAGGACAACGGUGGCACUCGCAUCACAAACUUUGUGGUGGAGAAGAAGGACACAGCGUCCACUCAGUGGGUCCCCGUCUGCUCCACAUCCAAGAAACGCAGCAUGAUGCUGAAGCACCUGAUGGAGGGAACGUCCUACGUGUUCAGAGUUGCCGCUGAGAACCAGUACGGCCGCAGCGAAUAUGUGGAGACGCCAAAGGCCAUCAAGGCCAUGAACCCGCUCUUCCCUCCUGGUCCCCCCAAAGACUUGCACCACGUCGACGUGGACAAGACCGAGGUGUGGUUGGUCUGGAACUGGCCUGACCGCAACGGAGGAAGCGAUAUCACAGGCUUCCUGGUUGAGUAUCAGGAAGAAGGAGAGAAGGAGUGGGACGAGUGGAAGACCGUCAGCAUCCCCGAGAGUCAUGUGACCGGCCUGGAGGAAGGAAAGACCUACCGCUUCAGAGUGAGGGCUGAGAACGCCAUCGGCCUCAGCAGACCUGACACCACCGUGCCGAUCCUCUGCCAUGAGAAACUGGUGCCUCCGAUUGUGGAAGUGGAUGUGAAGCUGAUUGAAGGCAUCAUCGUGAAGGCCGGCACCACCAUCAGGCUGCCAGCUAUCAUGAGAGGAAUCCCCGUCCCCACCGCCAAGUGGUCCAUCGAAGGAGAGGAGAUCCUCAGUGAGGGCAACGUCAAGAUCGACACUGAUAACUUUUCGACCGUGCUGAGCAUUAACGACUGCACCAGGAACCACACGGGCACCUACCUUCUCACUGUGUCCAACCCAGCUGGAUCCAAGACGGUGGCCUUGAACGUCACUGUCUUGGAUGUUCCCGCCGCUCCCAUCGGACCCGCCAACAUUCUGGAGGUCACUCCUGACUCCAUGAUGAUCGAGUGGCGUCCUCCCAAGGACGACGGUGGCAGCCCCAUCACCAACUACAUCGUGGAGAAGAGAGAGUCCAACAAGGAGACGUGGGGAGGUGUGAGCUCCGGCAGCCUCGCCACCCAGCUCAGUAUCACACGCCUGCAGAGGGGGGCGGAGUACGUCGUUCGCAUUCGUGCUGAGAACAAGAUGGGCAUCGGUGGUCCUCUAGAGAGCAAACCCACCGUGGCUGAGCACACCUUCAUGCCACCCAGCCCUCCCGGUAAGCCCCAGACAUCAGACCUCUCAGAGGAUGCUGUGACAGUCGGCUGGACCAUGCCCCUAAGUGAUGGCGGCAGCCAGAUCACCGGCUACAUCAUUGAGCGCAGACACAAGGGAGGAAAGUGGAUCCGUGUCAAUAAGAAACCCUGCAAGGACCUGAGGUACAGAGUCCUGGGUCUGUUUGAGGGCAGCGAGUAUGAAUUCAGAGUGUUUGCUGAGAAUAUCGCUGGCUACAGUGGCCCCUCUCCCAUCUCUGACCCCUGCAAGCCCUGCAGGCCCAUCACCGUCCCCAGUCCCCCUGUCAACCCCAGAGUUAAAGACUACAGCAAGACUACCGCCGACCUGGUGUGGAUCAAACCCAACAAGGACGGAGGCAGCCCUAUCCUCGGCUACAUUGUGGAGAUGAAGAAAGCAGAUACUGAAGAAUGGAAGAAAGUGAACCUGGACGACUUCAUCAAGCAGUGCGCCUACAGGGUGAAGGGUCUGGAGGAGGGCGUGACCUACAGAUUCAGAGUCCGCGCCUCAAACAUGAUCGGAGAUGGAGAGCCCAGAGAAAUCCCAGAGUCUGUCACUGCGAAGGACAUCCUCAUCCCUCCGGAGAUUGAGAUGGAGGUCACCUGCCGUGAGCGUGUCACUGUACGUGCCGGACACAACAUCAAUAUCAUCGGCUACAUUAAGGCCCGCCCUGACCCCGAAGUGCUUUGGAUGAAGGAGGAGGCGGUUCUGGAGAACAGCAAGCGCAUCACCAUCGUUCAGAACCUGCCUGUGACCCACCUGAAGAUCAAAGAGGCCACACGAACCGACCAUGGCAAAUACACCAUCAAGGCUUCAAACGAGGGCGGCGAGGCCUCCUGCACCAUCACAGUCAAUGUACUGGACAGACCUAGCCACUGCCAGAACCUGCACAUUACCUACGCAACCAAAGACUCCUGCAUGAUCAACUGGGAGGCCCCUAAAGACAACGGUGGAUCCGAGAUCACCAACUACAUCGUGGAGUGCCGUGAGCCCAGCAUUAGCAUGUGGUCCAUGAUCUCUUCCAACUGCACCAAUCGCAAGAUCAAGGCCAAGCUGAUGGAGGGCCACGAAUACCUGUUCCGCGUCUGCGCUGAGAACAAGAUCGGACCUGGACCCUCCGUGGAGACCAGGACCCCUCUGCUGGCAAUCGACCCCAUCGAGAAGCCCGGUGAGCCUGAGAACUUCAGAGCCACUGACGUCGGUAAGAACCACGUCUAUCUGAGGUGGAGGAAGCCUGACUAUGACGGUGGCAGUCCCAACCUCUCCUACAACCUGGAGUGCAAAGCCAAAGAUGCUGAAGAGUGGACGAAACUCAACACCGGCGUGCUCACAGACACCUUCUUCCUGGCUGACAAGUGUGUGGAGAAUCAGACGUACACCUUCAGGGUGCAGACCGUCAAUGAAGGAGGUGAAAGUGCCUGGGUGAAGAUAGAUGUUCUGGUGAAGGAGGAGCUCCAGAAGCCCGUCAUUGACCUGAAGCUGGCCGGAGCUCUGACAGUGAAGGCCGGAGAGUCGGUGAGGAUGGAGGCCGCUCUGAGAGGAAAGCCCCAGCCUGAGGUCAAAUGGAUCAAAGACAAGGCAGUUGGAGACAACCCCAGAAUCAGCUAUGAGACUGGUUCAGACUACUCAAAGUUCCUCCUGACCAAGUCCAGACGCACUGACACCGGAAAGUACAUCAUCACCGCCACCAACGCGGCCGGCACCUUCACAGCGUACGCCAACGUUAACGUCCUGGAUGUCCCCGGGCCGGUGAGGAACCUCAGGAUCACCGGCAUUGGAGCUGACAAGUGCAGAGUAGUGUGGGACGGUCCGGAGGAUGACGGAGGUUGUGAGGUGGACAGCUACAUCCUGGAGAAAUGCGAGACCAGGAGGAUGGUCUGGUCCACGUACUCCGCCACUGUGGUCACACCAUACUGUAACGUCACUCGUCUAGUGGAGGGGAACGAGUACAUCUUCAGAGUGAGGGCUGAGAAUAAGAUGGGAACCGGCCCCCCCAUGGAGAGCAAGCCUGUAACUGUCAAGACUCAGUUCAACAAACCUGGACCCCCUGAGGCCCCAGAGGUCACCAAGGUGAGUAAAGAUGAGAUGACGGUGGUCUGGGCUCCUCCCGAGAACGACGGAGGGAAGUCGAUCACCGGUUACAUCCUGGAGAGGAAAGAGAAGAGGGCGGUGCGCUGGGUGCCCUGCACCAAGAGCCCCAUCUCUGAGAGACGCAUGAAAGUCACCAACCUGAUCCCCAACCACGAGUACCAGUUCAGGGUGAAGGCUGAGAACGAAGUCGGUCUGGGAGAGCCCAGCAAACCCUGCAGGCCCGUCGCAGCCAAAGAUCCCAUCGAGCCCCCUGGCCCCCCUGCAGGCCUGAAAGUGUCUGACAGCACCAAGACUUCUAUCACUCUGUCCUGGUCUAAGCCUGUGUAUGAUGGCGGUGCCCCCAUCAUCGGCUACAGCUUGGACAUGAGGCUGAAGAGCGAGGCGGACCCUGAGAAGCCCUCAGAGGGCUGGAAGAGGAUUGACACUCAUGGCCCACUGGUGCUCACAGAGUUCACUAUUGGCCAGCUGGAUGAGAAGCAGGAGUACGAGUUCAAGGUAUCCGCCCAGAACCAGGUGGGCUGGGGACGCCACGCUUACACGAAGGAGGCCGUCUUCCCCAAGGAGAUUCUGGAGGCUCCAGAGAUUGAGCUGGACGCCAGUCUGAGGAAAGGCCUGGCCGUCAGAGCCGGCUGUCCAAUCAGGUUGUUCGCUGUGAUCAGAGGAAGGCCCGCCCCCAAAGUCACAUGGAAGCGCAUAGGUGUGGACAAUGUGGUCCGCCGAGGCCACGUGGACCAGGUUGACACCAUGUCCUUCCUGGUCAUCCCUGAAAGCACCAGAGAGGAUUCUGGGAAAUACUCGCUGACUCUGUCUAACUCAGCUGGAGAGAAAGCGAUAUUCGUCCGCGUCAAAGUGCUCGACACUCCUGGUCCCGUUGGCGGCCUGGAGGCAACCAACAUCACCAAGACGACGGCUCAGCUGUCCUGGUUGCCACCGGAGAAUGACGGUGGCAGCCCCAUCCUCAACUACAUUGUGGAGAAACGGGAGGUGGACAGGAAGACCUGGACCAAGUGCACAGAGGACUUGAAGAAGACCAGCUUCAAGGUGACCAACAUGACACCUGGCAUCGAGUACUACUUCAGAGUCAUGGCCUGCAACAAGUACGGCAUCGGUGUUCCUCAGGACUCACCCAGGUCCUACUUGGCUGUUGAUCCCAUCAGUGAGCCUGACCCUCCAAAGAAGAUGGACGUGUUGGAGAUCACCAAGAACAGCGCCACGCUUGGUUGGCUGAAGCCGCUCAGAGACGGUGGGGCCAAGAUCAACGGCUAUGUGGUUGACUACCAGGAGGAGGGCGCACCUGAAGACAAGUGGACACCUUACUCUGUGGUCAAAGACCUGACCAUUGUGGUGGUCGGUCUCAAGGAAGGAACCAAGUACAAGUUCAGAGUGGCAGCCAGGAACUCAGUGGGAGUCAGUCUCGCCCGAGAGGCCGAGGGAGUGUUUGAGGUCAAGGAGCAGCUCAUGGCUCCUAAGAUCAUCAUGCCCGACAUUGUGACAGUCAGAGCUGGAUCCAAGAUGGUGAUUGAGGCCAUUGUGGCAGGUAAACCCGCUCCCUUCUGCAAGUGGAAGCAGGGCAACGAGGACGUGCUGACCUCCGACCGGCUGUCUGUCGUAAAGACGCUGACAACCUGCACGCUAAUCAUCAAGAAUGUGAACAGAAAAGACAGCGGCUACUACAGCCUGUCAGCCGAGAACAGCACCGCCAAGAUCAACCAGAUCCUCAAAGUCAUCGUCAUGGACAUCCCUGGACCCCCUGAGGCUCCUCUGGAGAUCACUGAGCAGGACAUUGAUGCCUGCACACUGCUGUGGAACUCCCCUCAGGAGGACGGCGGCAGCAACAUCACCAACUACAUCGUGGAGAAGUGUGACGUCAGCCAGGGCGACUGGAUCACCGUGUCCGCAUCCUGCACCAAAACCAGCUUCAGAAUGACCAAACUGACGACCGGCAAAGAGUACGGCUUCAGAGUCCGUGCUGAGAACAGGUUUGGCAUCUCACAGCCCAUCUACUCUGAGAAGAUGAUUGCCAGACAUCCAUUUGAUCCUCCCAGCGAGCCCAGAAACCUGCAGAUCAACAAGAUCAACAAGGACUUCGUCAUCCUGUCGUGGGAGCGUCCCAGCAGCGACGGCGGCAGCCCCAUCACCGGAUACUGCAUUGAAAAGAAAGAGAGGAACAGCCUUCUAUGGGUGAAGGCCAACGAAUCCCUGAUCAAAGCCACCCAGUACACCUGCACCAACCUGAUCGAGGGCCUGGAGUACACCUUCAGGGUGUCCGCUCUCAACAUGGCCGGACAGGGAAAACCUUGCAAACAGACAGACUUCAUCACUGCCAGGACUGCUGUUGACCCACCAGGUAAACCCGAACCCAUGGAUGUGACCAAGAACUCUGUGUCACUGGUCUGGAGCCGUCCCAAGCAUGAUGGCGGCAGCAAGCUGAUUGGCUACUAUGUGGAGUACGCAAAGCUUCCGGAGGAGAAAUGGACUCGCUGUAACGCCAACUGCAUGAACAUCCAGACGGAGAACUACGUGGCGACUGGCCUGGAAGAAGGCCAACAGUACCAGUUCAGAGUCAUCGCCAAGACGGCCGUCAACAUCAGCCUGCCGUCAGAGCUGUCCGACCCCAUCCCCGUCAUCGCAGAGAACGUUCCUCCUCGUGUGGAACUGGGCCUCAACAUGAAGAACCUGAUCGUGGUGAAAGCCGGAGAGAACGUCCUCCUGGACGCCGAAGUGUUCGGCAAGCCGCUGCCCAAGGUGAGCUGGAAGAGAGACGGAGCGCCUCUGGUCCUCACCGAGGGAAUGAAGAUGAGCCAGAAGAAACAUGUCCACCUGCUGGAGCUCUACUCCGUCACCAGGAAGGAGUCUGGAGACUACAGCAUCACCGCCGAGAACAUCAAUGGCAGCAAGUACGCUACCAUCAAGGUCAAGGUCUUGGACAAACCCGGCCCUCCAGCUUCGGUGAAAAUCUCCAAAGUGUUUGCCGACCGUGUGAAGCUGCGGUGGGAGCCCCCGCUCGCAGACGGCGGGUCUGAGAUCACCAACUACAUCAUCGAGAAGCGUGAGACCAGCAGGGCCAACUGGGCACUGGUCACCUCAAACAUCCACGGACACAUGACCGACUGCUCCGUGGAGAAACUCAUCGAAGGACAUGAGUACCAGUUCAGAGUCAGUGCUGAGAACCAGUACGGUGUGGGAGACGCCAUCAUGACUGACGGCGUCAUGGUCAAGAACCCGUACGAUGUUCCCGGUCCAUGUGAGCCACCAGUCAUCACCAACAUUACCAAAAAUUCCAUGACAGUCAGCUGGAAGGCUCCAGCUAACGACGGCAAAGCUCCCAUCCUGGGCUACAUGGUGGAGAAGCGUGAGGCCACUGAGUUGACAUGGGCAAAGGUCAACCGCCGGCCCGUCAUCGACAGGACCAUCAAGGCCGCUCAGCUGACUGAGGGCUCUGAGUAUGAGUUCAGAGUCAUCGCCUUGAACAAGGCCGGUCUGGGCAAACCCAGCGAUGCAUCCAACGCUGCGCUGGCUGUUGAUCCUGUCUAUCCUCCUGGCCCACCUGCCUUCCCUAAAGUGGUGGACUCCACCAAGAGCUCCAUCAGCCUUAGCUGGACCAAGCCCGCCUACGACGGUGGCUGUGAGAUCAUUGGCUACCUGGUGGAGUGCAAGAGAGUAGAGGCUGAGGACUGGACCAAGUGCAAUGUCCCGAAAAAGCUCCAGGCCACCAAACUGCUGGUGACGGGCCUGAUGGACAACACAGAGUACCAGUUCAGAGUCACUGCCGUCAACAAGAUCGGCUACAGCGAGCCCAGCGAGGUCCCUGGAAACCACAUGCCCAAGGACAUCCUGAUUGCUCCUGAGGCUGAGCUGGAUGCCGACCUGAGAAAGGCUUUGGUUCUUCGAGCUGGUGUCACAAUGAGACUCUACGUCCCGCUAAGAGGACGCCCCGCACCCAAGGUGACGUGGACAAAGGUGAACGCCAACCUGAAGGAGAGGCAGGGCCUGCUGAUCAAGACCUCAGACUGGGACACGCUGCUGAUGAUCGAGGGCGUCAACAGAUACGAUGCUGGCAAAUACGUCCUGACUCUGGAGAACAGCAGCGGCUCCAAGAGCUACACCAUCGUGGUCAAGGUCCUCGAUUCUCCUGGACCACCUGUGAACCUGAUUGUGAAGGAGACCUCCAGAAGCCACGCCUGCAUCACCUGGGACGCCCCGCUGAUCGAUGGCGGCGGCCCAGUGAAGAGCUACAUCGUAGAGAAACGUCUGGCAGAGAGGAAGGCCUGGACCUGCGUGUCGGCAGAGUGCCCCAAGACCUCGUUCAGGAUUACCAACCUGGAGGGCGGACAGGCCUACUGCUUCAGAGUGUUGGCCGAGAACGCGUACGGAAUCGGAGAGGGCUGCGAGACUGCCGGCAGCGUCCGCGCAUCCGAGCAACCUGGUCCAGUGACAGAUUUCAAACCUCAGAAGACCACCAAGGACUCCAUCACUCUGGGCUGGAAGAAGCCCAUCAGCGACGGCGGAAGCCACGUUACUGCUUACAUCCUGGAGCAGAGUGAAGGCGAGGAGAAGUGGAAGCAGAUCAUGAAGGGCAAGAACACCUCACACAUCAUCGGCGAGCUGACUGAGGGCAAGGAGUACUUGUUCAGAGUCAAGGCUCUCAACGAGUCCGGGGAGGGACCGCCCACCGAGCUCGCUGUUGUCGCUAAAGACCAGUUUGUGCUGCCUAACUGCAACUUGAGCAGUCUGCAAGACGGCUGCUGCGUGGUGAAGGAGGGCAGCACCACACGUAUCAACAUCCCCAUCAUUGGAGUGCCCUACCCCACCGCCACCUGGAAGAAGGGCGACAUGGCACUUGGAGACACCGGCCGGAUGUGCGUGGAGGCGUCUCAGGGCGUCACCACCCUGCUGAUCAGAGACUGCCAGAGAGGAGAUGCCGAAACCUACACCAUCAACGUCAGGAACAGCGCUGGCUCCAAGGACUGCAAGUUCCAGCUGAAGGUGGUCGGCAAGCCCGGCAUCUGCACCGGACCCAUCAAGUUCGACGAGAUCACCGCCGACAGCCUCACCCUGGAGUGGGGACCGCCCAAAGAUGACGGCGGUGCAGAGGUGUCUAACUACAUCGUGGAGAAGAGGAGGACGACAGACAAUAAAUGGGCCACAGUGGCUUCAGCCAUCCAGAAGACGACCAUGAGGGUGAUCAGGCUCCACGAUGGAGUCGAGUACAUCUUCAGAGUCUUCGCUGAGAACAAGUAUGGGGUUGGAGAGUAUCUGAGGUCUGACGCUGUCAUCGCCCAGCAUCCAUUCAGAUAUCAUGUGGAGUUUAAGGAGAGGAACAGUCUGAUGUGGAAACGGGCCAGUAAGACUCCUUUGAGAGUGAAGGAGUGCAGAGUCACUGGCCUGAUAGAGGGAUUAGAGUAUGAGUUCAGGGUGAUGGCCAUGAACAUGGCCGGCCUGGGAAAGGCAAGCAAGGUCACUGAGGCUGUGGUUGCCCUGGAUCCUAUUGAUCCUCCUGGCAAGCCUGAAGUGAUUAACGUCACCAGGACCAUGGUCACUCUGAUUUGGACCGCCCCCAAAUAUGACGGCGGAUACAAGCUGACUGGCUACAUGGUGGAGAAGCUGGAGGCUGGUGGCAAGGCCUGGAUGAAGGCCAAUCAUGUCAACAUACAGGGCUGUGCCUUCACUGUGACUGAUCUGACAGAAGGAUCUCAGUAUCAGUUCAGGAUCAGGGCCAAGAACUCUGCUGGGGCUAUCAGUGUUCCCUCAGAGUCCACUGACCUUCUGACCUGCAAGGAUGAGUACGAGCCUCCAAGCAUCACUAUCGACCCAGACAUGAAGGACGGUGUAUCGGUUAGGGCAGGAGAUACCAUUGUGGUCUCAGCCUCCAAGAUUAUGGGCAAACCUCCACCCACCGCAGUCUGGUCCAAGGGAGGCCGUGAGUUCAAGACCUCUGACAUUGUCACCAUUACCAGCACCCCUACCUCUUCUACUCUGUCCAUCAAGUACGCAAGCCGGAAGAACACAGGCGAAUACACCAUCACCGCCAGCAAUCCCUUUGGCAUUAAGGAAGAACAUGUAAAGGUGAAGGUCUUGGAUGUGCCUGGACCUCCGGGCCCCAUUGAAGCCAGUAACAUUUCAGCUGAGAAGUGCACUCUGACCUGGCUUCCACCAGAGGAGGAUGGAGGCUGCUCCAUCAAGUCCUACAUCCUUGAGAAGAGAGAGACCAGCCGCCUGCAGUGGACCAAGCUAGCAGAGAAUGUCAUGGACUGCAGAUAUGUAGCCAGCAAACUGAUCAAGGGCAACGAGUACAUCUUCAGAGUGUCUGCUGUGAACCAGUACGGCACUGGAGACUCAAGCCAGUCUGGUCCAGUCAAAAUGGUUGACAGCUACCGCCCACCAGGCCCGCCCUCAAUCCCAGAGAUUGAUAACGUCAGUAGAAAUGCUGUCACCAUUUCAUGGAAGAGACCAGCACAGGACGGUGGAAGUGACAUCAGAGGAUAUUGUGUAGAGAGGAAAGAGAGGAGAGGAAUGAGAUGGGUGAGAGCCUGUAAGAGGACAGUCCCUGACCUGCGCUUCAAGGUGCAAGGCCUGAGUGAGGGAGUAGAGUAUGAGUUUAGAGUCACUGCUGAGAACAAGGCUGGAUUUGGGGAGCCUAGCGAGCCAUCACGCCCUGUGAUGACUAAGGACAUUGUGUAUCCACCUGGUCCUCCAUCCAAUCCCAGAAUUACAGACACCACAAAAACCACAGCCACCUUUGCCUGGGGCCGACCCCAUUAUGAUGGUGGUCUGCCAGUAGAGGGAUAUAUUGUUGAGUACAAAAAGGAGGGCCAUGAUGACUGGGAGACAGAGACACAGUACCCAUUGAAAGCUACUGAAUAUGUUAUUGGUAAACUUCAAAAACGUGGCAAAUACCACUUCAGAGUCAGCGCUGUAAACUCUGAGGGAGUCGGUGAGCCUGCAGAGGUUGAGAAAGUGACUGAACUGGUGGACCAGGAGGCGCUGCCAGACUUUGAGCUGGAUGCUGAACUCAGGAGAACCCUGGUGGUCAGGUCCCGUGCUUCAAUUCGUAUGUUUGUUCCCAUCAGGGGCCGUCCUGUUCCUGAGGUAACAUGGAGCAAAGAUGAUACCAACCUGAAAACCCGUGCACACAUUGACACCACAGAGUCCUACACUCUACUGGUUAUUCCUGACUGCACCAGAUACGAUGCUGGAAAGUACAACCUCUGUCUGGAGAAUGUUGCUGGAAAGAAGACAGGCUUUGUUAAUGUGAGAGUUCUGGACACACCAGGACCACCAGUCAACCUCAAACCUAGAGAGAUCACCAAGAACAGCAUCACCCUCCAGUGGGAAAUCCCCAUAAUCGAUGGUGGUUCCAAGAUUCAUAACUACAUUAUUGAAAAGAGAGAGGCUACCAAGAAGGCCUACACAGUGCUUACCACCACAUGGCAGAAGUGUUCCUUCAAAUUUACAGACCUUGACGAGGGAGCUUACUACUACUUCCGUGUCUCUGCUGAGAAUGACCUAGGCGUGGGUGAGCCCGCUGAAACCCCUGAGCCAAUCAGGGUGUCCCAAGCCCCCUCUGCACCAGAGAACUUGUAUGUCACAGAUGUGACUGCUGACAGUGCCAGCCUUGCAUGGGUCAAGCCCCUGCACGAUGGUGGCAGCUUGAUCACUGGAUAUGUCAUUGAAACCCAGAAGAAGGACACUGACCAGUGGGUCCAUGUGGCCACCAUCAAGGCUCUGGACUACACUGUCACAGAUCUGACUGAGGGGGCAGAAUAUACCUUCCGCAUAAUGGCUGUCAAUGCAUCAGGUAGGAGCGACCCCCGUGAGAGCAGGCCUGCAGUCAUCAGAGAGCAGACUUCUGCUCCCUCCUUUGAUCUGCGUGGAGUCUACCAGAAGACGGUCAUCGCCAAGGCAGGAGACCGCGUCAAGGUGGAGAUUCCAGUGCUUGGCAAACCCAGGCCUGUGGUUUCCUGGAAGAAGGGAGACAUGGCUCUCAAGGAGACACAAAGAAUCAACACUGAAACCACACCAACAUCAACUAUCCUCAACAUUGGUGAGAUCAAGAGGACUGAUGGAGGCCAGUAUUCCAUGACUGGAAAGAACAUGUUGGGUACGGUGACUGAGACAAUCACAGUCCUAGUCCAUGACAUUCCAGGUCCUCCCACUGGUCCCAUUAAGCUGGAAGAGGUCUCAUGUGAUUAUGUUCUUAUGUCCUGGGAGGCACCAGAGAAUGAUGGAGGCGUUCCCAUCAAUAACUAUAUUGUUGAGAUGCGAGAGACUAUCGGUACUUCAUGGGUGGAGUUGGCAGCUACAGUGAUCCGUACAACAUUCAAGGCCGCUCGACUCAACACUGGAACCGGAUAUCAGUUCCGUGUCAAAGCCCAGAAUCGAUAUGGCAUUGGACCAUGCAUUGUCUCCGAGCCAGUUGUGGCUGCCUAUCCAUUUGAUGUGCCAGGUCAGCCAGGCACUCCUGUGGUUACAUCUUUCAACAAAGAUGCAAUGACUCUGAGUUGGAAUGAGCCAUCCUCUGAUGGAGGCAGUGCUAUCCUUGGCUAUCAUGUGGACAGAAAAGAGAGAAACAGCAUUCUGUGGCAGAGAAUCAGCAAAGCUCUUGUUGUUGGAAAUAUCUUCAAAUCAACAGGCCUUGUUGAUGGAAUCGCAUAUGAACACCGUGUUACUGCUGAAAACAUGGCCGGUCUCAGCAAGCCAAGCAAACCCUCUGAGCCUAUGUAUGCUUUGGACCCAGUUGACCCACCAGGCAGGCCUGUGGCACUGAAUAUCACCAGACAUGAGGUCACUGUGUCAUGGACCAAACCAGAGGGAGAUGGUGGAUUUUCCAUCACAGGAUACACAGUGGAGAGGAGAGAGAUGCCAAAUGGACGCUGGCUCAAAGCCAACUUCAACAACAUCCUCGAAACCAUCUAUACAGUCAGUGGUCUGAUUGAAGAUGCAACUUAUGAAUUCCGUGUCUUUGCUAGAAACUCAGCUGGUUCUAUCAGUGCUCCAUCCCAGCCAUCUGAGGCAAUCACAUGCAGAGAUGAUAUUGAAGAGCCCAGACUUGAUGUUGACGCAUCGUAUAGCAGCAAUGUUGUUGUCAUGGCAGGGGAGGUAUUCAAGCUGGAGGCCAAUGUGACUGGCAGGCCAAUCCCAUCUCUGGUAUGGACCAAAGAAGGAAAGGAGCUUGAGGAUACAGGCAAGCUAGAGAUAAAGACAUCUGACUUCCAUACAACUCUAAUAAACAAAGAUUCCCUCAGGAGAGAUGGUGGUGCUUUUACUCUGACUGCUAGCAAUCCAGGUGGAUUUGCCAAGUUCACAUUCAAUGUCAAGGUGCUCGACAGACCUGGACCACCCGACUCCCUGACAGUAACUGAUGUCACGGCUGAGAAGUGUGUCCUGAAUUGGCUGCAUCCAACACACGAUGGUGGUGCCAAAAUCGAGUACUUUAUUAUUCAGAGGCGUGAGACCAGUAGGUUGGCCUGGACAAAUGUGGCCACAGACCUUCAAGCAAAUAGAUUCAAGGUCACCAAACUUCUGAAAGGCAAUGAGUACAUCUUCAGAGUCAUGGCUGUUAACAAGUAUGGCGUUGGUGAACCCCUGGAAUCUGAACCUGUCAUCUGUGCCAACCCCUAUGUCGCCAGUGAUGCACCACAGCAGCCUGAAGUCACCACCAUUACCAAGGACUCCAUGGUUGUCUGCUGGGAGCGCCCUGAACAUGAUGGAGGCAGCAGAAUAAACACCUACAUAAUUGAGAGAAGGGAUAAGACUGGCCUGCGCUGGGUGAAGUGCAACAAGAGGACUGUUACUGACCUGCGAUUCAAGGUCUCUGGCCUCACACCAGGACAUGAGUAUGAAUUCAGAGUUUUUGCUGAGAACAAUGCUGGUCUGAGCCAACCUAGUCCUUCCAGUCCAUUCUACAAAGCAGUAGACACAAUCUUCCAGCCUGGACCUCCAGGGAACCCCAGGGUGCUGGACACAACCAAGUCUUCUAUCACCCUUGCUUGGAACAAGCCUGUGUACGAUGGUGGUUCUGAAAUCACUGGUUACAUUGUGGAAACCUGCCUGCCUGAGGAGGAUGAGUGGACAAUUCACACUCCCAAGAAGGGCUGGACAGCCACUUCCUUCACCAUCACUAACUUGAAGGAAAACCAAGAGUAUAAAAUUAACAUCUGUGCCACUAAUUGUGAAGGAGUAGGAGAGCCUGCUGCUGUUCCUGGUACCCCCAAGGCUGAAGACAGACUGCUUCCUCCAGAAGUUGAGCUUGGAGCAGAGCUGCGUAAGGUGGUGUGCAUCAGAGCCUGCAGCACACUUAGACUCUUCGUCCCCAUCAAGGGCAGACCAGCACCUGAAGUAAAAUGGUCGAGAGAGCAUGGAGAAUCCCUAGACAAAGCAAACAUUGAAAUCACCUCAUCAUUUACCACUCUUCACGUAGAAAAUGUUGACAGGUUUGAUGGAGGUAAAUACAUGGUGACUGUAGAGAAUGCCUCAGGAAGCAAGACAGCUUUUGUUAAUGUCAGGGUACUAGAUACUCCUGGAGCACCUCAGAAUCUGAUCAUCAAGGAGGUCACAAGAGAUUCAGUAUCCCUCGUUUGGGAUGCACCUCUCAUUGAUGGUGGCUCCAGAGUUCGCAACUACAUUGUAGAGAAGCGUGAGUCAACCAGAAAGGCCUACUCAACUGUCUGUGCAAGCUGCCAUAAGUCAAGUUGGAAAAUUGGAGAGCUGGAGGAAGGAAAGAUGUACUUCUUUAGAAUCCUGGCUGAGAAUGAAUAUGGUGUUGGCCUCCCGGUGGAGACUGUUGAACCAAUUAAAGUGUCAGAGAGGCCUCUACCUCCUGGUAAAGUGUCCCUCCGUGAAGUUACAAGCACCAGUGUCACGCUAAGUUGGGAAAAACCUGACCAUGAUGGUGGCAGCAGAAUCACAGGCUAUAUUGUUGAGAUGCAAGGUAAAGGCAGUGAGAAGUGGACCCAGGUCAUGGUGGUAAAGACCAAUGAAGCUGUUGUAACUGGCCUUACACAUGGAGAGGAGUACAUGUUCCGUAUUUCAGCCACCAAUGAAAAGGGAGCUAGUGACCCACGUUCUCUCAAUGUGCCUGUGGUGGCAAAAGACCUUGUUAUCUCACCGACCUUCAAACUGCUUUUUAGCACAUUCAGUGUGCUGGCAGGAGAUGAUCUGAAGAUAGAUGUACCAUAUGCUGCAUGUCCCAAGGCCACAGCAACUUGGCUCAAAGACGGUGUUGUUCUCAAGGAGACAACAAGAGUUAAUGCUGAGGCCACAGACAAAAACCUUCUCCUGGUCAUCAAGGAGGCUUGCAGAGAUGACGUGGGCACAUACACUAUCAAACUAACUAACAAAGUUGGCGAGGCAUCCACAGACAUCAGUGUUGUUGUUCUAGAUAAGCCUGGUCCUCCAACAGGCCCAAUUAAGUUGGAUGAAGUCACUGCUGACAGUGUGGUGCUGUCCUGGAAUCCACCAGAGUAUGAUGGUGGUUGCGCCAUCAACAAUUACAUCGUUGAGAAGAGAGACACAUCUACUACAAACUGGCAGAUUGUGUCAGCUACAGUUGCCAGAACCACCAUUAAGGCAGCCCGUCUGAAGACUGGAUCUGAGUACCAAUUUAGGAUUGCUGCAGAGAAUAGAUACGGCAAGUCCUCAGCUCUGCUCUCUGAAAGCAUUGUUGCUCAGUAUCCAUUUGAAGUGCCCAGUCAGCCACGUUCUGUUACGGUCCAGUCAGCCACCAGGGAAAGCAUGGUGGUUGUAUGGGAGAAACCCAGUAAUGAUGGUGGAAGCAAAAUUCUGGGCUAUCAUGUAGAGCUCAAAGAGAGAAACAGUAUACUGUGGGUGAAACAGAACAAACAACUCAUCCCAGAGACCAGAUUCAAGGCUGUUGGUCUUGAGGAGGGUAUUGAAUAUGAGUACAGAGUCUAUGCUGAGAACAUUGUCGGCCUCAGCAAAGCCAGCAAACUGAGUGAAAUGCAAGUGGCCAGAGAUCCUUGCGACAGACCGGGAAAACCAGAGGCUGUUAUUGUAACAAGAAACCAAGUGACACUCAGAUGGACCAAACCUGAGUAUGAUGGCGGCAUCAAGAUCACAGGUUAUGUGGUUGAGAAGAAGGAAGCAACAGGCCGCUGGAUGAAGGCCAGUUUCACCAACAUCAUUGAGACUGAAUUUGUUGUGACAGGACUUACUGAAGAUCAGGUUUAUGAGUUCCGUGUCAUUGCCAGGAAUUCAGCAGGUGUCUUCAGUCAGCCCUCUGAUUCAACUGGAGCUAUCACUGCCAAGGAUGAGGUGGAUCCACCCAAGAUUGACUUGGAAGCUAAAUACUCCCAGGCUGUGGUGGUAAAUGCAGGGGAAACAUUCAGGCUUGAGGCUGUUGUCGCUGGUAAGCCUGUGCCCACAAUACACUGGCUGAAGGAAGGUCAAGAGAUCACUGAAGCAGCUCGCUUAGAAGUCAAGAACACAGACUUUAUAGCUUGUAUAGUUGUUAAAGAAGCCAUUCGUGUUGAUGGAGGUCAGUACACUUUGCUGGUGAAGAAUGUUGGAGGAGAGAAAUCUGUUAACAUUAAUGUCAAGGUCCUGGACAGACCAGGUCCUCCCGAGGGCCCUAUCUCCAUCUAUGGGGUCACCAGUGAGAAAUGCUCAAUUUCCUGGAAAUCUCCCAUGCAAGACGGAGGUAGUGAUGUUUCCCAUUACAUAGUUGAGAGGAGGGAAACCAGCAGACUGGUUUGGACUGUAGUUGAGCCAAAAGUUCAGACACUGAACUUGAAGAUUACCAAACUUCUUCCUGGUAAUGAGUACAUCUUCAGAGUGAUUCCAGUCAACAAAUACGGAGUUGGUGAGCCUCUGGAAUCUGAGCCGAUGAUUGCCAGAAAUCCAUUUGUCACUGCCAAACCACCAACAGAGGUAGAAGUCAGUACAAUCACCAAGGACUCCAUGGUGGUGACCUGGGAGAGACCAACUAAUGAUGGUGGUAGUCCCAUCCAGGGAUAUAUUGUUGAGAAACGUGACAAGGACGGUGUAAGAUGGACCAGGUGCAACAAGCGCACAGUGAGUGAGCUGCGCUUCAGAGUGACUGGACUCCUAGAAAAUCAUAGCUAUGAAUUCAGAGUUGCUGCUGAGAAUGCUGCAGGUGUUGGCACACCUAGUGCACCAACAGUGUACUACAAAGCAUUGGAUCCUAUCUUCAAACCAGGCCCACCAAACAACCCCAAAGUAGUCGACUCAUCUAGGUCCACUGUUUCCUUGACAUGGGGCAAACCCAUCUAUGAUGGUGGCUGUGAGAUUAAAGCGUACAUUGUGGAGGCCUGCAAUGGGGCAUCUGAUGAGUGGUUUAUGUGCACUCCUCCCACUGGAAUCACAGAUACUAUGUUUACAGUGAAAAAGCUUCUCGAGAAGCAUGAGUACCAGUUCAGAGUAUGUGCCAUCAACAAAAUUGGUGUUGGUGAACAUGCUGAUGUUCCAGGAAAGAUUCUCCUGGAGGAGAAGCUUGAGGCUCCUGAUCUUGACCUGGAUGCUGAUAUGAGAAAGAUGAUCAACAUUAGGUCAGCAAGCACUCUCAGGCUGUUCGUUCCUGUGAGAGGUCGUCCAGCCCCUGAGGUGAAAUGGGGUAAGGCAGACGGUGAGAUUAAGGAGACUGCCCAGAUUGAUAAUACAGGCAGUUAUGCUUCACUUGUCAUUGAGAAUGUUGACAGAUUUGACAGUGGCAAGUACACCCUGACAGCAGAAAAUGCCAGUGGAGUGAAGUCAGUUUUCAUCAGUGUCAGGGUCCUGGACUCACCUAGUCCACCAACUAACUUCAUGGUGAAAGAGAUUACCAAAACUUCUGUCACUCUCACAUGGGAGCCUCCACUUCUGGAUGGUGGCUCAAAGAUUAAGCAUUAUAUUGUUGAGAAGCGUGAGAGCACCAGGAAAGUUUACUCUCCCAUCACCACCUGCAAUAGGAUGUCAUGGAAAGUUGAGCCUCUUCCGGAGGGUGGAAUCUUCUUCUUCAGAGUCCUGGCUGAGAAUGAAUAUGGUGUGGGUCUCCCCGCCAAAACGUUGGAACCCAUUAAGAUCUCUGAGAAGCCUCAGCCACCUGGUAAAGUCAGUGUUGUUGAUGUUACUCAUAGCACUGUAACCCUCACCUGGGAGAAGCCGGAACAUGAUGGCGGCAGUAGGAUCAGUCAUUAUGAAAUCGAAUUGUCACCUAAGGACAGUGAGGCCUGGUCUGUGUGUGCUAGUGUGAAGGCACUGGAGACUGUAGUGACAAACCUACUCAAGGGAGAGGAGUAUCAGUUCAGAGUUGUAGCUGUAAAUGACAAGGGCAAGAGUGACCCCAGACAACUGGUUCAUUCAGUUGUAGCAAAGGAUCUUGUGAUUGAGCCUGCUGUUAGACCCAAAGUGAGCACCUACAGUGUCCAGGUGGGCCAUGACCUCAAGAUAGAGGUCCCAAUUGCUGGUCAUCCAAAGCCAACCAUCACCUGGACCAAGGACGGUGCUGCUCUUAAGCAGACCACCAGAGUUAAUGUCACUGACACAAAACAUCAAACCACCCUCACCAUAAAGGAUGCCACAAGAGAGGACGGAGGCAUGUAUAGCAUCAAUAUCUCUAAUGCCCUGGGAUCCAAGGAUGCCACUAUUGAGGUGAUCACCCUGGACAAACCAGGCCCCCCAACAGGCCCUGUCAAGUUGGAUGACAUAAGUGCUGAAAGUAUCACUCUUAGCUGGGAACCUCCUACAUACACAGGUGGCUGCCAAAUCUCCAACUAUGUGGUAGAGAAGAGAGAUACAACCACAACCAACUGGGUGGUCGUAUCUGCUACUGUGGCCAGAACCACACUGAAAGUGGCUAAUCUGAAGACAGGUGCUGAAUACCAGUUCAGAAUCUAUGCUGAGAAUAGAUAUGGAAAGAGUUACGCAAUUGAUUCAGAGGCUGUUUUGGCACAGUAUCCAUUCCAGGAGCCUGGGCCACCAGGAACACCAUUUGUGGCUUCAUACACCAAAGACUAUAUGGUGGUUGAGUGGCACAAACCCCCAUCUGAUGGAGGCAGUGCCAUCUUGGGCUACCAUCUGGAGAGGAAAGAGAAGAACAGUAUCCUCUGGACAAAGAUCAACAAAAUGCUCAUUCAAGACUGCAGGUUUAAAUCUACUCCUCUUGAGGAAGGCAUUGAGUAUGAGUAUAGAGUCUAUGCUGAGAAUAUUGUUGGCAUUGGAAAAUGCAGCAAAGUUUCUGAGGUUUAUGUAGCCCGUGACCCAUGUGAUCCCCCUGGCCGCCCUGAGGCUCUGAUUGUGACCAGGCACUCGGUGAAGCUGAGGUGGACCUCUCCAGAGUAUGAUGGUGGAAGCUUAGUUACUGGCUAUUUAGUGGAGAAACGUGACCUUCCUGAAGGAAAGUGGAUGAAGGCUAGCUUUACAAACAUCAUUGAGCAUGAAUUCACAGUUACUGGCCUGACAGAAGACAGUAAAUAUGACUUCAGAGUAAUAGCCAGGAAUGCAGCUGGUGCUGUCAGCAAGCCAUCUGAGUGCACAGGAUCCAUCACAGCCAAGGAUGAAGUUGAACCACCAAAGUGUGAGACAGAUCCUAUGUACAACCAGACCAUUGUUAUCAAUGCUGGAGAGACUUUCAGUCUGGAGGCCAGUGUGGAAGGAAAGCCCAUCCCCACAGCUCAGUGGUUCAAGGGAGCUGUUGAAGUUGAAAACUCAGCAAGGGCUGAAAUCAAAAAUACAGAUUUUAAGGCAUUGUUAGUUGUGAAGGAUGCCAUCAGAGUGGAUGGUGGACAGUACACUCUGGUUCUGACUAAUGUGGCUGGAACAAAGACUGUCCCAUUCAGUGUGAAGGUUCUGGACAGACCAGGACCCUCAGAAGGACCUCUUACUGUCAGCAAUGUCACUGAGGAGAAAUGCUCACUAUCAUGGCUGCCACCCAGGCAUGAUGGAGGAGCUAGCAUUUCUCACUACAUCAUUCAGAAGCGAGAAACCAGCCGCCUGGCAUGGACUGUGGUCUCCAGUGACUGUGGAGCUACCAUGUUCAAGGUUACCAAACUGUUGAAAGGCAAUGAGUACAUCUUUAGAGUCAUGGCUGUUAACAAGUAUGGUGUGGGUGAGCCUCUCGAGUCAGCACCAGUUAUCAUGAGAAAUCCAUUUGUUCCUCCUGGUGCCCCUCAGGAGCUUGAGAUUACUAACAUUACUAGAGACUCCAUGACUGUCUGCUGGAACCGCCCUGAGACCACAGGAGGCAGCGAGAUUGUUGGUUACAUUGUUGAGAAGAGAGACAGAGCUGGAGUGAGGUGGACCAAGUGUAACAAACGCAGGGUGACAGACUUGCGUUUUAGAGUAACAGGACUAACUGAAGACCAUGAAUAUGAAUUCAAGGUAUCUGCUGAGAAUGCAGCUGGAGUGGGUCAGUCAAGCCCAGCUUCACCCUAUCUCAAAGCCUGUGAUCCCACCUUUGAACCAGGCUGUCCCACCAAUGCCCAUGUGGUCGACACAACUAAAGACUCGAUCAGUCUGGCCUGGCAUAGGCCCAUCUAUGAUGGUGGUUGUGAGAUUCAAGGAUAUGCUGUUGAAAUUACCAAGGCUGAUGAGGAGGAAUGGACCAUAUGCACCCCACCCUCUGGAGUUAGUGCUACCAAGUUUACCAUCACCAAGUUGGUGGAGCACCAAGAAUACAAAGUCCGCGUCUGUGCAAUCAAUAAGCUGGGUGUUGGUGAGCCCAUUGAGAUCCAGGGAGUCGUGAAACCUCUGGAUAAAAUUAAUCCUCCAGAGAUGACCCUGGAUUCAGAACUCAGGAAGGGAAUAGUUGUCCGUGCAGGUGGCUCAAUGAGAAUCUGCAUUCCAUUCAAGGGCCGUCCUACUCCUGAGAUCAGCUGGGCCAAGGAGGAUGGAGAACUGCCCAGUAAAGUCCAGAUAGAGACAGGCGAAGAUUACACACAGCUCUCCAUUGACAUCUGUGACAGAUAUGAUGCUGGAAAAUACAUCCUCAACCUGGAGAAUAGCGCUGGCACCAAGUCAGCCUUUGUCUCUGUCAAGGUUCUGGACACUCCAGGGUCCCCUCUAAAUUUGACAGUCAAAGACAUCAAGAGAGAAAGUGUUACUGUGACCUGGGAGCCUCCUCUUAUUGAUGGUGGUGCAAGAAUCAAGAAUUACCUGGUUGAAAAGCGGGAGUCCACCAGGAAGGUUUAUUCUAAUGUGGAUAACAAGUGCACAAAGACAAGCUACCGUAUCACUGGCCUCACUGAAGGAACUAUCUACUAUUUUAGAGUCUUAGCUGAGAACGAGUUUGGAGUGGGACAGCCAGCUGAGACAGAGAAAGCAGUAAAGACAUCCGAGCCUCCUCUGCCUGUGGGUAAGGUUACUUUGACUGCAGUGACCAAAACCACUGCUUCACUCUCCUGGGAGAAGCCAGACCAUGAUGGAGGCAGCAGGAUCAUGGGCUACUACAUUGAGAUGCAGCCUGUGGGCUCAGAGGAGUGGGUGGUGGCCGCUACAACCAAAACUUGUGAGGGCACUGUUACAGGCCUUAGUGCAGGACAUGAGUACUUGUUUAGAGUGUUAGCUUUCAAUGAGAAGGGCAAGAGUGACCCCAGGGCUCUGGCUGCACCAGUCACUGCUAAAGAUGUAACUAUCGAGCCCGGAUUCAAGAUGGCAUUCAACACUUACAGUUUACAGCAUGGUGAUGAUCUGAAGAUUGAGAUUCCAGUGAUUGGACGCCCUGUUCCCAAGGUUGAAUGGAAAAAGGAUGGACAUGCUCUAAAAGAGACAACCAGACUAAAUGUAUCUAGCACUCAAUCAUCAACUAAGCUGUACAUAAAGGAUGCAAAUAAGGAAGACUCUGGUAAAUACAUUCUCACAGCCACCAGCAGUGUUGGAACAGCUACAGAGGAGCUUACUGUUAUUAUUCUUGAUAAACCUGGCCCACCCACAGGCCCUGUGAAGAUUGAAGAGGUGAGCUCUAAUUAUGUCACUCUCUCCUGGGAGCCACCAGAGUACACUGGAGGCUGUCAGAUCAACAACUACAUUGUGGAGAAGAGAGACACCACCACGACAGCAUGGCAGAUUGUGUCUGCUACUAUUGCCAGGACAACCAUCAAAGUCACCAACUUGAAGACUGGAGUUGAGUAUCAGUUCAGAGUGUCUGCUGAGAAUAGAUAUGGAAAGAGUUCUGCCAUUGUUUCUGCCGCUGUUGUUGCUCAGUAUCCAUUCAGUGAGCCUGCUGCUCCAGGAACACCAAUUAUUUCUGCAGCAACCAAGGAUAACAUGGUUGUUGAGUGGAAACCACCGACCAACAAUGGAGGCAGCCCCAUCCUAGGCUAUCACCUCGAGAGAAAGGAGAAGAACAGCCUGUUGUGGACUAUGCUCAACAAGCUUUUAAUCCCAGACACACGUUUCAAGACUACAGAGCUGGAAGAAGGUAUUGAGUAUGAAUUCAGAGUUUAUGCUGAGAACAUUGCUGGAAUCAGCCCGGCUAGCAAGAUCUCUGAGGCCACAGUUGCUAGGGACCCCUGUGACCCACCAGGCACUCCUGAGGCUAUUGAAAUCACCAGAAACCAUGUGACACUCCAGUGGACCAGGCCUCAGUAUGAUGGAGGCAGUGCAAUUACUGGCUAUGUGGUUGAGAGAAGGAAGCACCCAGAUACCCGCUGGAUGAAGGCCAGCUUCACCAACAUCAUUGAUACCCAGUUCACAUACAGUGGCAUGACUGAGGACUGUGUUUACGAGUUCAGAGUCAUUGCCAGAAAUGCUGCUGGCAUUUCUAGCCGUCCCUCUCAGACCACAGGAGAAAUUACUGCUAAAGAUGAGAUUGAGGCUCCAGAAGCCACCAUGGAUUCUAAAUUCAAGGAUCUGACAGUUGUUCAUGCUGGUGAAACAUUCGUCAUUGAUGCUGAUUACACUGGCAAGCCAAUGCCUGAGGUUGUUUGGUUAAAGGAUGGAAAGGAGAUUGACCAAACCACACCAAGAAUGGAGGUUAAGACCACACUCACACGUACCAUCCUGACAGUGAAGGAUUGCAUUAGAAUUGAUGGAGGCCACUUUGUUCUCAAGCUUGUCAAUGUGGGAGGAGUUAAGAUGAUCCCAAUCAAUGUUAAAGUUCUGGAUAGACCUGGUCCUCCAGAUGGCCCACUAGAAGUCAAAGGUGUAACAGCUGAGAAAUGCUAUCUUCACUGGAACCAUCCUUCACAUGAUGGUGGAGCCAGCAUCUCUCACUACAUUAUUGAGAAGAGAGAGACUAGUCGUUUGUCAUGGACCGUGGUUGAGCCCAAGAUCCAGGCCAUCAGCUACAAAAUCACAAAACUGCUGCCUGGCAAUGAAUACAUCUUCAGAGUCACUGCAGUGAAUAAAUUCGGUGUUGGUGAGCCUUUGGAAUCUGAGCCUGUUAUUGCUCGUAACCCCUUCACCACUCCCAGUGCUCCCUCCACCCCAGAGGCCAGUGCUAUCACUAGGGAUUCCAUUGUACUUACCUGGGAGAGGCCAGGUGAUAAUGGAGGAGCUGAGAUUGAUGGAUAUGUCCUUGAAAAACGUGAUAAAGAUGGCAUCAGAUGGACUAAGUGCAACAAGAAGAGGCUGAAUGACCUGAGAUUCAGAUGCACUGGUCUCACAGAGGGCCACUCCUAUGAAUUCAGAGUCUCAGCUGAAAAUGCUGCUGGUGUGGGAAAACCUAGCGCACCAACUGAAUACAUCAAGGCCUGUGAUGCCACUUAUCCACCAGGACCUCCAAAUAAUCCCAAAGUCCUCGACCAUUCAAGCACCAGUGUCUCCCUGUCCUGGUCCAGGCCUAUCUAUGAUGGCGGAGCACAGAUCAGCGGAUACAUUGUUGAAAUGAAGGAGGCAGCAGAUGAUGAAUGGAUUACUUGCACACCAUACACUGGUGUUCAGGCUACUCAUUACACAGUGAAGAAACUUAAAGAGAAUGCAGAGUACAACUUCCGCAUCUGUGCUGUUAACUGUGAGGGAGUAGGAGAGCAUGUGGACCUACCUGGGUCUGUGAUUGCUGCAGAGAAGCUGGAAGCUCCUGAAAUUGAACUAGACGCUGACCUAAGGAAGAUGGUCAAUAUUCGCGCCACUGCAACCCUCCGUCUGUUUGUGACAAUCAGGGGAAAGCCCGAGCCUGAGGUCAGGUGGUCAAAGGCUGAUGGCACUUUGAAUGAGCGUGCCCAGAUUGAUGUCACAAGCUCUUACACAAUGCUAGUGAUUGAAAAUGUUGACAGAUUCGACACUGGCAAAUAUAUACUGACCCUUGAGAACCUCAGUGGCUCUAAAUCAGCCUUCAUCAAUGUCAGAGUUCUUGACUCACCCAGUGCUCCUAUCAACCUGGAGGUGAAGGAUGUGAAGAGGAAUUCUGUCUCUCUCUCUUGGGAGCCUCCUCUAAUCGAUGGUGGGGCUAAGAUAUCACACUAUAUUGUGGAAAAGAGGGAGCAGAAAAGAAUGGCUUUCACCAGUGUUUGCACAAACUGUGUGAGGAACUCCUACAUUAUUUCUGACCUGCAGGAGGGAGAACGAUACUAUUUCCGUGUAUUGGCUGUGAAUGAGCUUGGAGUAGGUCUGCCUGCUUCCACAGAUCAAGUCAAGGUGUCUGAAGCUCCUCUGCCUCCUGGUAAGAUUGUCCUGGUUGAUGUGACUCGUCAUACUGUCACUCUUUCUUGGGAGAAACCUGAUCAUGAUGGAGGCAGCAAGAUCACAAACUAUAUUGUGGAGAUGCAGCCCAAGGGAGAUGACAAAUGGACUGUGUGCAGUGAAGUCAAAGCACUGGAAGCUACUAUUGAAGGACUUGUAACUGGAGAGGAAUACUCCUUCAGGGUGUUUGCUGUGAAUGAUAAGGGCAAGAGUGAUGCCAAACCUCUGGCUGCCCCUGUGGUGGUCAAGGACAUCACAGUAGAGCCCAUUAUCAACCUCCUGUUCAACACAUACAGUGUAAAGGCAGGAGAUGACUUGAAGAUUGAUGUUCCCUUCAAGGGAAGACCUCAACCAGAGGUGUCCUGGAAGAAGGAUGGCCAGGCGCUUAAGCAGACAACCAGGGUCAAUGUUCUUAACUCCAAGACCUCAUCCAAGAUUACCAUCAAGGAUGCAACCAAGGAGGAUGUAGGAAAGUAUGAGAUCACUUUGACUAACUCAGUUGGCACCAAGACAGCUGAAAUCUCUGUUAUAAUCCUGGACAAACCUGGCUCACCUAGCAACAUUAAGGUGGAUGAGGUGAGUGCUGACUUCAUCUGCCUGUCUUGGGAUCCUCCAACCUAUGACGGUGGAUGCCAGAUUAACAACUACGUGGUGGAGAAGAGAGACACUACCACAACCACAUGGCAGAUAGUCUCAGCCACAGUAGCCAGGACAUCUAUUAAGGUGACUCGCCUCAAUCAGGGAACUGAGUACCAGUUCCGUAUUGCAGCUGAGAAUCGUUACGGCAAGAGUCAUGCUAUUGACUCGGGUCCUGUUGUUGCUCAGUAUCCAUUCGAGCCUCCUGGCCCUCCAACCAACCUCCAUGUUGCCCAUGCCACUAAGACUGGCAUGCUUGUAGUAUGGGGCAGACCUGCCAGUGAUGGGGGAAGCCCUGUUAUUGGUUAUCACAUUGAAUGCAAAGACCAAAGUAGCUUACUGUGGACUAAGGUCAACAGAGGACUGUUGGCUGAAAACCAGUUUAAGAUGACAGGCAUUGAAGAAAGUCUGCUGUAUCAGUUCAGAGUCUAUGCUGAGAAUAUUGCUGGCAUUGGUCCAUGCUCUAAACCCAGUGAGCCUGUGGCAGCCAGAGAUCCAUGUGAAUCUCCACAUAACCUUAGAGUCACCAACAUUACCAGGACCUCAGUUUCUCUAUUCUGGGAGAAGCCAGAGUAUGAUGGUGGAGUAAAGAUUACUGGUUACAUUGUUGAGCGUAAAGAACUUCCCAAUGGCCGCUGGCUGAAAUGCAACUUCACCAACCUUCAGGAUACCUACUUUGAUGUUACAGGCCUCACUGAAGAUGUCCAGUAUGACUUCCGUGUCAUCGCUAAGAAUUCCGCAGAGAUGUUGAGUGCUCCUUCUGAGAGCACUGGUCCUGUCACAGUUAAGGAUGAUGUAGACCCUCCCACUAUUAUCCUGGAAGACAAGCUCAGACAGCUGGUUGUCAUUAAAGCUGGGGAGAUCAUCAAAAUUGAUGCUGAAAUUACAGGACGUCCACUUCCAGUUGUCUCAUGGUCUAAGGAUGGAAAGGAGAUUGUGGCCAAGGCCAGGUGUGAAAUCACCUCCACCAACUUCGCAACCACCCUGAUUGUCAGAGAUGCUAUCAGGAGGGAUUCUGGCCAAUAUGUUCUGACCCUGCACAAUGUGGCAGGAACCAGGUCUGUGGCUAUCAACUGUAAGGUUCUGGACAGACCUGGACCGUCCUCGGGACCUUUGGCGGUGUCUGGACUCACAGCAGAGAAAUGCACCAUAACAUGGGGACCCCCUCAGGAGAAUGGCGGUGCUGAAAUUAUGCACUACAUUGUGGAAAAACGCGAGACAAGUCGCCUUGCCUGGACUCUUGUCUAUGGAGACAUGAAAGCAACCACCUGUAAAGUGACGAAGCUGCUCAAAGGAAAUGAAUACAUCUUCAGAGUCAGGGGAGUCAACAAAUAUGGGGAUGGCGAGGCCCUGGAGAGUGAGCCAGUGAAGGCCAUGGAUCCAUUUACUGUGCCUGCAGCUCCCACUAAUGUCCAGGUCACCUCAGUUACUAGUGAGGCAAUGACCAUCUGUUGGGAGAGACCCGUUUCUGAUGGUGGAAGCAGUAUCGCUGGCUAUGUCAUUGAAAAACGAGAGAAGACCGGUCUUCGCUGGUGCCGUGUUAACAAGAAGCCUGUUUAUGACCUUAGAGUCAAAGCCUCAAACCUUCGUGAUGGUUGUGAGUAUGAGUACAGAGUGUUUGCAGAGAAUGCUGCUGGCCUCAGUGCUCCUAGCAACCCUUGCCCACUCACCAAGGCUGAAGACCCACAGUUCCUGCCUUCACCUCCUGCUAAGCCCAAAAUCAUUGACUCUACAAAGACCACAGUCACCCUGUCAUGGAACAAGCCACUAUUUGAUGGUGGAGCACCUGUGACUGGUUACAGAGUAGAAUAUAGGAAGUCUUUCGAUGAUGAAUGGUUUAUUGGAGUCCAGAACACCAAAAACACAGAGUUUACAGUGGUGGGAUUGACUCCUGGGGCUGAAUAUGUGUUUGUUGUCAAGUCCAUUAACAAGAUUGGUGUCAGCGAGCCCAGUUCUGAGUCUGACAGACAGGUUGCCAAAGAGAGAGAGGAGGAGCCAGUCUUUGACAUCAGCAAUGAGAUGAGGAAGACUCUUAUUGUGAAAGAUGGAAGCUCAUUUACUAUGACAGUGCCCUUCAGAGGUAAACCCAUCCCCAGUGUCACAUGGACUAAACCUGAUGUUGACCUUAGAGUCCGUGCUGUCAUUGACACCACAGACACCUUCACCUCCAUCACCUUAGAGAAGGCAACUCGCAACGACUCUGGCAAAUACACCGUCACCUUGUCCAGUGUAGCUGGAACCUCCUCCUUGACACUCAGUGUCAGAGUCCUGGACUCCCCUGGACCACCUACCCAUGUAGAAGUCAAGGAUGUGACCAAAACCUCUGCUACUGUAACCUGGGACACUCCUGAGAAUGAGGGAGGAGGACCAGUCAAGAAUUACCUUGUUGAUAUCCGUGAGGCCAGCAAGAAAGGCUGGACUAGGUUGACUGACACAUGCCACAGACUGACAUACAAAUUGACAGAUCUCCAGGAGGGAGAAGUUUACUACUUCAGAGUGACAGGCGAGAAUGAGUAUGGUGUUGGUGUUCCUGCUGAGACCAAAGAGGGAACCAAGAUCACAGAAAAACCAACCCCCCCACCAAAGCUUGGUGUGACUGAUGUGUCCAAGGAGAGUGUGUCCUUGGCCUGGGCCAAACCAGAACAAGAUGGAGGAAGCAGAAUUACUGGAUACUUAGUGGAAGCUCUGGAGAAAGGCCAGGAGAAGUGGGUUAAGUGUGGUGUAACCAAGUCCAUCCACCUCACAGUGUCUGGUCUGAGGGAGAACGCUGAGUACUUCUUCAGGGUCAGAGCUGAGAACCACGCUGGAUUCAGUGACGUUAAAGAAAUGGUCAACCCCGUAUUAGUCAAAGACCAGCUUGAAUCUCCUGAGAUCAACAUGAAGGACUUCCCUCACAAUACAGUGUAUGUCAGAGCCGGCUCCACCCUCAAGUGUGAGAUCCCACUGACAGGCCGACCUCUGCCUAAAGUCACUCUGUCCAAGGAUAAUGUGCUGCUCAAGUCAACAAUGAGGUUCAACUCUGAGGUCACCCCUGACAGCAUCAAGAUCACUUUGCGCGAGAGCAUUGCUGGAGACUCAGGACGCUAUGACAUCACUGCCUCUAACUCAAGUGGAACCACUAAGUCCUUUGUAAACAUCGUGGUUCUGGACCGUCCUAGUGCCCCAGUUGGACCUGUGGAGCUGUUUGACAUCACAGAGGACAGCGUUAGCCUGAAGUGGCUCCCGCCAGCAUAUGAGGGUGGCAGCCCCAUCACCAACUACAUUAUCCAGAAGAGAGAGACCACCACAGCCAACUGGAUGGAUGUCUCUUCUGCUGUGGCCCGCUGCACCAUGAAGAUCAUGAAGCUGACCACUGGCCUGGAGUACCAGUUCAGAAUCAGGGCUGAGAACAGAUAUGGAGUCAGCGAGCAUAUUGACUCACCGACCGUCGCUGUCAGCCUUCCUUACACUAUUCCUGAGGCUCCAUCGACUCCAGAGAUCACUGCUGUAACCAGGGAGACAGUCACUGUAGCCUGGAAGGAGCCCAAGUCAGAUGGUGGUAGCCACGUGUUUGGCUAUCACCUCCAGAUGAAGGACAGGAACAGCAUCCUUUGGCAGAGAGUCAACAAGAUGGUGAUCCGUGCUACACACUUCAAGGUCACCAACAUCAAUGCCGGACUUAUUUAUGAGUUCAAGGUGGCAGCAGAGAAUGCUGCUGGAAUAAGUGCCUUCAGCAAGGUUUCAGAUGCAGUGCUGGCUAUUGAUGCCUGUGAGCCACCGAUCAACUUGCGCAUCAGUGACAUCACCAAGAACUCCAUCAGCCUGGCCUGGCAGAAACCCAACUACGACGGUGGAUCCCCGAUCACUGGCUACAUCAUUGAGAAGAGAGAAGGUGUUAGUGCCAGGUGGUCCAAGGCUAACCUCACCAAUGUCACAGACACCCGUUUCACUGUGACUGGCCUCACCCAGGACGAGACAUAUGAGUUCAGAGUCAAGGCCAAGAAUGCUGUCGGUUCAGUGAGCAACCCGUCCAUGACUGCUGGACCAGCCACAUGCGUCGACACCUACGGUGCCCCAGAGAUUGAAAUACCUCAGGAGUACCUUAGUGAGGUCAAACACAAGGCUGGCUCUAAUGUGGAGCUCAAGUUUAAUAUCAUAGCCAAACCUGCUCCCACUAUUGAGUGGUUUAAGGAUGGCAGAGAGCUUGAACCCACCUCCCAGCUCUCUUUCAAACACACAUUUGAGUACACCAGUUUGUUCCUGAAGGAAACCACUCGUCUGAAUUCUGGUACCUAUGAGGUCAAGGUGAAGAACUCUCUGGGAUCUGCAUGUGGUGUCGUCAGGCUGCUCAUUCAAGACAAACCAGGCCCUCCUGCUGGAGAGAUCCAGUUUAAGAAGGUUACUGCUGACAACAUAACCAUCAUGUGGUCCCCACCUGCCGAUGAGGGUGGUGCCAUGGUAACUCAUUACAUUGUGGAGAAGAGAGAGACCAGCAGGGUCAUGUGGUCUAUUGUCUCAGAGAAACUGGUCGACUGCAUCGUUAAUGUGCCCAGACUCAUCCAGGGCAAUGAGUACAUCUUCAGAGUCCGUGGAAUAAACAAGUACGGCAUUGGAGACCCACUGGAGUCCGAGCCUGUAAUUGCAAAGAAUGCAUUUGUUCCUCCUAGCGAGCCAUCCAAGCCUAAAGUGACAAUGAUCACCAAGUCCACCAUGACAGUCAUCUGGGAAAGACCAGCAUUAGAUGGAGGCAGCGACAUCGACGGCUACUACCUGGAGAAGAGGGAGAAGAGGAGUCUUCAGUGGUUCAAGGUGGUGAAGGGCACCAUCAGAGACACCAGGCAGAAAGUCUCCAACCUGGCGGAGAACAAUGAGUACCAGUACAGAGUUUGUGCUGUCAACAAAGCUGGAGCAGGAAACUACUCAGAGGCUUCUGACCUCUACAAAGCCUAUGACCCCAUUGAUCUGCCUGGUGAGCCAUCCAAGCUACGUGUGGUUGACUCCACAAAGACUUCCAUCACCCUCGGCUGGGAGAAGCCUGUCUACGAUGGCGGCAGUGAAGUCACACACUACACUUUGGACCAGAUGAACACAGAGGAGAGAGAAUGGGUGACCAUCAACCCACAGGUCAAGACCUGCGAGUAUGUGGUGUCACACCUCAAACCUGGACAAUACUACUUCUUCAGAGUCUGUGCUGUCAACUGCAAGGGCAAAGGAGAGGACAUCAAAAUGUACCAGCCUGUGCAAGCCAAAGAUAUCUUGGAGGAGGCUGAUUUGGACUUGGAUGUUCCCAUGACAACCCAGUACACAGCCAAGGCUGGCCGUGACGUGGAGGUGUUUAUCCCCUUGAAGGGACGCCCCGCCCCAAACGUCACCUGGCGCCGAGGUGACCGCAACAUGGCUGGUGACAACCGCUACACCAUCACCAGCACUGAGCGAGCCACUACACUCCUCAUACCCAAGAUCACCCGCGAUGACUGCGGCAAGUAUCUGCUGGAAAUUGAGAAUGGCGUGGGAGAACCCAAGAUCAUUACUGUUUCCAUGAAGGUUCUGGACAGUCCAUCCACCUGUCAGAAAAUGAUGAUCAAGAACGUCACGAGAGGAAAGCUGACCCUCAGCUGGGAGGCUCCUCUCAUUGAUGGUGGUUCCCCUGUCACUAAUUACAUUGUCGAGAAGAAGGCCUCCACCAUGAAGGCUUACCAGGUGAUCACCGCUGAGUGCGCCAACACAACUUACAAGGUGUCGGGUCUGGAGGAGGAUGUAGCUUACUUCUUCCGUGUGUCUGCUGAAAAUGAGUUUGGUGUGGGUGACACCUGUGAGACCACUGAGCCGGUCAGAGCCACUGAAACUCCAGGAGCUGUUAAACAGCUGAUGAUGGUGGACUCCACAAAGACCUCUGUUACCUUGCAGUGGACCAGACCUGACCACGACGGUGGCAGCCACAUCACUGAAUACAUCAUUGAGAAGAGAACCAAGGAAGACCCCACCUGGACUUUGGGUGCUACAUGUAAGCGCUGCAGCUGCGAGGUCACGGGACUCAAGGAGAAUGCUGUCAUGGACUUCAGAGUGUUUGCCAAGAAUGAGAAGGGCAACAGCGACUUCUCCCAGAUUGGUCCAAUCACAGUGAUGGACUUCAUCAUUCCACCAGAGGCCAUCCUCAGUGACUACCCCAACGGAGAGCUUGCUGUUCGUAUUGGUCAGAACAUCCACAUUGAACUGCCCUUCAAGGGUAAACCAAGACCUGCAAUCAGCUGGCUGAAGGAUAACUUGCCGCUGAAGGAAAGCGAGAAGAUUCGCUUCAGGACCACUGACAACAAGACUGCAGUCACAGUAAGAGGAGCCAAGAAGGAGCAUGCUGGCCAAUACACCUUGGUCCUGGACAACAGAGUCAUCAAGAACUAUUUUGACAUCAAUGUGAUCACUCUGGGACCCCCCUCAGCACCUGUUGGCCCUAUCCGCUUUGAUGAAAUUAAAGCUCAGAGUAUCAUCAUCUCCUGGGAUGAACCAAAGGAGGAUGGCGGUGGCGAGAUCACGUGCUACAGCGUGGAGAAACGUGAGACCUCCCAGGCCAAUUGGAAGAUGGUCUGCUCCAGCGUUGUCAGGACCACCUUCAAGAUCCCCAACCUUGUUAAGGGAACUGAGUACCAGUUCAGGGUCCGUGCAGAGAACAAGUAUGGAGUCAGUGAAUCGCUCAACUCCUCAGACAUUGUUGCCCAACACCAGUACAAACCUCCAGGCCCCCCAGGAAAGCCAGUGGCCUUCAAUGUCACCAGUGAUGGUAUGACCAUCAGUUGGGAGGCCCCAGGUUUUGAUGGAGGAUCCCCUAUUUUGGGCUAUCAUGUUGAGAAGAAGGACAGGAAUAGCCUCUUGUGGCAGAAGGUCAACUCCACAAUCAUCUCCAACAAAGAGUACAGAAUCAUUGGUCUUGUGGAGGGACUGGAGUACUCCUUCAGAGUCUAUGCUGAGAACAAUGCUGGACUUAGCCCUGUUAGCGAACAGAGCAAACAUGCACUGGCUAUCUCCCCUGUUGAUCCACCUGGCAACCCCGUCUGUAUCGAUGUAACCAGAGACUCAGUCACCCUUCAGUGGGACAUCCCCAAGAGGGAUGGUGGCAGCAAAAUUGUAGCCUACAGUGUGGAGAGGCGCCAAGGUAGAGGCAAAUGGUUGCGGUGCAACUUCACUGAUAUCAGUGAAACCCAGUUCACUGUGACUGGUCUGUCUGCUGGAGACAGAUUCGAGUUCAGAGUGAUUGCCAGGAAUGCUGUGGGCACAGUCAGUCCACCAUCUAACUCCUCUGGAUACAUCAUGACCAAGGAUGAGAGCAUUGCUCCUGAGAUUGAAUGGUCUCCAGACCAGGUGGUCACCCUUAGGGCCGGAGAGAACGUUAAGCUCUGCUGCAGCAUCACUGGACGUCCCGUCCCCCAGGUUGUCUGGUAUAAGGAUGGCAAAGAGAUCGACAAGAGGACCAUGAUCGACAUUGAGAUUACCACUGGCAUUGGCACCAGCAGUCUGUUUAUUCGUGAUGCUGACAGGAACCACCGUGGAAUCUACACUGUAGAGGCCAAGAACAGCUCCGGUACCAGGAAAGCUGACGUCAACGUCAGAGUACAAGAUACCCCUGGACCUGUCGAGGGGCCUAUUCGUUUCACCGGCAUCACAGCUGAGAAAUGCACCGUGUGGUGGAACCCGCCGGAGAACGACGGUUGUGCUGCCAUCACCCACUAUGUGGUGGAGAAGAGGGAGACCUCCAGGAUCUCCUGGGCCAUGGUCACCUCCAAGUGUGAAGCCUGCUCUUACAAUGCCACCAACCUCAUCAAGGGCAACGAGUACCAGUUCAGAAUCUCUGCUGUCAACAAGUUUGGUGUUGGCAAACCACUGGACUCUGAUCCUAUCAUUGCACAGAUGCAAUACACUGUGCCCGAUGCCCCUGGUACUCCAGAUGCCACCCAUGUGACUGGAGACAGCAUCACCCUGUGCUGGACCAGGCCAAGGUCGGACGGAGGCAAUGAGAUCAAACACUACAUCCUGGAGAGGAGAGAGAAGAAGAGCCUGCGCUGGCUGAAGGUUUCCUCCAAGAGGUCCAUCACAGAGCUAAGGCACCGGGUCACCCACCUCAACGAGGGCAACGAGUACGAGUUCCGCGUCAUGGCUGAAAAUGGCGCCGGUGUCGGCCCAGCCAGUAGCACCUCCAGGCUCUUCAAAUGCAGAGAACCAACCAGUGCUCCUAGUGCUCCCACAGUGAUCAAGGUUAUUGACUCCACUAAGUCCUCUGUCACCCUGGAAUGGACCAAGCCAGUCUUUGAUGGUGGCAUGGAAAUCAUUGGCUACAAUAUCGACAUGUGUAAGGCCAGUCUGGAGGAGUGGCACAGAGUCAACAGCCAGAUUUGCAUCCACACCAGGUACACUACUAAGGGCCUGGUGCCUGGAGAGCUCUACAAGUUCAGGGUCAGCGCUGUAAAUGGAUCAGGAGAAGGUGAAGCCUCAGAGAUGCCCAACCCUGUUCAGGCUCUGGACAGACUUACGUCUCCUGAGAUCGACAUUGACGCCAACUUCAAGCAAACUCACAUCGUAAAGAAUGGUGGCAUGGUCACGCUUCACGUGGACUUCCGCGGCAAACCAGCUCCACUUGCUACCUGGUCUAAGGCAGACGGUGAGCUGCCUGUCAUGGCUGAUGUCAACACCACAGAUUCCUUCUCUACUCUCACCAUUGAAGGCUGCACAAGGUAUGAGGCAGGCAAAUACACCCUGUCUCUGGAGAACAACAGUGGGCGCAAGUCCAUUACAUUUACUGUCAAAGUGCUGGAUACUCCUGGACCUCCAGGUGCUAUCACCUUUAAAGACGUUACCCGGGGAGCCUUGACAAUGAUGUGGGAUGCCCCAACCAAUGACGGUGGAUCCAGAAUCCAUCAUUACAUCGUGGAUAAGCGUGAGGCCAGCCGCCUGGCCUGGCAGGAGGUCAGCAUCAAGUGCUCUCGCCAGAUGAUCAGGGUAACUGGUCUGGAGAUUGGCCUGCCAUAUCUCUUCAGGGUGAUUGCCGUUAACCAGUAUGGCCAGGGAGAACCCCAUGAGCUGACAGAGCCCAUCAUUGCCACAGAAGAACCUCCUCCACCAAAGAGACUGGAUGUUGUCGACACCACCAACUCCACAGCCUCGCUGGUUUGGCUGAAGCCAGAGCAUGAUGGAGGCAGCCGCAUCAGAGGCUACAUUGUUGAAUUCAGAGCUAAAGGCACUGACCGCUGGGUUGUUUAUGGAGAGACCAAGUCCCAGAAGAUGCUUGUGGAGGGUUUGAUCGAGAACACAGAAUAUGACUUCAGAGUCAAGGCCAAGAAUGAUGCUGGAAUCAGCGAGCCUCAGGGCACCUUCGGCUCCGUGGUCAUUAAGGAACCUCGCAUCGAACCAACCGCUGACCUCAGCAGCAUCACCAACCAGCUCAUCACCUGCAAGACCUCCAGCACCUUCACCAUCGACAUCCCUAUCAGUGGCAGGCCUGCACCCAAGGUCACCUGGAAGCUGGAGGAGAUGAAGCUGAAGGAGACUGACAGAGUGUCCAUCAAGACCACAAAGGAGAGAACCACUCUGGUGGUGAAAGACAGCAAGAGAAGCGAUAGCGGCAAGUACUACCUGACCCUGGAGAAUGCUGCUGGCGUGAAGACGUUCACAGUGACUGUAGUUGUUGUUGGCAGACCGACUCCACCAUCAGGCCCUGUGGAAAUUUCUGGAGUUUCCUCAGAGUGCUGCACCCUGUCCUGGUCUGAUCCAGCUGAUGAUGGCGGCACUGACAUCACCAACUACAUUGUGGAAAAACGAGAGUCUGGCUCUGCCUCCUGGCAAGUGGUGAACUCGAGUGUGAAGAGAACCACCAUCAAAGUGACUCAUCUUACCAAGUACAUGGAGUACACCUUCAGGGUGUGUGCUGAGAACAAGUUCGGAGUUAGCAAGUCCAUUGAGUCUGCUGCUGUUGUUAUUGAGCAUCCAUUCGUUCCUCCGAGUCCUCCAACUCGUCCAGAUGUUGUAUCUGUGUCUGCCAACGCCAUCAGCAUCAAAUGGGAUGUACCAUAUGCAGAUGGUGGCAGCAAAGUGACAGGCUACUGGAUUGAGAAGAAGGAGAGGAACACGAUCCUGUGGGUGAGGGAAAACAAACUGCCCUGCCUGGAGUGUCAUUACAAGGUAUCCAACCUGAUCGAGGGCCUGGAGUACCAGUUCAGGGUGUACGCCAUGAACAUUGCUGGACUCAGCAAGGCCAGCGAGGCCUCCAGACCUGUGGUGGCACUCAAUCCUGUUGAUCCUCCUGGUAAACCCGAGUUGACGGACAUCAGCCGCUCCUCCGUUUCAUUGUGCUGGACUGUGCCGUUCAACGAUGGCGGCAGCAAGAUUGUCGGCUACGUGGUGGAGAAGAAGGUGUACAGUACUGACGAGUGGGACGACAACCGCUGGCUGAAGUGCAACUACACCACCAUCACUGAGAACUACUUCACUGUGACUAACCUGGGAGAGGGAGAGACCUAUGAGUACCGUGUUAUCGCCAAGAAUGCUGCCGGUGUCCACAGCACUCCCUCAGAAUCCACCGGACCGGUCACAUGCAAGGAUGAAUACUCUCCUCCCAAAGCCGAGCUGGACAGCAAGCUGGUGGGUGAGACAGUCAUCGUCUCUGCCGGCUCCGACCUCGUCCUGGACGGCGUUGUAGGCGGUAAACCAGAGCCUACUGUGCACUGGUCAAAGGGCGACAAGAUUUUGGAGCUCGGGGAGAAAUACUCACUGACUUACACCUCCACCAGAGCCAUGGCUGUCAUCAAGAACUGCGACAGAUACGACACAGGCAGAUACAUCCUGACCGUCAAGAACCCCAACGGAACCAAGACUGCUGGCGUCAACGUUAAAGUUCUAGACACACCUGGAGCUCCAGCUGAUAAGAUCGUAAUCAGCAGAGUGACAGAGGAGAAGUGUACGGUGUCCUGGAAGAUUCCUCUGGAGGACGGCGGGGACUCCGUCAACCAUUACAUCGUGGAGCGUCGCGAGACCAGCCGCCUCAACUGGGUCAUCAUGGAGACUGAGUGCAAGACUCUGUCCUGUGUCAGCACCAGGCUGAUCAAGAACAAUGAGUACAUCUUCAGAGUUCGGGGAGUCAACAAGUUCGGACCCGGAGUUCCUCUGGAGUCCGAUCCCGUCAUCGCUAGGAACGCCUACACAAUCCCGUCCCAGCCGGGCACACCGGAAGCUACAGCAGUGGGCAAGGAGCACGUGAUCAUCGAGUGGCUGAAGCCCGAGAGCGACGGAGGCAGCGAGAUCAAAAACUACAUCGUGGAUAAACGAGAGAAGAGCAGCACCAGGUGGACUCGAGUGAAUAGAACUUACACCAUCUACGACACCCGUCUGAAGAUCACAGGCCUGUUGGAGGGAAGCGAGUAUCAGUUCAGAGUGACUGCUGUCAACGCUGCUGGAGACAGUCAGCCAAGCGACGCCUCGCCAUACAUCCUCUGCAAAGACCCCACAUAUACACCAGCUCCUCCAUCAAUGCCUCGCAUCAACGACACAACAAAGCACAGCAUCAGCAUGACCUGGACCAGGCCCAUGUACGAUGGCGGCUCAGACGUCACCGGCUACGUGGUGGAGAUCCUGGAGGAGGGCUCCGAGCAGUGGUACCGCGCGACUACCAAGGCACUCAAGACCAACGAGUAUGUGGCCGCGGGCCUGGCAGCCAAUAAGAAGUACAGGUUCAGGGUCGCUGCCAUCAACAACAACGGCACUGGGGAGUUCAGUGAACCGAGUGCUGAGGUUGAGCCCCUGGAGAGAAUUGAAAUGCCCGACCUGGAGCUGGCCGACGACCUGAAGAAAACCGUGUGUCUGCGCUCCGGAGGAACCCUGCGUCUGUUCGUGUUCGUCACCGGACGGCCGACACCAGUGGUGGCCUGGAGGAAGAAGGGCGUGGAGCUGCAGAGCCGCGGCUACAUUGAGACCACUGAUAGCUACACCUCACUGAUUGUGGAGAAGGUCAAUCGCUACGACUCCGGAAAAUAUGUUGUGGAGGCAGAGAACCCAUCUGGCAAGAAAACUGCCACCAUCCUGGUUAAAGUCUAUGACACUCCUGGUCCUCCAGGUUCUGUGAAGGUGAAGGACUACACCAAGGAGUCCGUUGUGAUUACCUGGGAUGUGCCGAGCAUCGAUGGUGGUGCUCACGUCAGCAACUACAUUGUAGAGAAACGUGAAGCCAACAUGAAGUCAUACAAGACCGUCACCACCGAGUGUAGGAAGACCCUGUUCAGGAUCACUGGUCUGGAGGAGGGCGUGCACUACUUCUUCAGAGUCCUGCCAGAGAAUAUCUAUGGCGUCGGUGAGCCCUGCGAGACAAGCGAGGCUGUGCUGGUGUGCGAGGUGCCGUCGGUGCCUCAGAACCUCCAGAUUGUCGAUGUCACCAAGUCCUCCGUCACACUGCACUGGGCGAAGCCACUGCACGACGGCGGCAGCAGGCUGACAGGCUAUGUCUUGGAAGCCUGCAAGGUAGGAUCAGACAGGUGGAGCACCGUGGCGACAGUCAAGUCCUCCGUGUCCCAGCACACCAUCCAAUCCCUGAUGGAGAACGACCAGUACCUGUUCAGAGUCCGAGCCACCAACAGCAGGGGAACCAGCGAGCCCAUGGACACUGUCACUCCGGUCACAAUCCAGGAUAUCAAGGUGAUGCCCAAGAUCGACAUGACCAGCAUCCCUCAAAAGAUCGUCCACGUGCACCGCGGCAAACCCAUCGACCUCAACAUCCCGAUAAAAGCCAAACCACAACCCGUCUGCUCCUGGUUCUUCAGUGGCGUCAAGCUGAAAGACAGCCUGGACCGCAUCAAGAUCGACAGCAACGGAAAAUACACCCACCUCGUCAUCCGUGAGACCACAAUCAAUGACACGGGAGACUACAAGCUGGAGGUGAAGAAUGCCAUCGGCAUAGCAACCGAGGUCAUCAAGGUCAUCAUCCUUGACAAACCUGGCAUCCCAGUUGGUCCGAUGAAGAUUGAGGAGGUCGACGGCGUGUCGGUGACAGUGAGCUGGGAACCUCCAGAGAAGGACGGCGGGGCCAAUGUCAGCGGCUAUGUUGUGGAGCAGCGUGACGCCCACCGGCCAGGCUGGACCACCAUCUCAGAGUCAGUGACCCGACCAUGCUUCAAAUUCACCAGACUCUCAGAGGGAACAGAGUAUGUGUUCCGCGUAGCCGCCAUGAACCGCUUCGGUGUAGGUGGCUUCCUGCAGUCCGAGGUGGUGGAGUGCAAGAGCGCCAAGACCAUCCCUGGACCUCCAAGCAGACCAGAGGUGCUUGACGUCACCCACGAGGGCAUGACCCUGACCUGGCAACCACCCGAGGACGAUGGUGGCUCCACCAUUGCCGGCUACAUCAUUGAACGUAAGGAGGCCCGUUCUGACAGGUGGAUGAAGAUCAACAAGAACCCCGUCACCAUGACCAGGUACCGCUCCUCCGGCCUGAUCGAGGGCCUGGAGUACGAACAUCGUAUCACCGCUAUCAACUCAAGAGGAUCCGGCAAACCCAGCGAGAGUUCCGCCAUCACCGUGGCCAUGGAUCCCAUCGAACCUCCAGGUCCUCCAGUUCAGCCCAGAGUCACUGACACCACCAGGACUUCAGUCUCUCUGGCCUGGUUGCCACCUGAAGAGGAGGGUGGUGCAGUGAUUACUGGAUACUUGAUCGAGAUGCAGAAGGUGGACCAGGUGGAAUGGACACUGUGCAACACCACACCCACCAAGAUGUGCGAGUACACCCUCACCCACAUGCCGCAGGGCGCCGAAUACAAGUUCAGGGUCAUCGCCUGCAACGCUGGUGGUGCCGGAGAGCCUGCUGAGAUUCCAGGAGUGGUUAAAGUCCAGGAGAUGCUUGGUUAUCCUGACUAUGAGCUUGAUCGUAAAUACGAGGAGGGCUAUGUGGUGCGGCAGGGCGGAGUCGUCCAUCUGUCUGUGCCCAUCAAGGGUAAACCCAUCCCCACAUGCAAGUGGACCAAGGACGGACGUGACAUCUCCCACCGCGCCAUGAUUGCCACCCAUGAUGACAUCACCGAAUUGGUCAUCAAAGAGGCGCACAAGGAUGACACUGGUACCUACGACCUGGUGCUGGAGAACAAAUGCGGCAGGAAGGCGGUGUACAUCAAGGUGAAGGUGAUCGGUCGCCCAGAUGUCCCAGAAGGCCCUCUGGAGUUUGACGACAUUCAAGCCAGAUCAGUCCGGGUCAGCUGGAGGCCACCUUCAGAUGAUGGCGGCUCCGACAUCCUGGGAUACAUCGUGGAAAGGCGGGAGGUAUCCAAGGCCGCCUGGUAUACAGUGGAUUCCCGGGUCACCGAGAACUCUCUGGUGGUGAAGGGCCUGAAGGAAAACAUGGAGUACCACUUCAAGGUUUCUGCUGAGAACCAGUUUGGAGUCAGCAGAUCUCUCAAGUCUGAUGAGUCCGUCACACCAAAGACACCACUUUGUCCACCAGAACCUCCCAGCAACCCACCAGAGAUCAUGGAUGUGACCAAGUCUACAGUGUCUCUGUCCUGGGCUCGGCCUCGGGACGACGGAGGCUCCCGCGUCACAGGAUACUAUGUGGAAAGGAGGGAGGUGUCGACAGAGAAGUGGGUGCGCCACAACAAGACCCACAUCACCACCACUAUGUACAACAUCACAGGCCUCAUCCCUGAUGCAGAGUACAUGUUCAGAGUGGUGGCUCAGAAUGACAUUGGGCAGAGUGAGCCUGGUCCAACCUCAGAGUCUGUGGUUUGCAAAGAUCCAUUUGAUAAACCCAGCCAACCAGGAGAGAUCGACAUCAUCUCUGUCACCAAAGACUGCAUCACCAUCCACUGGCUCAGGCCUGAGCAUGAUGGAGGCAAGGAGAUUCUGGGCUACUGGAUUGAGUUCAGGCAGGCUGGGGAGAGCGCCUGGAAGAAGUGCACCAAGGAGCGCUCCAAGGAUCGUCAGUUCACCAUGGGUGGCUUAAUGGAGGCCACAGAGUACGAGUUCAGGAUCUUUGCAGAGAAUGAGACAGGACUCAGCCGACCUCGUCGCACACCCAUGGGCAUCAAGACCAAACUGAGCGUUGGUGAAGCUCCAGCUUUGAAGGAAGAGAUCCAAGACGUAACCACCAAGCUUGGUGAGUCUGGCACUCUGACCUGUGGCAUUAUUGGCAGACCACUGCCUGAGAUCAAGUGGUACCGCUACGGCAAGGAACUGAUCCAGAGCCGCAAGUACAAGAUGAGCUCAGAUGGCCGUAACCACUCCCUCAGCAUUCUGACAGAAGAGCAGGAAGACGAGGGCCUGUACACCUGCAGGGCCAUCAACGAGGCCGGAGAGAUUGAAACCAGUGGCAAGCUGCGUCUGCAAGCAGCUCCUCAGUUCCAUCCCGGCUUCCCGCUCAAGGAGAAGUACUUCGCCGGGGCUGGCACAAGCCUCCGCCUGCAUGUCGUCUACAUCGGGCGUCCCAUCCCCCAGAUCAUGUGGUUCUAUGGCAAGAAGCCUCUGAAUUCAUCAGAGAAUGUGAUCAUUGAAAACACAGAGAGCUACACCCACCUGGUGGUGAGGAACGUCCAGAGAAAGACAAACGCUGGCCGCUACAAGGUGCAGCUCAGCAACGUGUUUGGAACCGUUGACACUUCGCUACGUGUUGAAAUCCAAGAUAAACCAUGCAUCCCUGAGGGCCCUAUGGUUGUCGAAGGCCUGCUGAAGAGCUCAGUUGUCAUCAGCUGGAAGGCUCCCAAGGAUGAUGGAGGCUCCAUGAUCACAAACUACAUCGUGGAGAAACGUGAGGCCAAAGAAGGUGAACAAUGGCACCUGGUGUCCUCCUCCAUCUCUGGCACCACCUGCCGUGUCCCCAACCUGAUUGAGAGCGCUGGCUACUACUUCAGAGUGUCUGCCCAGAACCAGUACGGAGUCAGUGAGCCUUUGGAGAUCCCAUCAGUGGUCAUCAUCAAGAGUCCAUUCGAAAAACCUGGCAUCCCACAGCAGCCCUUCAUCAUGAGCUCCACCAAGGACUCCUGUGUCGUCUGCUGGAAGCCUCCAAGCAGCGACGGCGGCGCCAAAAUCUCCAACUACUACUUGGAGAAACGUGAGAAGAAGCAGAACAAGUGGAUGUCAGUAACCACAAAGAAGAUCAUGGAAACCAAUUACGAGGUCACAGGCUUGAUCGAGGGCUUCGAGUACGAGUUCCGGGUCAAGUGUGAGAACGUGGGUGGCGAGAGCGACUGGAGUGAGAUCUCUGCGCCUAUCAUCCCCAAGUCUGAACAGUCUCCUCGUGCUCCCGCAUACAGGGAGGAAAUCAGGGACAUGACUGUCAAAUACCAAGCCAAUGCCACCUUUGUCACUAAGGUGGUUGGAUAUCCAAAGCCUGUGGUGAAAUGGUACCGCAGUGGAAAGGAAAUCCUGGCCGAUGGAACCAAGAUCAAAGCCCAGGAGUUCAAGGGCGGCUACUACCAGCUGGUCAUCACUUCUGCUGAUGAGAACGACGCCACAGUUUACCAAGUCAGGGCAACCAACUCCUCAGGAUCUAUCUCUACGACAGCCAACCUGGACGUGGAAGUUCCUGCUAAGAUCCACCUGCCCAAAGAGCUCCAGGGAAUGGGAGCAGUCCAUGCUGCCCGUGGUGAUCACAUCACCAUCAAGAUCCCCAUCUCUGGCAAGCCCGAGCCAGCAGUCACUUGGCAGAAGGGUCAGGAGAUCCUCUCCAACUCUCCUUAUUACCAGGUCAUCACCACCAGGUCUUUCACCUCCCUGGUCUUCCACAAGGGAGUGCAGAGGAAGGAUACUGGCUACUAUAGUAUUACUGCAAAGAACAGGUUUGGAACGGACAAGCAAACCAUAGAGGUGAACGUGGCUGACAUACCUGAAGCUCCAAAGGGACUCGUGGUCAGUGACAUUGCACGGGACUCCAUCACCCUGACCUGGGAGCCCCCUGCCCAUGAUGGUGGAAGCAACAUCAUUGGCUACAUCGUGGAGAAGUGUCCCACCACUGCUGACAGGUGGAUCCGAGCUGGACAGACCACUGACUGCAGCAUCACCAUCAUCAACAUAUUCGGAAAGACCAAGUACCAGUUCCGUGUCAUUGCCGAGAACCAGUUUGGCCUGAGCGCUCCUUCUCAGCCGACUGAGCCCAUCACUACAAAGGAAGACAAGUCUGUGAUUAGGAACUACGACGAGGAAGUGGACGAAACCAGAGAGAUCACCAAGGAGGAGGCUCUGUUCUACAAGGUGAAGGAGCUGUCCUCCAAGUACAUCAUCUCUGAGGAGCUUGCUCGCUGCCAGUUCGGAGCGGUCCACCGUUGCGUGGAGAUUGCCACAAAGAAAACCUUCAUGGCCAAGUUCAUCAAGGUCAAAGGAACUGACCGUGAGUUGGUUCUUAGGGAGAUUGAGGCCCUCAACGUGGCAAGGCACAAGAACAUUAUCUACCUGCAUGAGUACUUUGAAAGCAUGGAGGAGAUAAUCCUGAUCUUUGAAUUCAUUUCUGGAGUUGACAUCUUUGAGCGCCUUGGCACCAGCAACUUUGAGCUGACAGAGCAGGAGAUUGUCCGCUACCUGAGACAGGUCUGCUCUUCCCUCAAGUUCUUGCAUAGCCACAACUUCGGCCACUUUGAUAUCCGCCCAGACAACAUUGUCUACACCACAAGGAGAAGCACCACCAUAAAGAUUAUUGAGAUGGGCCAGGCUAGACUGUUGGCGCCUGGAGAGAACAUCAGAAUGUUGUUCUCGGCUCCGGAGUACUACGCCCCUGAGGUCCAUCGCCAUGACCUCGUCACGACAGCCACUGAUAUGUGGUCUGUUGGUGUUCUGGCCUAUGUUCUGCUCAGUGGCCUUAAUCCGUUUGCAGCAGAGUCCACUACAAAGAUGAUUGAGAACAUUUCCAACUGUGAGUACAUCUUUGAAAGUGAAGCAUUUAGGGACAUCAGCCUGGAAGCUAUGGACUUUGUGGACAGACUUCUAGUCAAGGACAGGAAGCUCCGUAUGACAGCCCAUGAAGCUCUGGAGCACCCAUGGCUCAAGAUGAAGAUUGAGCAUGUCAGCAAAAGGACAAUUAGGACCCUGAGACACAGAAGGUACUACCAGACUCUGGUGAAGAGGAUCGAUACCAUUGUAUCAGCAGCUCGCAUUGCGUAUGGCGGCGCCUUCAAGAACCAGAGAGGAUUGGCUGUGGGUAAAGUGAAGAUUGGAACUGAGUACCAUGGCCUCCGCGCUGGUCCAGUCAUGCAUGGCUCAGCCGAGGAAGGCGGCCAUGUCAGAUUCACCUGUAGUAUCGCCAGCUACGACAAGAGCACACAGGUGUCAUGGUACUUCGGGAACCGUCAGCUACACCCGAGCCCCAAGUAUGAGAUUACUUACAGUAAUGGUUUUGCCAGCAUCUAUGUAAAGGACAUUGAAGAGAGUGAUGAUGGUGUGUACAGAUGCAAGGUGGUGAGUGAUGAUGGAGAGGACAGUGCUUAUGGAGAGCUCUUUGUUGAGACAGUGAGGAGCAUCAGAGAGCACUACAUCAGCCGCUCCAUCAAGAAACUGAGGAGGAGAGUUGACAAGACUAUGGUCCUGCGGAGACCACCAGAGUUCACUUUGCCGCUCUACAACCGCUCCGCCUACAUCGGCGAAGACGUCCGCUUCGGUGUCACUAUCACUGUGCACCCAGAGCCUCAGGUAACGUGGCUCAAGAAUGGAGAGAGAAUAAAGCCAGGUGAUGAUGACAGCAAGUACACAUUCACCAGCGACAAGGGUCUGUACCAGCUGAUGAUCCACAACCUGGACAUGAGCGAUGACGCCGAAUACACCGUCAUGGCCCAUAAUAAGUUUGGAGAAGACAGCUGCAAGGCUCGUCUCACUGUAGCACCUCAUCCUGUGCUGGAGGAAACUAUGAGGCCCAUGUUCAAACGUCUGCUGGCCAAUGUUGAUUGCACCGAGGGCCACAGUGUCCGCUUUGAACUCCGAGUCUCAGGAAUCCCAAAUCCUACUCUGAAGUGGGAGAAGGACGGUCAACCACUACAGUUUGGUCCCAAGGUGGUUGUCAUACAGGAGGACGUUGACUACCACGUUCUGCACAUCAGAGAGACUCUGCUUGAGGACUCAGGUGUGUACAAGGUUACUGCAACCAACUCCACUGGCUCUGCAAGCUGCCAGGCCACACUGAAGGUCGACCGCCUCACCUACACCAGGAGAGAGUACAAGAGCGAGGAGGAGAAAUACAGACAUGUUCAGAAACAAAUUGAAAAGACGAAUAAGAUGGCUCAGCAAAUUGUCGCCACCGAGGAGCACUUACCUUUCAACCCCACAGCCCAGGAGGCCCUCAAAUUUGCUGCCGAGAUGUACAAGCCUGCAGUGAGCACCAAAAACGUCGAGGGUGAGUUCGACAUCACAGUGGAAAAGUCAGAGACCAAGAAGCUGGAGGAGGAGAGGAGGAUCUUCAUGCCAUAUGAGAUCCCUGAGCCUGUAGUCCAUGAUCCCAGAGUUCUGGAUGAAGACAAAGCCAUCAGGCAGUUUGUGCCUCUGUCGGACAUGAAGUGGUACAGAAAGCUGAGAGACCAGUAUGAGAUUCCAGAGAGGAUGGAGAGGAUUGUGCAGAAGAGGCAGAGACGUAUUCGCCUGUCCAGGUGGGAACAGUUCUAUGUCAUGCCCCUCCCCCGAAUCACCGACCAGUACAGGCCAAGAUGGCGUAUUCCAAAACUCAGUCUGGAUGAUCUGGAGACUGUCAGACCUGCACGCCGUUCACCCUCUCCCGAAUCAGAGGUGUCCUUCAGAUCCAGAAGGAGAUCUCUGGGAGACCUUAGUGAUGAGGAGCUGCUGAUGCCCGUGGACGACUACCUUUCCAUGAGGAGAACAGAAGAGGAGAAAAUGAUGCUGGAGGAUGAACUUGAGCUCGGCUUCUCCGCCUCUCCCGCUGGCAGCCCUGUCCGCAUUGAACGGCGCACCUUGGAACAUGAAGAGAGGAGGCAGGAGGUUAGACACGAGGCCGUCGAGGUUUCUGAGACAAAGAAGAAACGGACUGUUUCUCAGUUCAUGAGGAGGAGAAGGUCAUUAUCCCCUACAUACAUCGAACUGAUGCGUCCAGUCUCGGAGCUGAUCAGACCGCCACGUGUCAGGGCUCCUGUGGAGGUAGAGGGAGAGAUCGUGGAGAGGAGGUCCCCCACCCCAGAGAGGACCCGUCCCCGCUCUCCCAGCCCCAUCAGAUCAGUUGAGAGGUCAUCCCGUUCCUCCUCCAGGUUUGAGCGGUCUGCCCGCUUUGACAUCAUGUCCCGCUACGAAGCCAGAAAGGCCGCUCUGAAGUCUGAGAGGAAAUACCAGGUGGUUAGCCAGACACCUUUCAGCCUGGAUCACGCCCCCCGUGUGACCGUCAGGAUGCGCUCUCAUCGCAUACCAAUUGGUCAAGACACCAAAUUCACCCUGAACAUCCAAACCAAGCCAGAGGCCGAGGUCAAGUGGUACCACAAUGGAACCGCCAUCUCUGAAAGCAGCGAGAAAUACAUUUUCUCCAACAUGAGUGGCGUUCUGUCCAUCACUAUUCUGGAGUGCCAGGAAGAGGACAGUGGCACAUACCGCUGUGUGUGCUCCAACUCGAAGGGAGAGGCAUCAGACUAUGCCACCCUGGAUGUGUCAGGUGGCGGCUACACCACCUUCUCGUCUCGCCGCAGGGAUGAAGAAGCCCCUAAAGGCCAUGUCCCUGAAGUAACUCGAAUUGACCACUAUCACACUGCCCACUUCAAAGCUGGCUACGCCUCGCAGACACACUUUGAGGUGGAGGAGAGCAAGUCUAAGCUAACCGAGACACAUGAGGUUGUGACACGUGAAAGAUAUGCUGCUUCCUCCGAGCGCUACUCCUCUGCUGAGAGGUACGACUCAUCUGUGAAAUAUGCCUCCACUGAAUACCUAUCAUCUGGUUCCUCCUACUCAUCGGACAAAUUUUCUCUAACUGGAAAACACGCCAUAUCUGAAACUAAACUCAAAUCAUCCACUGCUGUUGUAGCUGAGGAAGUGUCUGUCCACAAGGUGAAGCCUUCUCUUCCAGCCAGAAUCCUCACCAAGCCUCAGUCUGUGACCGUCGCAGAGGGAGAGACAGCCAGAUUCUCCUGUGACAUUGAUGGGGAACCUGCACCCACUGUGACAUGGAUGCAUGAGAGCAGAACUGUUGUCUCAUCUCACCGUGUCCACGUCACCACAAGUCAGUACAAGUCCAGCCUGGAGAUCUCCUCUGUGACGUCCUCCGAUGAGGGCAGUUACACGGUGGUUGUAGAGAACUCCGCAGGCCGACAGGAGGCUCACUUCACUAUAACCAUCCGCAGAGCAGUUCACAAAGAAGAGGUGAAGGCUGUCAAAUCCCCGGAGCCAUCUGUAAAGUCACCGGAGCCUUCGGUCAAAUCACCUACUCCCUCCAUAACUUCCCCUGUCCCCAGUGUGAAGUCACCUGAACCCAGCAUCAAGUCCCCCGAGCCUUCAAUUAAAUCACCAGCUCCAAGUGUUAAGUCCCCUGAGCCAAGUGUAACAUCUCCUGCUCCAAGUGUGAAGUCACCCACACCAAGUGUGAAGUCACCUACACCAGGUGUGAAGUCACCUACACCAAGUGUGAAGUCACCUACACCAGGUGUGAAGUCACCUACACCAGGUGUGAAGUCUCCUGAACCAGAGGGAAUCAAAUCCCCUAGGAGCAUCAGGUCUCCUGAGCCUCCCUCUCCAGCACCCGGCUUAAAAUCACCAGCUCCAGGUGUCAAAUCCCCUGAACCUGAAGGAGUAAAGUGUCCACGGGGUAUUAAGUCUCCAGAACCUAGACUCAAGUCACCACCACCAACUAAGUCUCCAGAGAGAGUGAGGUCCCCAGAACCUUCAGGCAUCAAAUCACCCAGGGCCUUGAAGUCCCCUGAGCCCGAGGGAAUCAAAUCACCUCCAAGGAUGAAGUCUCCUCCACCGAUUAUGUCCCCCAAGAGGGUUGUGUCUCCACCCACGGUCAAAUCCCCAACCCCGAAACCUCCCAAGGUCCUGAGCCAACUAACAGCUGAGGCCCAUGAGGGCUCCGUGAGGAUGUCCUGCGUCUGCGAGAGCAGUGUCAGGGAGGUGGUGUGGUUUGUCAAUGGGAGGAGACUUUCGCAGAGCAGCCACUUUGAGAUGCACUACUCCGAGGGCUCCUGCAGCCUUCUCAUCCAUGAUUUGGCGGACAGUGAUAAGGGAGAGUAUAUCUGCGAGAUGACAUCAGAGGGAGGAGUAUCCAAAUCCUCCUUCUCCUUCACCGGACAGGUGUUCCAGUCCAUACGCAUGAAGAUCACAUCCUACCGUGAGCAUCACAAGGAGUCAUCAUCAUCCAUGAGCUCAGCUAUGAUGAUGAAGAAGGAAAUCCACACAAUGGAGGAGUCAUCCUCCUUUUCUUCCUCCAGCCAGCAAGCAAUGAUGUCAUCCAUGAUGGAGUCCAGCUCCUUCAGCGGCAUGGCAGCUGAGAUGAAGUUUGAGACCAUGUCCAUGUCCAGCAUGUCUUCAAUGGCAUCUGAGUCAUAUGCAAUGAGCUCCAGCAGCCUCAGUGAGAUGGCCUCCCACAUGGAGGGAUCCUCAUUUAGAGCCAUUGGUUCUGCUCCCAGGAUCGAGGCUCUGCCGGAGGACAUCAGCAUUGAGCCGGGCAAAGUCCUGACAGUCGCUUGUGCCUUCUCUGGUGACGCCAAACACAUUGAGUGGUCCCGCAGCGGUAAAACCAUCGAGGUGACUGCCGGCGGACGCUUCCACAUAGAGACCACAGAGGACCUGACCACCCUCAUCAUCACCGGAGUUAAGGAGGAAGACGCUGGAAUCUACACCCUCAAACUGUCCAACGAGCUCGGAUCGGACACAGCGAUUGUUCACAUUAGCAUUCGAUCAGUGUAAAAAAAAAAAAAUCUAAUCCUCCCCUCUUCCCUUCUUUCAUGCCUUUUUAUUUAUUAAUUAAGCAAAUUAAUCUACUUGAUAAAGAUCUGGAUUUCUCUUCUUGUAAAUAUGAACUAUUUUUGUACCAAUCUUGACAUUAAUUUAUGCCAAACUAGACUAAAGUCUAAAGUUGUUAUAAAAUGUGCCAUAUUGGACAAUUAUGACUUAGGAUUUUUGAACCACUUUUCUGUGACAUGUACAUAAUGUAUAUAGCCGAAUUUAACGGUUAUGGGAAAUGUAUGCAUUGUUAUUUAUGACAAUAAUAUUAACUGAAACAAAAUGAAACUAAAUGUAGUUUAACAGGAGAAAGUUUCACCAGGAACGAAUACCCUGUUAAACUGAGAAACUAAACUCUGUGCCUCAACGAAAAGUUGAAGUCUUAAGAUUGCCUCAACAGGUGGAGAGGCUCCCUGUUGAUGUUAACUCAAUCAGAGACAAAACUAUGAAUGCACUGCUGGAGAGUGAGAGCAGUGCUGUUACAAUCUAACGAGAGCGAGAUCCUGAGUGCUGUUUGCAUUUACCCUCAUGUAAGCAGGACGACUGGACCUCGCGCUCUGACUGAUUAUGUCAUACCGCCAUUUUGAUGACAUGCUCACAGUGCGAGCGGCCUGCACUCCCUGAGCACAAAUGUUUCUUUUUUGUUUUGAGCUCUGCUUCUGGCAAACGACCACUCACUCGGGCCCCUCAGUCGUACCAUCAACCUGGCCAAUCACAUUAAACGAGAGUCCGUCCUGUGCUUGUUUGCAGAGGCAGAGCUGUCUCUUGGAGGUCUGCAGUGUGUUUGUGUGUUAGUUUGUAGAAAUUCACCUGUCAGUCAAGCUGGGCGCCAUCAAGCAGAUGUACCGCAGCCAAAACCAACUGCUGCUGCUGCUGCAGUCACUGAGGACAAAAUGAAGCGUGGUCUUGGGUGUUGCCCUGCACUUUGGUUUGAUUGAAGUUGGAGUUGUAGAGUAGAUUAUUUUUGCAGCCUCCUUGGGUUUUUCUCCAAUUAUUGAUUUAAUAAAGCAUGAUUAUCAGCACUA